GGUGCUGAACAUCACUGUGGGAAAAAGCAGUGGGUGGAUAUUUUUCACUUAGUUAGCGCCUUAUUGCCACACAAGUUUUUCUAAGACAGAGAAUCUUCUUAGUGGUUUAAAAUAAAUCAAUAUGUGAUGGGAGGAUAUGUUUUUCUACAAUUAUAAGGAAAGCAGAAAAGAGCGAAAACAGGGCAAAAUGAAUGUGUUGUAUAAGAACAACUCAUUUUAGCCUAUGAGUGUAUUCAAUCAAUACAAUAACAGGAAUAAAAACAAUGUUUGUCCAAAUAUUAGAAGAACUUUUUUUUUUACAUAUGGAUAAAUCACAAUGUUAAAAUGUGUCCAUAGAGUUAUGAUGUAGAAUGCCCAGCAUAAGUCAGUCCACCUCCUAUUAAAAGUAAAAUGUAUUACUCAAUAUCUGAGCAAAAGUACAAUUUCCAAAGUUUUGACAAACAUUUUAUUUACCGUAAAUUUUUGCUUUGCUCCCAGAACUUUGAUUGGGGUGUACUCAUUUUUGCAUCCUGAUUUUAAAUUGAAAAAAUAAUUUUUUGGUUGCAAUUUAAUUAAUUAAUUAAUUUUUUUGCAAUCAGUGGCCUACAUUUGGGGGAGUAUUUUGUUGUGUAGCCUGAUACAUAGAAAAUGUGGAUUUUGAAAGGAAACUAAAAGUUUUCUGACAACUUUGAAGGUGUGUACUCAUUUAUGCUGAGCACUGUAUUACCUAUGUUUAUAUGAAGUGUGAUUGGGGAUCAGGGGUAAGUCAAAUAUUAUUACAUUUGAACAUUUACAGUCAGAGAUAUUGUGGUACAACUCCACCAUUUUGACAUGAUUUUUCUUCAUCUACAGGCACUUCAUUGUCACUAUUCAGUGCCAUCAGUAAUUUCACAUGUGUGAUAUCCAGUAAGGUUUUAAAAAAGAUAUUUCCAAAGCAGUCCCAUUGUCUCUAGCAGUCUGUCCACUCAUCCGUCAAUCUGCCCAUGCACGUGUCUGUCAGUUCAGAGGCUUUGCUUGCUCUUCAUUUAUUUUACCUUUCUGCUGAGCACAGCAACUGCAGUGAAUGUGAGCCGUCCAGCCAACAAAGCACUGAUUAAUUGUCUGCCCCCGACAACAGAGAGUGAGAGCAGCAGAGGAAGGACGUUUGGAGUUAGAGAGAAUCGUGUCGGGAUAACUGUCCGUUCAAGCUUUGACAAGUCCAGACUGAGAAAGGAGAUGGUAGUCUGGCUGAAUCUCUGCGUGCUUUCUGUUGUUGAUGUAUACGUUUCAAUAGUGUGAAUCCAAAGUUGUGCACAUUCUUCCACUUUCAAGUUCAUCUGUCUGUCAGUCAGCGUGUGCCUCUGCUAUGUGUAUACUUUUUCCAAAGCACAGGUAUGCAGACUCUGUUGUCUUUGUUCCACGGCACAAUGAUCACCCUGCUGACACCCAUCCUCCCUGUUGGAGGUCAGAUGUGUAGCAUCUCAUCAGCCCAGCUGUAUUAGGAAUGAGUGAGGAAUCAAUACUUAUUGAUUAACGGGGGUUGCCACAAGAAAUCACAUCCUUACCCAGCCUGCUUUGUGUCGGUGUCCUGGUGCAGAAGCAGAUGGUCCUGAGCACCUGAUGCAGCUCAGCACACAGGACAUGUUUAGUGGCCCAGACACAAACCUCUCCACAGGACUCAGCUGUGCUUCUGCAGCACAAACACAAUGACAAAUUUAGAUGCUUUUGCACACACACAUACUGAGGCUCUUUUCAACAGAAAAGGAUGUCAAGGAUUAAACAUUUUAUGAUUUUGGGAACAUUUUGAAAAGACUCUAAAUUAGUGGGUAUUUUGGGUACAGUGCUUUUUGAAUUUAUUUUGCUAGUUUUUAACCAUUGUGGGCGAGUUUAAACCAUGUUUACAUUCAUGUGCUGAGUAAAUCUCUUGAUGUGCAACCCUUAUGCUUAAUGGACCUUAACAAGUAACGAAAUUGGCUCACAUUUCCCACAACCCAUCACUCCCACUUGUCGUUUCAGGGAAUAUUUACUGCCACAGCCCUUUGCUAUUGCUGACAAAGUGUAUGUUAAAAUGUGUCUUAUGCAGUUUGUGGUUUAGACGCUCUGUAUUUAAUAUUCACUGUGGGAAACAGAGGAACUCCCUACUCCUGAGCAGGUGUGGGGUGGUGGUAAGAGCCAAUAUCUGCCUCACUGAGUCAGCACAGUGCAUCUGUCAUGUAAGUAGAAUAAAAGUGAACGUGUAGUAUAAGUAUAUGAGACCCACAGCUUUGAUGAAGACACCUUAAUUUCUUUAACAUAUUCUUUAAGUGAAAUAUACGAGGAAAACUGAGAUAUAGGAUUUUGCGCCCUCCGUUAAAACAAUUUACAUCAAACAUUAAACUUCAAUUGUGUUCUUGUAUUUGACUAUGUUGUCUGUGUUUGUGUUAGUAUUCUAGUGAAUCAACACAUUGUGUGGGAGUUUCAGUGACUUCCAUCGCAGAGGGAGAGUCCCUGUUCUGCUUGACUUGUUUUAUUAACAUGCUGAAAACUACCAGCCUCAUGAGCUCUCCAAGGACAGAUCAUUUGUGGUAGAACAUUAAAAGCACACUAUGUCAACAUAACGUGAAAGGUUGUAUAAAUCUGUGUGGUUUCUAACUGCAUUCUUCAUCAAUCAUAAGCAGAUCCAUCCUGUUAGGAAGUCUCCAAAGAGUGUGGCAUCAUUAGAUAAACAAAUAAAUAAGAGAGCAUUUCUCCUUUUCCUUCAGCAGUAAAGUAGAACUCAUUUAUUUAAUACUGAGCAAUGUGAGUAAUAAAAAUGAAAGAGAAGCAGAGACUUCUUUAACAGAUUGACUUUUGCUUUGGUCGACAUAACUCAUAUUCUUUUUGAUUUGACUGUACACACUCUGCUGGAGACCAUGAUUGAGCACACAGACACUCUGCUAGGGUCUGUUUUUUUUCUGUGCAAACUCAGGAUUUCAAAAUAACUCCUCGUGUCUGAGUUGUUGGUCCAGAAGAACAAAAACAACCUUUCUUGUAAAAACUCCAGUGAGGGAGUGACUGAAGCAGGGAGGACAGUGUGAUUAUGCAAAGAGUCGUGUAGGUCACGCAGUUUGGUGCAACCUUGAAUUUUCAAAACUCCAGGAACCAAACAACCCCCAGCAGAGCAGAUGUUCAUACAUAAAUAUGUGAACUGGGAUGUCAACGACUGGGUCAAGUGUUUGCUUCCCACAAAUAUCAUACUGAGAGUUUUGUAUUGACUUUAUGUCUUUGUAGGUUACUCUUCUACAUAAUAUGAAUUUACUUACACAGCUCCUCUUAUCUUAUGAACAGUGGGAUAUAAAUCUCUCUCUCACAAAUAUCAAAUGUAAAAGUAAUUUAUUUUAAACUAAAUAAAUGAUUAAAGCUCCUGUGAGUAACUUUCUGUUUGUGUCAAAUUUGGCACCAGUGUGGACAAAGCAGUCUCUGCUUACCUUGUCCUCCACAUGCUUGAACAGUGUCUGUUGACUUUUACUGUCAAAUUUAUAAUCUAUUAUGAAUACCUGAUGUGAAAAAUGCUGCUUUUCUGACACCUACCCCAUCUGCAUUCGAUUCGGGAAUUAAAAAUCACAGUAAACAAAUAGCCAAUUUUGUUGUUGAUGGUCUUGUUUGUUUUUGGAUAUAAUGAAAAGACAUCAGUGUGAAUUUCAGUCCUAUUUACAAACAUCAAAAACUCCUCAUAGUAGCUUUAAAUAAAUUAAUACAUUAAUCGGCAAUCAACAAAAUGGGUCAGUAAAUAGUAAGUACAGUGAUAAAUAAAUAAAAUAGAUAAAUAAGAAUACUCAUCAAUUCCCUUUAUGACAUCUCUCUGGUGGACAAAACAUAAAAGAGUCCUUACCAGGGUUCCCUUUUGAAACCAAUUUGAUCAAGGCCUCUGUACACUUGAAAGAGAAAAAGCAUGAGAGUCCCUGUUGGAUGCCUUUUCAGUAGAAAAGUUAUGACAUGAUAAAGUGUCCACUGGGGCCCAUCUUAAGGGCAUAAAUAUUGUUUGUGGAGAAAAAAAAUGGAUAAUAUGCUAAGUAUAGCACUCUUAAAAUAAGAAAAACAAUUGUAAAAGGCUUUUCAAGAUGCACAUGCAGUGAAGUAAAUUCAAUCUGGUGCCCUUCAAAAAGUGAAAGGCCCUGAGUAGGAAAGAUUGUAGAGCCCAUCAUGACAGUGUUCUUGUGGAGAAAAUGUGAAAACAUGUUAUUUAGGGUGACCUUUAAAUGAAGAAAAAAAACAGCGUUGGACUGUGCAGGAUGUCAUGUUAACGGAGAGAACACACAGUGCCAUAUGUACUGGAAAACAUUCAAUCAAUUGCAUUCAUCCUUUUCUUUUUACACCCUCUUUCCUUAGACAUCCAGAGUCUGCAUCAAUAUCUGUGUCCUACUGUGAGACCAGUACCGAACAGAAUACUAUCCUUGUGUUUAUCAGGAAAUAUUAUCAUUGCAUUAGAUGGCUCCCUUUGAUUGUUAUAGUAGCUGCUGAAUACAGUGGGAGGGAUAAUCAGAAAACGGAAAAGUUUAUUGACCCAAACUCCAGGGUCUUUGGGGAAUAUCAGCUUUGUCCACGAGGAUUUCUUGCCAAUCCUCUUUAAAGAAUUAUUCCUGGACUGGAGCCUUUCUCACAUGACCCUUCUUGCCCUAAGAAGAUGCUCAUGACCUGUUUGUCACACUGCUCUGCUUUCCCAUCAGACACAGGAUAUGUGUGUCAACAGAGAGGGACUGCAUGCUGAGACAUCGUGAAUAUUGCAGAACCAAACAGAUGUUGUGGUUGCACUGAUGUACAAUACAUGUCAUCAGUGUGUUUGUGAAAAAACAAACAAACUUCCUUGUGGUUUCACUUUAACUUUAUCAGCAUGUACAACCCCUUAAGAUGUGUGCAGUGGAAUGUGGAUUCAUCCACUUCUACCAGAUAGUCAUGCUUUAGAAACAGCUCUUUCACAGUAUUCGCACACUGAGCUUGAAGUAGCUCUCAGAGAAAUGAUCUAUAAUCUACUACUUAAGCAUAAAUGCACUGCAGAGUGGAGGCACAAGCUUGCACUCAUGAAGAUGAAACCAGGAGGUGCUGUGUGUCAGGAUCUGUGAAGUCAGCACAUGUGAUGAGCUUUAAUGAGCGCAGUAUACGAGGGAAUCUCACCCAUGUCAGGUUUUUUCUGCAUCAUCCUAAAGUAGAGCUUUAGACCCAGAUCAAUGUUAAGUACUCCCUCAUUUUUUAUAAUCUGCUCCAUUACUUAAAUGACACAGAAGGAUCUAAUGAGUAAUGGUGCCAGCUGCAAUCAAUAGGGGACCCACUCGUGAGAUAUGUGGAUGAUUUAAAGACCAGAGUGUUUACUGUAGCGUUUUGUUGUGCUUCGUAAGCGCAGAUAGCAAUUAAUAAAGCACUUCAUUACACAGAGGGAGGUUAAUUUAAUUGUGUUAACACAGAGGUUCUUGUUGAAAUCAAUGGUGCCUGAAGACAACAUGUAGGUAAGAAUAUCAUAAUUAUGUUGACUCGCACAACUAAAUGUACUCAUAGAUGAAUGGUAUGUCUGCACCUCCUCCCACUGUACAAAAGAAAAGCCAGACUGCCUUCCCCCAACUGGGUGUUGAUCUUAGACGUUUGGAAUUAAUCACUAUGUUUACAUGUCGUUAAAAAAAUUACAAUUAUUUCUAGUCCUACUGGAACAUGACUUUUAAAAAACAUGCAAACACAUUAGUCCAACUGAAAUUGCACUAAAUUGAACUUCUCAAAGUCGCACUUACAUGCCUAAAUAAUGCAGUUGGGGAUCUAUUCUCUCUGUCAUUAUCAUAGCUCAGUCAGAUUGAAACUGUCCAAAGUACAUGCCCCUGUGUUCGCACACUGGCUGGGUUGUCAGAAAGCAAAACCUCAGCAGACGAAGAAAGGACAUAAAAAGACAAAACUUUAAUAUCCUAGAAACAAAUAAUUCAGAGCUGUUAAAGUUACAGUGUCUUUAUCAUUUGACGUACAUCCCAUUAGCCUCUUGUUGACAUGGUUUGCUGACUGUUUUGACAUGUAAUACAUCAACUGGGAGAUGACCAGAGGGGAGGCCAACAACUUUCUGUUAAUAAUUCAAUUUUUGCCCAGUGCAUGUAAACUGGGACCAGGAUAAUAGUCCAGUUAAAUCACUAGAAGAAGUGAUUUACCCAGAAUCAGUAAUGCAUCCUCUGAAACAGAAAUUAUUAUGAUAUUAUUCGUACUAAUGUUAAAAUGGAUAAAGAGCAGUUUAUGACCUACUAUGCUUUGACCAGUCUGAGAAUGAACCCCUGAGUCUUUUGACUUCACAUGUGAGGAUCUGUCAAGUCGUCCAUCUUUUUAUACUGUGUGUGGUUCAAAUAUGCCUGUUUAGUCUAACUGUGUGGCAAAGACUACAGUUCGGGGCUCUGCAGAAAGCAAAACAAUCAAUCUUUUCUGUCCUCUAGCAUGAAUAAACCAUUACACUGAGCACAAGUUAAGCUCUGUUUAUUCGUACAGCAAAAUAAAUCUGAGUAUAAUUGGGGAAAUAACUGUGCCUGAUAUUAAGAGUUUUACUGCAUUUCCCCUCUUAAUUGCUUCAUUUCGAACUGACGCUGACCACUUGAUCGACAGCAUUCUCUAAUUACAAAACAGAAUACCCACUCAUUCAGUCUUAAUGACACUUAUCACUGAAGGAAAUCUCAUAAAAACCUGGAAAGAAAAACAUUUGGAUGGUAUCCAAAGAGGAUAUGGAUGCAGUGAGGUCAUCGCUGUGGUGAACACAGAGCUGUUUGUGGGUUGGGUUGUUGUCAAGCUGUGACUAACUGUGAUUCAGAAAAGCAUGUUAAAUGAUUCAGAAGUGAGUGUAGAAGAACUAAGCAUGCUUUUAAGGUCUUAUUUUUCACAAACUUUCACAACCAAGUGACCCAUAUUCACACAAUAUCGUAUUAAUUUUGCAUUUAAACUGAAUCAAGAGUUUUACCAUUUGUACAGUGUGCCUAUUACUCUGUGCUGCUGCACUGGUUUGUGGGUUAUGCAUGCCAGUCAAAUGAUACCGUGUGUUGCAAUCUGAGUAGCACAGUUGCUCAUUCAUGUUUACAUCAAUGAGCAUUGUGCAAAGGAUAGAAUAAAGGUCCCACAGGAAGUUAUUGUGCUCUGAAAGUAAAAUUUGCACUGUAAUUGUGUGGUAAAAAUUACUUCCUGAAGCCAUGUUCAGCACUGUUAUCUUUUUUUUUAAAUCAAAGAAUGACUAAUUUCCCCUCUGAUGUAGUUAGGAGGCAAUGUAAUAAAAUCCCCACAUUUCCAAUUUAACUAAUUUCAGAGUGCUUUAUUCAGACUGAAUGAUGGCUCUAUCUGAAAAAGCUUUUGAUGCCAGCAGAUGAGAGGUUUUGCGCAGAUGCUAAGUGGCUCCAGUCUAAAGAGGAGGGUCCUCCCCCUUACCUAGCACAGACAGGCACGGGCUACUGCUGCGCUGGCACCAGAACAAAGCCCUCCAACAGCUGCUUGAUAAUGUGCAACCUUUAAUUACAUUCUGAUGCCUCAAGUCUGGCCUGUGUCGCUAAGCGGAGAACCCUCACCCCACAGAGCAUGGAAGAAUUAUGUAAGAGUGCCUUGCACAUUGUUAAUCGGACACAACACUAUGCUCUUAUUCGUACUUACACUUCUACAUAUUCAGGCCCUGGGAUUCCUUUAGGACAUUAAAAUUAAUAUUUUGUGAGCUGAAUAGUCUUUGAGAAACAACUUGCAUUGUGUAAUUCAGCUAAUCUCGCUUCUUUUUUGCUGUUUAAAACAAGCUUGCAGGCUAAAAGUAGCUUUGCAUUUACAAUGGGAGAUGAUAUAAGGUCCUAAAAAUCUCUGGGGACUCAAUUUUAUAUUUGCAUCCAUUAUGACCAGUGCCUAAGUUUAGUUUAUUUCUGUUUAGUGUGAUAUUAAAAGAAAUCAAAAUUAAUAAAUGAACUUCAGGAUUACAUGGCUGUGUGUCUGUCUGUUGUCUUAAAUUUCCAUUCUGUCUUGCACAGCUGUUUUUAUAAACAUUCCAGCAUCCUGUUCUAGAUCCACCUUAGUGCUGGACGAUAAGGUCCUUCAUCACUUUAUAUUGGCCUCCCACUUAAUUGUAAUAGCCUGCUUGAGUGCAGAUGAUAAGCUACAGCACAGAGAAGCAUUUAUCAUUCACCCUGGCAACUGUGCCCUGCAGUUUAGAAAUGUCUGCUCCUGCCAAAAGAAGUGCAUGAACUGACCCACAGUGCUUGAUUUUUUGUUGUUUCAGGGUAGUCUGAUCUCUGACAUGGAAGUAUGCGCCAACUUGCAUAUGGCUGUGAGGUUCUCAGUCAAGCAAGUAAAAUUAAGUAUUCUGGCUUUCUGUGCAACCACUUUUAAAACUAUUACACUAAUGAGCAAAACAAUUUUAAACUUAGCUAUAAUUUGAAGAAUUAUGAAUUCCAUUAAAGGGCUUGUAUUUUUCACCUUUCUUUUCUAAGUGCUGUAAUGGCAAGAAAUAGGCCGACUGAGAGGAAUGCAAGCUGAGAGGCAUAGAGUCUGGCUUUUAGACACUACCUCAUUUUCGGAUCCCACGAGUAUAUCAGCACAUCCAGGUAGGUAUCAGGCUCUAAUCCAAUCAUUUACACCCUAAUGGAUCUUAUUCACAGAUAUUCUGAAAGCAAUUAUAGAAAAGCUGAGGCCUGAGGGAGCAGGUUUUUGCCUCUUUUUAUGAAGAUAUUUUAAUAGUUCAAAAAGAUCUGAAUAGCAGAAUUAAGUAAAUCCAUCGGUGGUUGUUCAAAAGGUUAGGGAUUGGGCUGUAUUUAGCUCUGCACUAUAAAGCAAAGCAUCUGCACUCCUCCUCAAAGCGAUACCAGGUUAAUCCGAAGGGCACACCAAGCUAAGCUUUUGUUGAGUUUUUUUCUGUUCUUCCUUCUCAUGGACCAUUGUCCUUGCUACCUGGGGAAAAGAAGCAAUUCUUUUGUACAGCCAGAAAACUGUGCUGCUCUGCUUCAGGUAAGAAGAAAAACAAAGAGCUCAGUGUUUGUCAUCCGACCAGAGGGGGCAUCAGCAGCUCACCGCCCCCCUCCCUCUACACUCAUUCUCCAAAGUGGUCGGCCUAACAGUUGGCAAGUAUUUCAUGUCCCUCUACAACCAGCUGGCUAAAAAGCAGUAGCUUACCAUGUAUCAUAAACACAAAGCAACACAAUACCAACAGCCAGGCCGUGCAUGGUGGUGUUGAAUGACUUGUCUUUGUGAGGUGUAAAAAAGCUGAUGCUGCAGUUUCACAGCACAGUGACAAAAGGUGGAAACCAGUUACCUAAAGGUAGAGUUAAUAUGGUGUUUCUGCAGUGUGUCUGUGUGCAUGUGUAUGCUAGUUUACACCAUCAUACAAGGAUGGAUUAACAUCCAGGCAAAGCUGACAAAUGCAGACGCAGCAACCUCCAGCAUUUAAAAAAAUAACUGUCUCUUCGAAACAAACUUCUGUACAAAUUGAAAAUUUAGUCUGUUUUCACAGAACUUUAUCUCUAAGCCACAAAAAUGUGACUACAGUGAAGUUCUUAGUGGUCUGUGGACAUACUUAAAAAAUGUGCCAUUGCUGCAGUGGAAAAAAAACGUUGAUUUAAUUCUCAUGACUUGUAUGUUUUGAGGUUCCAGCUAUUGUGCAUGGCCUGUGGUUGAUCACACUGUUUAGUCUUAGGCCUUUUAACCACCUAAAUUAAGAUGUCUAUACUUUUACAGUUAAAGCCUAAUGACUGCCUUCACAUGAAAUUUGUGUGUUCAUGGUUAUGACAAACAACGGGCCUUAGCUAAACUGUUUUAAUGAAAAUCUUGUCAGAAGAAAUUUGUUGGCUAUAAUAAUUAUAACAGAGCUGUCAAGCGUCACGCUUUAAGUGUGACAGUCACGCAAUUUGACCCAUUCUCACACCACACAACACACUUGACAUUUCUCACGCUUAUAUUUCCCCAUUCAAAUACUGUGUACUUAUUUUUUUCAUGAUAACAAACUUGGUUUGCCGCAGUUAGAGUAACUCUGACUGACCGAGAUAACCAAUCCCAGACCAAUCCAUCAGUCCUCUGUCCCUAAAUCUAACCAACCACGGAAGGCACCACGCAAUAUAAACCAAUCAGAAGCAACGUAAGGCGGGCCUUGGCUUCACUAACUAUCUUGUCCCCGGCUAAAUGAUGGAGAGUUGGUUGAAAUGCAAUAUAGACAAAUAAAUGUAUUUUGUCAAAAUUCUUGUUACAAUUUUCAUUUUUUAUUUUUUGGUUAAUUAAAAUUAGAAAUUAGAGGCCACAGUGCAGGGAGAGAAGCUGGCAUGGAGGUGAGGAAAUUUAUUAUUAUUAUUAUUAUGAUUAUUAUUAUUAUUAUUUUCAUUAACUUCAGCUGCUGCAUCAUUUCUGAAAAUGUCAGAAAGUUAUAAAGAUCGGAUAUUUCUUAUGUUUUUUUUGGUUAUUUUUUAAAUUCUUUGUGUGUGUGUGUGUGUGUGUGGGGGGGUAUUAAGGUACCAUUGUCACCAUCAUGUUACCUAGAUACCUUAAUGAAGGUGCCAUCAUUACUUGAAUUCACAACACCUGUGCUCUUCCUUUGAUAUCAGGUCAAAUGAUAUGGGGGUCCAUCAGAUUGAUUUUGCCCUGGGGCCACCAUUCUGGUAAAUUCGCCCCUGCCCCCAGUGCUGCUCACACUUCCGUCUUUGUUUAAAACACUGAGCACCUACACAAAAGCAAAAGACAAAAGAGUAAAAAGGAAAAAAACAAACAAACAGGACAUUGAAAACCAAUCUUGUGACAACUGCAGCAACAAAACAGAGCAGAUGUUACACAAAUAUUCUACCUACUUAAAUGUCUGUCAGCUUUCCUGAACGUGUCUCAGGAAUAAAUCGACAGUCAGCUGCCUGCUUACCUGUCUGCCCUCCCCUCUGAGCUCCUGCCCUCCUCACAGCCAUCCGCCGUUGCCAAGGUUUCCGUGUACGCGCUGCCCGCGAGAGCGGUGCCGCGCGAUUGUCAUACAGUAUUGCCAGACAUGGCGGCGGAUCUACAACCCGAGUGGAUUUCUUGUCUCCCCUCUUCCUGGAGUUAUGGGGUAACUCGGGAUGGACGCGUCUUCUUCAUUAAGUAAAUAUCUCUCUAAGGAAACAUGAGUCGAGCUUUUCCCUGUCUAGUUCCAGUUACAAAGUCAGCCUGUAAUAAUGACCGCCUUUCCCUCUCUCAACAGCGAAGAAGCCAAGAGUACAACCUGGCUGCAUCCAGUAAGUGGCGAAGCGGUAAUAACCGGGCACAGAAAAACUCCAGGUAGGUGUCACUUAAUCACUGUGGGUUUUUUUCCUGUCAUUUUAACCGUGAUAGUCGUCAUGUCUGCUUGUUGUUGUUGUUGUUGCUGCUGCACAUAUUCCCAAACCGAUACUUUUCACGGUGAGAGGGGAAUGAGAAAGGCUGUGUGACAUGCAUGCUGUGUUUCUUAACGCACGAGUGGGCUCGUUGGGUCGCUAGUGCUGUGAAAAGUGAGCCUUCUUAUUUUGCCCACCUCUGUCCGUGCUCGUGCCACAUACCGCGUGAGCCUCGUUUUGAGGUAGGUCUGUCUAACGUGCUUAGCUGACGUACUUGUAAACUUGUUAUCGACGACUUUUGAAAGCAACAACAACCACCUUCAUGUAGAGUCAUCUCUGGUUUCCACGCCGGAGUCCUCCUCUGACCACACAGUGUGUCAAAAAUGUUCACUGAACUGAAGUCGACCGAGCUAAAAACAUCAGACAGGUAAAAAGCAACAGCUGCUGUAGACGGAGGGGCCAGUAGAGGUUAGCUAUAAAUCUACAAAAUGAGCUUCCUCACUCCCACUAUUUCUACAAAGCUCCGUCCUGAACGCAGUGUGUUACUUAGCUAAAUUGGAUCCUUGCAGUGUAGUAUACUAGUGACGUUACUCUGCGCCUAACCACAGUAUGUAGCAGCCUCCUCAUACAACCUCAGGUCUCUGCAGAGCAUUCCCACUCAUGUUAUUGAACAGCUACAGCAUCUCAUGAGAACUGCAACUACACAUCCUCUCCUUGUCUGAACACUUCCAAAUCCUUUAAGCAGAACAAGCAAGUAAUGAUUUGUCAGUCAGGACAGAAUUCAUCUUCAAAUAGAGUGAUAAUCUGUCAACAGUGGUGUUCAUUGAUUGUAGUUAAUGAAAUAUAAAGAGUUUGCAUAUUAAGUUGUCUUAUAGGGCCCGACCGAUAUGGAUUUUUUGGGGCUGAUGCCGAUACCGAUUAUUAGGGGGGAAGAAAAAAUCAGAUUACCGAAUAAUCAGACAAUUUUUUAUUUUUUUUUAUAAGGUUAUAAAAAUAUACAUACUGUGGAUAUACUGCCGAUAUACUGUAGGCUACUGCCUUUAACGCCGACAGGAAGACAGACUAAUCAAAGUCGGAUCAGAAAAACGUUUUCAACUAUCCCCCCGCCGCCGAAAGGCGCCUCCGCGUCUCAACUCACGUUACAUAUUUGCGGUCCGGUCUCAUCUGGAGACAUGCAACUGCCCCAGUAAGAAAAGUAGCUGGAUCACGUAAUGUGUACUGUUGUUUAUUCUACCGUUACUGGCACGGCUAACAGUGUAGCAAGGCUAAUAGCAGAUGGCUAACUCUACUCUAGCUUGCAUAUUACAUGGUGCUUCACCGUUAACUCGGCAUGACCGAGACCAGCACAGCGGGGAACAUCGUGAAGUGGGUUGAACUGAAACUUGUUGACUUACUAUCUAUUUCACAAACUAGUUUAUUUACCGUUGAGGCGGACCACUCUCCUCCGUGCAUCCCUGAGCUGCCUACUUCAGAUCUGUCACUCUGCUGUGCUGUGAGGUAGUUAGUGGGUCAAGAUCGCCAUGAGUAGUCGCUGCACCAUCUACAGGAUAAGUCAGGGAACUUUUCAAACCAAAUCUUAUUCUCUGCAUUUUAUUUCAGAUAAUAUCGGCGAAAAUUUGCGAGUUUUGGCCGAUUACCGAUUAGUCUCAAACAGGCUAAAAUUGGCAGAUUUAAUCGGCUCGCCGAUAAAGCCGUUGGGCCCUGUUGUCUUAUGCAAUAGUUACUUGAAAGCCUUUGAGAGUUUGGCUGCUGCUCAGACAAAACAACAAUGUGAAGACAUUAACCCAAAGGAAAGUGCAAAGAAGUCUUCCAUUUAAAAGCAAAAAAAAGUAUAACUACAGAAAGAAAGAUUAGAAAGUUAACAGACAAUUAAUGCCAGUCGCAAAUCAAAAAGUCAACCAGAAACAGCAAAUGCAUCGCCUUUCUGCUCAAAGAAUUAAAUCACUCUGAAAUCAUCAAGUUAUUUUCCAAAUAUGUGGUAAUGGAUGUUCUCUCUGUCAGCUUGGUGUGCAUUUCAUCUCUUUUUUUCCUCUGACAGCUGAGAAUGCAUUAACCUUGGUUUUCCACCAGUUUGCAUUCACUUGUUUUUCUACAACUCUUCUUUCUCAACAGACCUACCCACUGGAUGGGAAGAAGGAUAUACUUUCGAGGGUGCUCGCUGCUUUAUCAAGUGAGUUAACACCCUCCUGCACACCCAGACACAGACCCACCAUCACCCCAGAACCUGUAUACUCUUUCAAAGCACAGACCUUUAGCAUGCAUACCAUAAUUAUCAACAAGAAUUUAUUUAUUGCUAGUUUUACUGCCUCAAGUAAAUGGAAAGGCUUUUUCAAAUGCUGUGCUGCUCCUGAAGAUAUGCUGUGUAGUGGGAGUAAGAAUCACAAGGCUGUAAAUUGGGAACCUUUACACCCGUACUGUAGAAGCCUGUCACAAAAGUUAAUGAUUACACAAGCGCAUUGUGCAAAUACUAGUUGGACAUGGGCAAAGUGUGGUUGUUGCCUUUUUGAAAGUUGUUUUAUUUAUUCAGGCUGAACUGCUCUUAGCUGAGAGUAUACAGAAAGAGUUGGGCCAACUUUUAAUGUUUUAUCUUCUUCUGCUAGUUAUCAGAACAGGUGUCAUUACUGUUUGAGUGUAUACAGUUUGCUUAUACUUUGGCACUAGUCUUGUAGUAGAAGUUGGCAACUUUCUUAAGGUUAUUCUAACCCACAAGCUUAAAGCACUUUUUAUUUUAAAGUCUCUGUCAUUGAUUUUGUUGGAACAUCUUCCUUCUUUGUAUUCUUUCGUUUCUGCAGUGUGCAGCAGAAAAUGUGGCACAUUAUCCAUGUCCACUUAUAGUAAACAUUUGGCUUGCUCAGGUUGUGCCCUUUUUGUUUGACGACCUGGAGCUACAUGAAUUACAUCAGCAGUUGGCCGUGUUACAAAGUUGUUCAUCUGCAGUAUUUUUCACAUUUUCAUACCCAUGGUAGUCUGAUGCAUGCAGCAAAUAAAAAGAGAUCAUAAGUGUUAUCAUUCAGUCAGCACUGAUUCAUCAUCCGUCAUCAGUGUUCACAUCCAAGGGUAUGAGUGGAAAUAUUCUGUUAUUCUGCAUGUCCUAAUGAAAUGCUCCUCUGACACAAGAGGUUUAGAUAUUUCGCAGAUGGAUUUCUCUGCCGAGUAUACCAGAAUGCCUCUGUAUGAUUGAAGACAUUGCAAUACACAGGCUACGAAUUCAGGAUAUUAUGCCUUAUUAUCCCCACUCAAUCCCCUCUCAGCUUUGACUUCCUCAUGAAUUUGAGGAGCUUUAUGUGGCAAGAUGCCAGGCAGUCAAACUGAAAGGCAGUCAUAUUAUGUUCCAGAAUUAUAUCAUAGCUUCUUUGCAGGAAAACGACGAGUCAGAGACCACAUUCACGAGCUGAUCACUGUGAUUCUGGCACAGUGACAUAGGGAUGUUAACGUAACAAACUAAUGUCAUUGUCCUCCGCUGAGCAGGUACUCUGCCUUUUGGAGGUGGAGAAACGGAAUUGCCUUAUGCAAAAGAUACACGUCAAAAAAACAUGUUAGAUUUUUGGAAAAAUGUGAAAACAUUAGAUGUUGAAUUCAGCAUUUUUUUUUUUAAUCUAGUGUGGUGCAGGUUUUUUAGCUCUAUCUCUCUGUGACUGAAGGGCCACUGGCCUGUUUGCAGGAUACAAGAUAAACCAGCUGUUUAACAGAGGAUUAAGAGAGCACAGGCUGUAGUGAUUAAAGGGAUCUACUGUAUGUGUCGUACAGAUGACAUAUCAUUUAUACUUAUUUAUAGACCUUGCUGUUCUGACACAGAAAACAUGGAUAUUUGAUAUUUAAUAAUCAUAUUUAAGCCAAGCUGAUGACUUACGAUUAUUUUUAUUUCCGCUGAAUCUGUCGAAAUAAUCUACCAAUUACUUUCAUGAAAAACGGAUAAUCCUUUAUUGUGUGACGUGCCAAAUUAACAUUGAAACCGUAAUUUCUCAGGGCGCAAAAUGAAACGUCUAUAUCUUUUCUUUUCAAGGCAAUAGCUAAAACCCAAAGAGUCUCUCCCUUUAAUAAAAUAAUGAAAAUGAGCAAAAAAUGAGCCGAUCUUCACAUUAAAGAAGCUAGCAUCAAUAGACGUUGGAGUUUUCUGCUUCAAAAACUACUUACCAUCCAAAAUGUAGGCUUUGAGUGUCGAAGCAAAUGUCUUUUAGUCUCUUUUUUGGGCCUUGCACACAAAGUGCUCAACCUUAGUGAAUGAAUGUGAGGUCCCGUAAUAGAGAGAUUAAACUUUCAUAGCUCUGCAACUUCCAUGCAAGAAGUUAAUGGCUUGAUUAUUUUUAAAACUAGAAAACUCUAAACAUUCAUUUUUCCAUUAGACUUUUCCAUUGAUCUGCUGUUUUAGCAUCUGAAUUGCGAGCACUUGAUUUAAUGCAAAUGUCAUCUUUUGUGAUUGCAAUUUAAAAUCUGCCUCAUUGUAAUAGUAUUGGGAAGCUUAUGCUUAUCAGGCUAAGUAGGACAGUUUACAACAACCAUAAAUUAGUUAAAGUACUGCUGCACAACAAAGAAGGCACAUGCCGCUGUUUGUUUGUGGGCAAAGAAGCAGCUACAUCAUCUGUGAAUCUCUUCGUCAGCUGUAAUUACAAGCACCAGCUAUCGUAAACAAAGUACAGAAAGUUGAUGUGUUCGGCUGAAUGAACUGAGUCUGUUCUGAACUGUUGCCAAGCAAGUAUUAAACUGAAACACAGAGAAACAGCCUCAGGAAAUGGUAUCUGAUCAGCUAUGUGACCAGAUCUGUGUCUAAUUAAAAACAAUUUUUAGAAUAGAGCAAAGUGGCAGAGCAAUGAGUGGAAUAAUUGAAUUUCGUAAGCAUCACACACGAAGAUGAACAGUGCAGUGCAAUACUCGCUUUAGUUGUGGUGUCACUCAUGUCUUUCACUCAUGUCUCACCUCUCUAAUUAUCCCUAAGUGUCACUUAUCAGUGGUGCAUGUUACUUAUUUUAAAAUCAUUAUCGCGUGAUUCCUUAUAGAGCCCUCUGAAAAUGUUAGUAGAUGUUUAGCAUGUUGCACAGCCUUCUUUUGAAUCCGGAGUCACUAUUAAAAUGAAAGCUGAUGCUGAUUGUGUGUUUAUGGCAGAUAAUCAGCCUACAUUUGACCAAGGCUGCUGGCUUGUUUGUUCUGCUUAAUUGAGGCUAAUUUUCGCAGACUGUUUACUCACUCAAAACAGCCCUUUUGAGAGCUUUUCGUUUUUUUUCGUAAUCUGGUCGCCAUUGUGUAAAAAUUUUGCUAGGUAAGUGUGGUGACUCAGCACAUCAAAUUAGAUCAUUUUAUCUGUUUGUGAUGAAGAUCAGUCAUAGAUGUGAUUGAACUCUAGUAAUCGGCUCUGUGAAACCAUGCUUGUUCAUUUCACUGUGACUCAUUGGGAUUUGUUGAAAUGUUUAUAUGACAGUUGUCUUGGACAGUACUUGAGGCAUUAAAGGUUGCCAAUAAAAACCCAUUCAUGCCAAGCCAAAUCCUCAGCUAGAAAAAUAACAGGAAAAGAGCUGUUUUACUGUAUUUUAUCAUUAUUAUGUGGUCAAUUAAGCAUAGUUAAAUAUUGUAGUGAAGGGUUUUAUUUUUGAAUUUACAAAAAAAAGGUACAAACACAAAACAAAUCCUCUCUACUUUUGCCUCUAUACUUGGUAGAUAAAGCCUUGAUCUCUGAUUGAUUUCUAUGACUCAGUUUUUGUGACGCCUUCAGAACGACCCUGCUCUCUCACAUGCUGGCGGUGCGGCUCGUCUCACCAUCAGGUCACACAGUGUGAGCAUCAAGGAGCAGAUUGUGCUGACACAGGCUGUUCUCUGAUGGGACAAGACGGCAAGGAUUGAAGCUGCAGAUUGUUUGUGUGAUAGUGCGGACAAGACACACAGGCUCUGAUUCAUGUAUGCCUCUGUAAGUUUUGAAUGAGUGAAGGUCAGCGCAGAUGGUAAUUGAAUCAGUCAUGGCUUACUGCUCUGCUAAGACUGUACAGCAGUCUGUGACGGUUCUGGGUGUGUUGCGGGUGGUCCAAUGCCAACAGAUCCUCUAUUCUUCGAGGGGCGUAUGAACUGGUCAGGACCUGCUCUCCUGAAGCAAGUGAGAUAAAUAUGAUGGGAUUAUAUGCAAAUGUAGAACUUUUAUUAGUGUAGUAAACUGCUUUGUUUUUAGGCGAAGGAUAUGAAGGAGUAAAAUAUUUUUAAAAGCUCUAAGGUCAAAAACCUGAUACCACUGCUUCUGUUCAGCAAUAUUAUAUGCCCUAAAAUAUACAACUUUGUUUUUCUGGAGAACACGCCUACACAAGCAAACACACACACACACACACACACACACACACACACACUGACUAUGGCUGUGUUGGUGGAUAUGCUGAUGUGAUGAUGCACAACGAAAUACCAUCUUUUCUAAUUGAAAACAUCUGAUUUACAUCUGUUGUUUACAUACAUUCAGAUUCACACACACACAUUUACACUCACACACUUUACACAAGAGUGUCACCGUGUCUCCUCAGCUGCUGUGGCUCAUUAAAAAGACUGUCAAUACAAGUCAACAGCACUCACCUAUUAGUCCUGAUACAUUCUGUUUUUUAAGCCAGUGGCUUUUGGCUCUUGUCUCAGCUGCUGAACUUGGCAAUAAAUCAAAGAACACUAAACUCUGUCCAGACAGUUUGUUGCUUUGGUCUGCCAGGAGCUAAAACAAUAAACCAAGCACCAGAGAAACAGACACUUUUUCCUUUGGAUUACUUGUUUGUUUCUUUGUUUUUAUGUAUUUAGCAUUGGUACCCUGAAGACUUAGCUUAGAUAUUGUCCAGUUUGUAGAGCUCAUAUAAGAAACUUUAAGUUUGUGUUGAUUCUGAAAACGCUGAUGGGUAAAAGCUUUACCUUCUUCUAGGGCUGGGCGAUAAACCGAAAAUUUACAGAUACCGAAAUUUACGACAAUAACCGACAUCAUUUUGCCCAUGUCAAUACAUUUGGUGUCAAAACAAUAAAUAGAUCAAAGUUGAUUUUGGAUGUGCAUAGAUAGGCUAUGGUCUCAUGUCCCUUUAAGACACUGUCCUUUGUUGGAAAUGUGACUCCACCCCAUCCAGUCUGUAACAAAGAGGGAAAGACAGGUGAGGAGAUGGAGGACAGUUCAAAAGUUGUAGCGGCUGGAGUAGACGAAGUUAAUGUGGGAGGGGGUGAGCAGCUUGUGGAGUAGUUAUUGUCCAUUUAUCAUUAUUGAGGUGAACUGCUCAAUAUAUUGUGAUAUUGAUUUAAGGCCAUAUCGCCCAGCCCUAUCUAACACCCACCCUGCAAAACCAUAUGCAGACACUGAAAAUAACUGCUUGAAAAUAGUCAAUCUUUAUGCUGAUAGUUGUGUUUGCUUUUGUAGGUCAUACAGAGGUAUCACUAUUACUGUCAGUCUAUUUCAUAACCAGCGAAAAACUCCUCACAUGAGCUCUACAGAACAAAUAUGAAACACUGUAGGCUGCAUGAGCUCUCUGCAAUAUACUGAAUGGAGAGUCAAGCAAUUGGAUGUUUUAUUUUCAUCACAUUUUCUGUGUUUCCCUCUCUAGGGGAUGACAAGUAAAUUCUGCAGCCACCCAGAGUGGCGUAUCUCGGUUAGUUUUCGUUUGUGACAUCAACGGGGUUUUGAUGAGACUGUGCCAUCUGGCAGAUUUGCGUUUUCCAUUUUAUCUCUGUAGCACAUAAUCCCACAUUUUAACUUAAGCUGCAGGACAUGAUUUGGCCAAUUGAGCCAGCAUUUUGUCAGAGAGUGUUUGCUGUUAAUGUCUGCUAAUGAGGAUUCUUGACCUGUGAGGACCUUUCAAAAAUGUGUAUUAGGAUAAGUGGGGUAAUUUCAGUUUAAAGGUGCAAAAGGCUUUACAUGCCGGUGGGAGAGUGAUGACCCUAAUUAUGAAAUUGUUGCCUGGUGGAGUGUUUACAGUGAUUACGUGUAUGAGGAGACAGGUACAGAUCUUCUCCUAGUUCCCCGUCUUUGUACUCUGUUUUGGCUCAUUAGCUCUGUAUGGGAUAACCAGACUGCAGAAGUGCAGGCUAAUUACAGUUUCUUACACAAUGAGACUUUAGACAGCUGACGUCUUGUUUUAAAGCCAAAUAAGUGACUUAUGAGUUCAAGAGGAUGCUGAAACACCGUAUCCUCACAGGGCUUCAGACCAAAAGUCCUGCCUGAUUGCUGCCCAGUUAUUAAUGUUUUAUUUGAUGACAUUUUAUCUGCAUCCUUUGAGGGUAAUUUGCUGGUCUUGAGUGCUCAUCAGUGUAAAGUGCAAUAUUAAAUAUAAAUAUUGUACCAGCCUGCUCUGCUAGCACCACUUUCAUUAGACCAUUCACUUCUGCUGCUGCAUAAUUCAUCUCUCAGAACAAAGGAAAACAUGUCAAUUGAAAUUUAGACAAUUAUGACACAUACAUAUCCGCUUUGUCUCUGCUAGUCUUGAGCUCAAUCUGAGUUUUGGAUUCCCACACAGUGGCUAGAGUAGGUAAACAGUAAUGUGACCUGUUCAAUACUUGAUUUUGUGGUUGUCCCUCACAUAUGAAUAAUCAGAUUUUCUUAUUUAAGGUUUCUGUUGUUUCUUUAAGGUGACAGAUAAAGAUUUGUAUUGUAAUGACUCAGCAGAAAAAAGCUGUAAACACACCAACUUCAUUUCUAUACACUAAGCAUAUAAAGAAGAACCAUGCCUUCUUUUGAGGUGUUUUUGUCUGAUUAGAUGGCAUGUGCAAAUCCAAUUCCCAAUCUCUUCUAGCUCCGCUUUUAGUCUCCACUAACUCAAGAGGAAAUUUUUCACUGCUUGUGUUUGGAGUAGUCAAAAGUUUCUGGAAGGAGGUUCUUGGAUUGGGUAGCCAAAUUAUAAAAUUGAGGAUUCCUAAAGUUUUACAUCUUUCCAAGAGCCGUAACAGCUAAGAGGAGCGGAAGUGAUCUUUUUGAGACUUCAUGUUGUAAGGUAUUAAAAAGACCAUAAUUGGUAAUUGUUGAAGUGCAAUGACAGCCAUAGACAGCUGGUUCUUUCAUGGGAUAUUUCAGAAACAGCUAAACUUGCAUCUUGGAGUUGGCUUUACCCCUUUAGUUACUUUCAGUGUCAUUUUUUUAGUCAUCUGACCAAAAUGGUUGUUCUUGCUUUGCCUCAUCCUAGUUACAUGCUUGGUGACACUUACCACAGUGACACUUGAGGACAUCAGUAGAAUCAGGCAUUUUAUCAGAGCUGUGAAGAACGGAUCAGCAUGUGUCAGACUCCAGGCAGAAGAGAAUUUUAAUAACUUUGUGAGUAACAUGAGCUGAAGUGAAUAAAUAUCUACAGUGUUAGGGGACAGUCUGGGGAAUGAGCACACAUGGAUGAACAUUUCUGUUCAUGUUGGUUUGCAGUGACUCGCUCUGUAUUUUCACCUGCAAUGAUGAAACAUGAUUUGAGGGUUAUGAUGUCAGUUUUAAAAGGGACUCAAACCAGAGACCUAAGUCCUCUUUGACUGUCAGACACAAAGUCAUGUCAGACCUUAAAGGAACUCUGUCCUCUUCAGAGAAUAAUACAAGCCUCUGUGAGCAAAGACUCAUAUCAGACUUUAUUGUAUAAGCCUGAUCCUCCAUUCAAAGCAGUAUGAGAGGUGACCAGCUGGGUCAUUGGCAGCAGUUUUAAGACCUCAAUAAAUGAUCGUAAUUUCAUCUACUCACUGAGGUACCAUCAUCAAAGACAAUGGAGAUAAUUCUGACUUAACAUUUAGAGUGCCUUUGCUGGUGCAGCCAGUCAAGUUUUCUCUGUUAAGACUAUUUAUCAGCAAGAGUCUGACAAUAAUAUUUGUACAAUCAUACCUGGACUAAAAUUCAAUCCUCAGUUAUUUUGAUAAAAUUUGUGAAGUGAUGGAUAUUGCAAUUUUUAAAAUCUAAUGUAGAAAUCUUUGAAGUAAGAAAAAAAGCACAACAUGCACAAAAUCUUGGAAAAAAGUUUUUUUCUGCUGACAGAACAGUUGAAUGACAAUUAUCUGAUUUCCAAUACCAUAUUAUAAUGACAGUAAUCUAAGUCAAGCAAAUGAGCAGUGUGUCUACAUCAUUAAAAACUAGUAUACUAAUAUCAGAAUAGCACAAAAUAAUUAAAAAGUGAAUCAGUCAAAUAAUAAGAAUCAAUAGAGAUUACAAAACAUAAUAUUUCCAUGUUUUCUUCUCCUGGUGUGACAGAAGCUGUGACCUGUCAUAAAUGCUGGGUUUAGACUUGGAUAAACUGCUCUCUGCUGUGUAAAAUAUAAAUGAAGCUGCAAGGCCCUGUACAGCACAGUUAACCUGCAGUGUGAUUUAACCCAAUUUUCUAGUCACAAUCAAUUAUUUUUAUGCCUUAAGCAAAGCAAAAACUUGUGCCUGAUGAGUCAGCAGGUGUGAACUUGCAUUUUAGGUCACCUCGGGAAUACCUUUUUUUCAGUAAUUCAGUUUUAAACUGGUGUUUUAUAUUAACGUUCAAUGUAUAUUAUCCUGAAUCAGCAAGAAACAUGUAUGGCUCCUUCUAUCCUGUGUAAUAAAAAACCCCACAAACAAUCAUGUAAGAGAAAAUGAAAGCAUCAAAAAACAGGUUAAACCAGCACCAAUAAAACUCCCACUGCUUAAAUUAGAUGUACACCCUAUCAGAACUAAUGAACUGUAGCCUUGCGAGGUUGCUGGGGCAACAAAAGCUCUUUUUUUUGGCUUUUUGUUCACUGGUAUGAGAAGCAACAUUCGACUUCACAGCAGGAAUUUGUCUUGUUCUUCCAUUCUUGCGCCAGUUGCACUGUGGAGUACCGUGGAGAUUUAUUAUCAAGGCAACAGGUAGAGCCUGUUUCUUUCAUUAGUUUUGCUCAAGCCGCAGGCUAUCCCUUCACACAUUGAUUUAGACUGGACACCUCACCACUUUGCCUCACAAAGACAGAUGAUCUCAUUCACAUCUGUGUGCAAAUUAGUUUCCAAUUCAUUUCACAUGUGUGUGUAGUAAGGUGGAGAUAACUUGAGUGUCCAUUAAAAAAUCACAGACAUGCAAAGACAACAUGCAAAAUCUCCUGUUGAAAAAUGAGACAGUGGAAGAGUGUGAGGAGAGAUCAAAAUUUACAAGGUAUAAGAAACAACAUGACAUCCUUACGUGUCACCUGACAAUGACAGAACACUGGGUUCAUAUAGAAACACCUCUAUACCCUAUCCAACACGUAUCUUGUUAUACCUCAUGUUAGAAUUGUCUCCUCCACAUCCACUCAAGUCAACAGAAUAUGCCGCUGAUCAAGUAUUGCUGAAUCAAGUCACAGGUGUGUUCAGAGUGAAUUUGCUGCUUGUGGCACUGUAAAACAGGGUCAUGUUUACCGCUGUGUUACAUCUCCUUUCCUUUUAACAACCUUUCUCCAGCCUUGAUUGUGAACAGCUGAGCCUUUCAGAGAUGCUCCUUUUAUAUCCAAUCAUGAUACUCACCUGUUUUCAUUGAACCAGUUCACCUGUUGAAUGUUCCUGACAGGUGUUUUUGGAGCUUUCUUUCCUCAAUUUUCCCCAGUCUCCUUUUGCCCCUGUCAUAUUCUAUGUGAGUGAACAAUAAACAAUAAAGUUGAUUAGUUUAAACAUUAAAUAUAUUGUCUUUGUAUUAGGGCUGGGUGAUAUGGCCCCAAAUCAAUAUCAUGAUAUAUUGAGCAGUUCACCUCCUUAACAAUAAAUGGAUGAUAACUACUCCAAGCUCACCCCUCCCACAUUAACUUUGUCUACUUCAGCCGCCACUCCAGCUGCUAUAACCGUCCUCCGUCUCCUCACCUGUCUUUACCUCUUUGUUACGGACUGGAUGACGUGGAGUCAAGUCUCUGACGUAGGACAGCAUCUUAAAGAGACAUGAAACCAUAGCCUACCUACACACAUCCAAAACCAACUUUUAUUUAUUAAUUAUUUUUGACACCGAAUAUAUCGAUAUGGGCAAAAUGACGUCCGGUAUUGUAGUAAAUUUUGGUAUCGAUAAUUUUUUUGGUUUAUCGCCCAGCCCUACUUUGUAGUGUAUUCAAUUAAAUAUAGGUGAAAAAUGAUUUUCAAAUCAUUGUCUUCUGUUUUAUUCACAUUUUGCAUAGCGUCCAAACUUAAUUUCAAUUGGAAUUCAAGUUCCCCAAGUAGGUUUCUUGAGUUUCUGCAGUUGUUAAAAUGAACUUCUUUGCUUUGUUUUAUUUCUCUUUUUGUUUGAUCCCGUAGUUUACUGUGACAUAUUUCUUACUCAAGAAAACAGUGUCAUACAUGCUACCAUCACUGUACAGAUGUUGUCAGUAGCUGUAGAUGUUGUUGGCAUAACAAGUGUGACAUACAUUCACACUGAUAGCCUUUGUUGUUAGCUUCCUCCUCUCUGAAGUUUGCCCUGCCUGGCAAAAUACACAGGCACGCUAAAGAUAUAGGAUUAGUUAGUGCAUGUCGUUGCUGUAAACACAGAAUAGCACAGACUUGAAUAGAUUGUCUCUCAUGGAUAGCCUAUUGUCACUGGGACCCGACCAAGCUAUGUGGGUCAGUCUGAUCUUUAGAAUUGGGAUUGGUGUAUUGCUAGAAAAGAGCUGAUGAGAUACACAGUGUCUUCUGUAAUCAAGAUGGUCUCAUCUCAUCUCAAACAUGAUCAAUCAGCCCAUGAUCAGUGUCUAACAGUAUGUUUUUAAAGACAUAUAUUCCCAUCCAUACGGCUAACAUGAAGAAACGGCACACCAGGGACGAUGCUUUAUUCAAACUGCGAAGCUUUCUCAGUGUUUACUCACCCCCUUGGCAGGAGGAGGCUCUGAUUGCUGUGGCUGCUGACUCACUAACUCUGUCAGUACUCAUGCAGCACUCUUGUGUGUGUAAUGUGAUUUAAGAGGGAAACCAGUGGACCUGGAUCUGCUGUACAUCAUCCCUGUUUCAGCUCCAUAACUCUCAGCUGUGAGGCCGGGUGCUGACGGGGGGGAGACAGACAGUCAAACGAGGCAGGCUUUGAGCAGCUCAGUCUACUCACUCUCACACGCUGCUGCUGUCUCUGUGGGGUCCUUGCCAUCUGGAAGAAAAGUGUGUGUGUGUGUUUUGGUGUUUAGAUGCUCUGUCUUUUUGUGUGAACAUAUGUGUAAGAGAUCCUCUGAUGUCGGCGGCUGCCCCAGGUGCUGAUUAAGACAGUUUCUGUGUAAAAAAUCCACACCGGCUUAAGUUACCCUCUGCUGUGGGUUCUUUGUGUUCCUGGAUGCUGCGAUGCAUUUUGUUGUUUACAAAUUGUUGGCUCUAAUAGCAGCUUUUCAACUUUUUAUCUUAUUGAAAGGAUUUUUUUUUUCAGGAUUGGAAACUAAAGGCCUGGCUGCCUUUAGAAGGAUCAAAACAUAGUCUGGUCUUGUAAUCUGACAGUCUCUUCAUUUUCAGACUGACAGAUUACUUAGAAGCCUCACAAUAAACCACAGUCUGUCAGCAUUCUCGCAGAGAAAAUGACCUUUCUGAAAUCUCGAAUCAUCUGCCUGUGUUACACAAAUGUAUGUAAUCCUGGUAUCGAAUAUGUUGAUUGAAUGCAGCCCAUCUCUCGGGUUUAGCAGGAUGUGAUCAUACAGCCUCUUUCUGUGCUCCUAAAGCCUCUUAGUUGUGUGGUGUCUUUGAUUUAAUGCAGAUAGAGCUGUGGAACUUGAGUAAUCCCUGUUUUAAUCAACAUUGAGCUGCCCUUUGCUGAUGAUAUGCCAAGUUAAAUGUGUGGGGACAGCUGCCUCAUAUGGGUCAAGUUGAUGGUGAGAUGUCAUUCAUCACUUUAUCAGGUACACAUUUGCAUACAAGAUAUUAAAUUUGCAUAUAAAAUUUUCAUGUGUAGUGUAAAUAAAAUAUGACCGUGUGUGUCAAGAAACACCUUCAGUAUCAGUAUGUUAAGACCAUAUGAGUUGAAAUUACCAGUUAUUUAUCAGAGGUGGGAAUCACUAGUGGCCCCACGAUAUGAUAUUAUCACAAUACUUGGGCCACGAUACGAUAUUAUUGAGAUUUUUAACGUUUUGCGAUACAGUGAGUAUUGCGAUACAAUAUAUUGGGAUUUAUACAAUUUUUCAACUGUUGAGUUGAUUUAUCAUUUGGGCUUCCUUUAUGUUUGUCUUAUUUAUGCUGUAUUUUAUUUUCAUGUAGCACAUCUUGCUAUCCUUCUCAAUAUUUGUUGCAUUAAGUUUAUCCUUCUCACCUCUGCCAACCUCACUGGACUAGCAGUUGAUUUUUAUUUCCCCAUUAUCAUAGAUUUGACUUUAUAUUAACAAUUAAUUUGAAAAAUCGAUACUUGAUAGAUGAGACGAUAAGAUAUAUCACCAGACAACAUAUCGCGAUACUAUGCUGUAUCCAUUUUUUCCUCACACCCCUACUAUUUAUUAGAUGAGAGUUUCCUGGAAACAGGCAUACUUUUCACUCUGACAUACCCAUACUGAAAUCAUCUUUUUGUUCUCACCAUAUUCAGACUUGCAGUGAGCAAUGAUGGGUGGACUCAGUCAUGUGGGUUACACUCACUUUUUCGAUAAGUGGUGCUGUAUGUUGCACCAAAUAUUGACAUUUAAUGACCAAACAGUAUAUAUAAGAUGAUCCUGUACUCUACCUUACUGUCUCAUAUUUUGGCUGGUAUGAAAGAUAGAGCUCUCACAAUGAACGUUAAAAGCUUUUGAGCUUUGCUUCACUGUGAGAGAAGAACCGGCUUCUAAGUCUUUGCCUUCACUCUCUUCUGAUUUAUCUUUUUAUUCUUACACUUAGAAAAAUGAAUCAUGGCAUAAUUUAUUUUUAAGUAUUUACAUGUAUUUGAUUUUAUUCAAAUAGAAAGAAAAUUAAAUUUUUUUAGAAUUAAUUUAGAAUUUAUUUAUUCAAAUUUCUCAAAGUCAGCAUAAAUAUGUUAUUCUGAAAACAAUUAAUUUAAAUCACUUAAAAUGUAUGAAUAUAGUUUAAAUAUGAUGAGCUGUGGAUCAACCAAGAUUCAUUUGGUUAAAAUGUACGAGACAGAAACAAAGUGGAUAUAUCAAUAAUAAAUACAUAAAUCUGCAUCAUUUAUUCUAAACACAUUGGGUUUAUUACAUACAUCUAAUUCUUAAUUGUUUCAUUUACAUUUGACUGACAAAAAUGCAGCGCAUCAAGUUUAUUGGUCUGUUUAUGUCAAAUCUAAGUAAUGUAAUGUAAAUGGAGGGACAUUUUGUAUGCAAUGAGGCCUAAAUAUUUCUGUUAAUAUAGUCUUUAUCCAUGUAGCUGGAUAAAGAGAAGGAUAUUGAAGUUGUGGAGACAUGAGUUUUAUCACUUUUUUGGCUGUAUAUGAUCUUUAGCUUAAAUUGAUGCACAGCAUCCUUGCUUUCCCUCUGGCUAAUCUUACUCCAUCAUAAAGGCCUGUAAGUUCAGAAACAUCACAUUUCUAUAGGCUUCAACAGAAACAGUAAGUUCAUGGUGAGAUAAUGUACAUAUAAAAGAGGAGCAGUGUGUUCAGGGUUAAGUCCUAUUUUUUGUUCCAUGAUAUAUGUACCGUGCUCUAAAAAUGGUGCAGCUCCUAUAUCAUGCAGUGACAGAACCUACACCUAUACCUACUCUUAUCUUAUUUCCCCUCUCACUCAGAUCUCCUCAUCCCUCUCUAACACAGUCCUGCGUACAGUGCACACAGACCAGUUGUUGUCCAGAUGCUCUGCUUUUGGAAGCCGUCACUCUUGCUCAAAUGUUGUGCAGCUGUGAGCUCUUGGAGCACCAUGUCAAAAUGUCCACAGAGGGCUUUGGAGCAGCUUAUUGUUUCCUGAAACAAACUGUGACAAAUGCAGCUUCCAAAUAUGUCUUUAUCCACAUCCAGACAGGCAGUCAGCACUCCCUUUUUUUUCUUUUUUUUUUACUUUAGCUGCUACACAUUGAGAGAAUCUAAAUCCCCUUUUUUCACAUGUAGAGGCUUCACUUAAAUAUUUCAGCCUACCUUCUUUUCACUCUCUUUCAGGGGAUUGAAUAGAAGCUGUAGUGAUGUACUGCUGGCUGCCAAGAUUUCAAUUUAUCAGCAGCAGGAUUAAUAUUGUACCCUGCUGGUCUUGUGGCUUUAGAUUACUGCCUCCUUUCUUGAGCUGCAGACCUCUCAUCUCCAACAAUUGUCUCUCCCUGGAAAGUGUGGUUUAGUCUUAAUGCACGCUCACAGCAGGACUGUGUUUCUUUCUACGACUCUUUUAUGCUGUUGUAAUUCUCCAACGGUUGUUCACUGUGUCUGUGGCUCAAUGACGGCACAAACGCUUGUGGCUACUUAGGUGUGCGCCUUUGAUGUUUUCUCGCUCAUAAGAGCCGUACUAAGUGUUAAUAAUUGGGAAUAAGUGGCUGGCAGCCUGAAAUGUAGAUUUGAUAACCCCUGCCUUAUCUGUUGUGGUUUAAUCACUUCUAGCAGGGAUUGGAUGCGGCAUGAGUCUCAAUUUUCCCCCCUCUACUCUACCUCCAGUGCUGGCUCUUCAAGAAGCCAUUCAUCUAAAAAAGACCUUACGUAAUAACAUGCCUGUGUGAAGGGCUUCCAUAGUUAUUCCCAACAAACAUCAAGCAGAAGCGAAACUGCUUUUUACAACCACUUAGUAUGCCUCUCUUAUGUGUCUGUGAGCAUGCAGUUUAGUUUGAGGCCCAUCCUAACUUGAGUGCGCCGUAGAUUCUGCUGCUAGAUGGGCCACUUGACAGUUAUAAAUAGCACCCAGGUCAUCACGACUGCUUCAAAUAGCACCUAGCUCUCUGAGGUGCAAAAGCACUGUCAGAUAGAGCGGAUUAGAGUGAGUGGAGAUAUUUAAAACUUAUUUGAGAAUAAAUUUACAUCCUAGCAUAAUACCUGUAUACUCUGUAUAGCGAGCUACUUGCUGGGGAUUUGGGUCUCUUUCAGGGGACAGGGAGGGAUACACUGGCAGAGGCAGUGAUUUGAUAAUACACCGCUCUUAUUGCUCAACUGUUGGGUAGUGUCUCUCCUGCUGUCAGAGUCCUCUCCCACGCUCUGUCCCAGGAUCUGGCCGUCCCCGCUUAAACAAAUAUUUGAACUCCGUGCCAAGUCUUUCAUCGGGUGUAUACCUGCUGCUGUGAUUGAUAUUGUUCAUGUGUGUUUCUCUCGAGCUUAAUGCCAUCACUGGAGUUACGGUAAGAAGAAUGUGCCACACUGCGGGGAGAGUCACAGAAAAAAACUUCUUGAGUUUGUUGUCCCUCUUUACAAAUGACCAUGUUUGUCCAACAAAAACAAAAAUCCUGAAAAAACUACCUGCGAAUUGUGAAUCAUUUGAUAUAAAUUCUAGCAUUGGAGGCACUGAUUGAUUUUUGCUUCGUCAAGAUGUAGCUGUCUCUGAGUUUAGCUGAUUCGUACCUGAAAUAAUAAGCCCUGCUCUGCUCCAUACAGCCUUGUCUUCAACCCUCACAUAUUUGUAAUUCAAACCUGGGUUUCUAUAUGUUGUUUUUCUGUAGAGCCGGCAAUCCACUUGCUCUGCCUAAGAUGAUUUAAAAAAAUGCAUUCAAACCUGACCUUGUGACCAAAAACCUCUGCAGUAUUCCUCUUGAAUCCUUUUGACGCCUCUAUUAUUCACUUGGUAAGUUUCUUUAUUUACAAAACAACACGACCCUUUUAAAAUAUUCCACCACCACCUGUUUUAUGCGCUCUUCAGUCUACAGAAGUUAUGCAUGUCUUGAUGCACGUAUAUCUGCGAGCCCUAGGAAACAAAUAACAGAGGGACCUGCUCUUUUAAGCACCACCCAUCCACAACUGCUUAUAAACUCAACAGAGAGGGUGUGUGAGAGUGGAAGACGUGGACACAGUGGAGUGAGCAAAUAUGGGCUUCAUAGCUCUGGUAAUGGUUGCACGACAUUGUGAUCCAACAGACCAAUCAGCUGUUAGCCCUUUGUGAUAUGUUUCUGUGAUUGUCGGAAACAGUCAAGAGCUAGGUUUAAGAAUCAGCCCGAGUUUCUCAGGCAUAAAUGCAGCCUUCCCACCUCUGUGCUGCUGUUCACAAACUGAUGUGUGCAGGCUUUCCUCCAUCUCUCUGACUGAAGAGGAGCUGACUGCGUCUCACUGUAAGACCUCUGCUGGCUGUUCAGAUAAAUACAGCCUCACCCUCAAACAGUGAUGUUAUGAUUGCUUUGUUUCAGCGCUUCUGUGAAUGUGAGGUUGUGGGAUUUAGCGAGAUGUCUUUGCCGCGUGACAGCUUUAUUACUGGCUGCCACUGGACUGAUGAUGGGCCCUAUUGAGCGUGUGGGUGGGCUGUAUGGUUUGUGUAUGAAAGGGUGGGUAUAAUAACAGGUACAAAUGUCACGCUGAUAGAGAGAUAUGAUUUUCACUGAGCUGCACCAGCAUAAGCACCACUGAAAGUGCAUCAGUAGAGUUAGCACAGUUUACUGCAUUUCAAGAGGCUGAUCUGUGUGUUGAGUAGUAAAAACAAAUAGGGACAAUACAUUUAGAUUAAAGGGGAUAUUGUAUGUUGCAAUGUGAUAGGGAUGGGCGAUACGGGCUUAAAAAAUUAUCACGAUAAGUUUUGCCAUGCUUUGACGAUAUCGAUAAAUGUCCCGAUAAAAAAUAUGAUAAUUCCGAUCGAUGUUUUUGACUCAUUCUGUCUUGAGAACACCAGUUGGAAUAGUCAAAUAAGAUACUUCACCACAAGUUGAAGUGGUAGAUCAUAGAGAAAACUAGUGACAUAAAAUAAGUCUGAAAUGUGAAAACACUUUCAACAUUUAUUGAAAACUUUUCUUGCAGAGUGAACAGUGAGCAGAUCUACUGUCCGAUGUCAGGCAUAUCUGAUUGUGCUCGUCUAAACCCCAAUCUUGAAGGAAAUCCCUCAUGUGGAGCCUCAUUUAUCAACAAACUGCUCAAAAAACAUCUUCUUCACCACCUUCAGCCAUGUUUGUGUCUGUGUGGGCUUCGGCUGCAAGUCCGCCGCUCGUGCUUACGUCAUCAACUUGCAUUUAUCUUGUUUAUCGGGAGAUGGCAAAUAUUUAUCAUGGAGGAAUUUUCUGACGAUAAAUCGUGAACAAUAAUUUAUCGCCCAUCCCUACAAUGUGAUCAUAUCUGCCAUAGGUUUGUUUAUAGAUUGACCAAAAUAAAAUAGAGGAAUGUUUUAAUCACCAAAACAAAUAUGCAGUUGGUUCCACUCAGAAAGAAGAAGUAAAAAUAUUUGUUUCCAAGUUUUUGAGAACUUAUCUGCAUUUCUUGGCCUUGAAUCUAACAAAACAGAAAAUUAUUAGUAUUCAGGCAGACAAAGCAGGACAUCAGAUGAAUCAAGUUGGGCUUCAAUUAUCUGGUUGAUUUGUGGGUAUGUGCUCUCAUGACACUGAAGACUCUUUUUGCAUAAACAUUUUUUUGUGUUUUUCCCAGUUGCUUGUACUUGGGUUGCUUCUCAUACACCCACAAGCACUGAUUUACUUUAUGUGUUGUAUUUUUUUCCAAGUUAUCAGCCAGGUAGGCUUUUACAACAUGUUGACUUUAACUGCGUUAUGUUCAGUUUUGUGCAGCACUGAUGUCAUUUUAUCUCCUCAAGGAAAACUGCAUCUCCUUAUUUGGAGCCAAUGUAGAAACAACAUAAAUAACUCUCAAGACUGUGUAUUUUUAGUCCUAGUAAGAAAUAAUAGACGUGAUUUCAAAGACUAACUGUGUAAUAAUUGAUGCUACAGGCCUGCAUCUGUCUAUCUUCAUAAAUCUGAAUGCCUCUCUCCAAAUCUACAGGAUGUUGUGUAUUGAUUUGGAAGAAUCUGGAGUGGACUGUAAGAUCUUGUGAGCUGUUAGGGUCGCCUCUCUGCCUGUUUGUUUUCGUUGUUUAUUCAUGCAGGAGGGAGAUUCAUUAGUCAUUCAGCAUGGCAGUGAAAAUGUGUACACAAGAAGUUUGCUCUUUGCCAAGAACUAAAGCACAGCUGAUCCUGUGCCAAGAUAAAACUUGGCUUUACAUUACCUGCAGUCAAGAUGGCAGUCUUAUGAAAAAAAAAAUCACUGUUUAUCUUUUCAGAAAAGCAGCCAGGAUAUUGCCUCAGAGGAGUUGGUUUUGCAGAUUAAUCUGGCACAGUUAACUCACAAGUAAUGUCUGUAUUCAAUGGAGCAUUAAGAUUGAAUUUUUACGAAUGACUUAUUGGCCCAAAGGCUAGUGUCAGUAUCCCACAAGUAUUCAAAUGUGACUGCUAACUUGGUGACUGCUACAAAAUAGAUCCAGAAAUAGGAGAAGAAAAUCAGUAAGCUGCACAACCUCAUAGUAAUCCUGUAUUCUCUGAUAAAUAACCGGGGUAGCAGGAGCUUUUCUAAGUAAGUCCCAGUCAUUUCUAUUCUUUGCUUAGACAGUAUGUGAAGCAGUAAGGGGACAGUCAGAGCACUUCUUGGUUGGACAUGAACUCUCUCACUGGCUCAUUAGUGCAACAUGUUCAGGGUGGCUUACACCAAAAUUCCACCUGAUCCAUGUCCCUCCUCUGAUCUGAUCUUGUUUGACCCUUUGCUCCACCAGACAGCCGGGGUCACAAGACCAAAGAUUUCUCUUGUUAAAUACAGAAUCAACGGUUUUCUACAUCCAUAAAAAGCUCUGAAAACCUCUGAUCUGUCCACUUCAGACUACAGAGUGACUCUUGAAAAUGAAUUGAAUGUUUAAUGGAUGCUUUAAUGUUGUUUUGGUAUUUGACUUUAUGUCCUCCUCAAUCUAACCUGUGCUAAUUGAUGCGUUGUGACCUUGUGUCCAGCUAAAAAUGAAGCAGUCUGCUGAGGAGAGUUCUGGAUUGCCAGAGCUGAAAAGCAAGCCAUUAGAAGAGAAGAUAUUGACUUCUGUAAAAACGUAUCUGCUCUGCUGAGAUUGUGGACUGAACAUGGAUGUAGUGGAAUUUAGGGAUUAGAUUUAGAGACUGUGUGUUUGAGAAUAGAAAAGCACUCAAAGGGGACUCAAUGGCAGCGCAGAGAUCAACUUCUGUUCACGCCUCUUGUAGUUAUCAGUUUGAAACAGCUCAAGACGUACCGAUUCAGCAAGUGUUGAAUGUACUAAUUUAACCUUGUAAUUCCACAGAGGUGCUAGUAGAUGUUUCAGUCAUGAAGCCAGAUGCUCACCACAAGCGACACCACAUGUUUGACAGCAUUUUAUUUAUAUUUAAGGAAGAGAGUCAAAAUCUGACCAUACAACUGAAGUUUUUCCUCAACUUUUUCAAACUCUGAAGGAGCUGACUUUGUCAUUACAAAUUUCAAACUCAGAGGCGAUACAAGAAAGACUUUGUAAGUCAGAAAUGCAUUUUCAUGUAAAAACCAGUGGCUAUACGAAGCUGAAAAGCUCUUGGUUGUAUUCUAGUUAUAUUAGCCGAGUUAACAUAGUAAUGAGAUACUAACACACUCAUUCAUGGUGGGAGCUCUCCUGAGGGACAGAUGAGGGAGUUAUCUGUAAAUAAGACACGCUCUUGACUCUUACUCUCACAUUGUACCAUAGCUUUGCAUUCAGUUUUGACAGACCAAAUAAAUAUCAACCCUAUUCAGUUUGGUUUGGGACAUUUGUGUGUUUGAAAAAUUAUUGGCAUAUACGUGAUAUACGACUGAAAACUAUGAGCCACAGCCACAGACAAAUGAGUUUAGAAGAGAGAUUAUCAAUCUUAAGUGGUAUUAAAAAGGACUCAUUUCCCAACACUGUACAAGAUUAGUGUGUCUGUCGAGAAAGGAGUGAUGUUUGGUUUCAUAAUACAGGACUUUUAGUGGCUUAGUCACUGCUGCAGACAAAAUCUGUGGAGUGACUGUAGAACAGACAUGAGGCAUUAUCAUAAAUCAACCACAGUCCAUCUGUGAAAAACUCGUCACUUUUACAAUGUGCGUUUUUCUCAGGAAAGACAUUAAGGCGAAUCAAACGUGUUUACCUCGAGUUCCAGUUUGAGUUGUUUCUCUUCAGUCACGUACUUCAGAAGCACUCUGUUGCUUUUACAUCAGCAGCCACAUCAAAGCAGCAAUAAACACUGAGAAAUGAAAUCAUACCGCAUUACUCAUGGUGAUUACUCAUUCAGAGAUCCUUUUAUUAAUUAUGUAUUCACUUAUGCUGAUCACAAACAUCAGCAUACGUGAAUACACUUCGACACAAUACAGUACACAAUACAAGUAGAUGUUUAAAAAGAUUGUGGAUGAUUAUUGUAAAAGGUGUAUUUGUGGAUAGUUGUUUGUCUGUUUGGAGGAGUAGAAGAAAAUCUCUGCUGGUGCGUUUUGACACAAGACUUGAUGAUUUCUCUCUUUUUUUCUUCCUGUGACCGAGUUCAGAGCAGUGUUUUCCGUGUUUCUUUAUUUCUAUUUGGUUACAGAUUGUACUUGUUCUGAGCUGCCUUUUAGGUUUGUUCCAGCUUUUGUACAAAUACAAAUGAAUUCCUCUGGCUUCAAGUGAAUUUUAAUUACCACCUCUUUGUUUUACCAUCGGGCUUCUUGAGAAAUCAAUCAGGGUCUGUUGGGAAGAAGCUGUUGUUCUCUCUGAAAGACUUUCCCUUUUUUUUGUCUUACUCCUUAUAGACAGCCUUGUGCUAAUUUUUUUUCUUACUUUGAUGAAAGUCCCCCAAUCCAGAUAACGUGACUUGUUUCUGGAAAAGUUUGUAUCACCGUUUUCUGAGGUAUCUGGCAGAGGGGGCUGUGGAUGUUUCAUGUGGAUGUUUGAAAUGAUGAGGGCACUCAGGGUUGGUUAAAUUAUACUUUUACGUUUCCACCCUUUUGGAAACGGAGCUUCACUGCAAACAGAUAGACAUGAAGAGAGUCUUUCAGUGUUUUAGUUUAACUUCCUCAAAGAUGGCUGUUGGCUGAGGCUGACUUGUUAUCUCCUGCCAUUGAAUAGGAAAAGGCACUCAGUGGGUGAUGCUUUUCUGUGGUGUGUUUUGUGUUGAAUGCACUUCCAAACUGGUGUGCGCUUGUCAUUCAUGAGGAAAAGUGCUGUGUUUAGCUGAAGUGUGUCAAUGUUACUCACACAAAAUCAUUGCUGCAGCUUCAGAGGACUUGUUUUAACUUGAUCCCUGCAGUUGAAAAUGUCUGUAAACAGCUGUAAAUCUAUUGUUGCAAAGCAAUAAAUUCUCCUGUGACUGAAAUUAAAAUUAAAUCCUGCCUUACUGAUGAGAACAAAGUAAAAAAGAAACGAAACACAUCGACCACAUUCAAAUUUAGCACAAUUUAUUCAACACCUAAACAAAUUGGUUUACUUGAUACUUAGCACCACUCCAGUCCUCCCUGCAGGUCAGUAUUUUGUGACUGUACAGGUUAUGCAUUGCUCCAGUCAACUGGUUAUAUACCAGUUUAACUAAACACAGCCUGCUCUUCAUUUUCCAGGUCAACACACUGCCAUGUCAUUUAUGUCUGUUCAAGGUAGUUGAGCAUUAAAGCGCUGUAGCAGUUGUCAUUUACUGAAGAUACAGUCUCAGCAAGUGGCUGCAGAACAACUUAGUCAUUAUGUAUGACUGGCAUUUCAGGUCUACAAUUAUAAAAACACCACUCAUGUCACCUUUGCUCAGUCUUCGUUUAGUCCUUGGUCUAUAGGCAGUAAAAUACUUUAAAAUCAGACAGACUAUCUGACAUUAAGGUAGAAAAGAAAACCUCAGUGCAUGCAAGCCAUUUGGUGUUUACUCUGUGGCAACAUGCUGUUUUAUGUGAUGUCUAUUUACAACAAAUCAUGUAACAGCUGAGGCCUAGCAAACAAGAGUGUCCCUCUGUUGUUUAUGUAUAAGUGCUAUAUUAUUCAGAGUCUUCUGCCUCGACUGACUGUUUCCUUUAACCACAAUAAUAUUUUACUCCAGCUGAGUGGGAUGCAGUCAGAAUAAGAUCACAGACUUUCAAAUGAAAGAUUUUUCUAUGAAAGGUGACAUGUCCCUAUAUUUAAGCUGCAAAUGUCCUAGUUUCCCUCCGUCAGAUAGAAAGAAGGUUUAUUAAGAGGAUGAAAUGAUAUGAUUGUUAGGAGGUAAGAAGAGUAAAAGGAACCAGUGGCAGUUCAGACACUCUGUCUGUGUGCUGCCCUUCACCUGUGGGCAGAAACAACCCACUGAGCAAUUUUUGGUCUAAAAGAGGUCUAAUAGACGUCUAAAUGUAGACUAGACGACUGAUCUAAAAUCAGGCUACCACAGGUCUAAAAAUGAAAGUUUUUUAGAUGUCUAGAUUUAGACCAAGUCUAAAUAUCUAGUUCAUAAUAGCUAGCUUAUAUCUAUACUGUACUAUAUAUUGCUCAACUGCUAUCAUAAUUAUUUUUGGUUAAGUACUCAGAGAUCAGUUAUGCAACUCACAGUUGCCUUUUGAAAUAAAUAGUUAUCGAAUAAUGGGUUAAAGUGCAACGUCUAAAUUCUGUCUAAAAAUAUACAGAACCCAGGUGGUUGAAAUUAGGUCUAAAAGAAAACUAGACGUCUAAUAGCCGUCUAUUGCUCAGUGGGAAGAUCAUGAGCAGGGGUAGUCUUUAGUAGCCGUCUGCAUCAGUUUCCUGAAGAGUUUCAGGUAGGGCUGGGUGAUAUGGCCUCAGAUCAAUAUCACGAUAUAUUGAGCAGUUCACCUCAAUAAUGAUAAACGGACGAUAACUUCUCCACAAGCUGCUCAGCCCCUCCCACAUUAACUUUGUGUACUUCAGCCGCUACAACUUUUGAACCGUCCUCCACCUCCUUACCUGUCUUUCCCUCUCUGUUACGAACUGGAUAGGGUCGAUGUAGGACAGCAUCUUAAAGGGACAUGAGACCAUAGCCUACCUACACACAUCCAAAACCAACUUCUAUUUAUUUAUUUUUUUUGACACUGAACAUACCGAUAUGGGCAAUAUGAUGUUGGUUACUGUUGUAAAUUUUCGGCCCUAGUUUCAGGACUCUGUCAGGUGUGGACGUAAGGAAGCUGUUCCACUCUUUGAAGAGAUUCAGACUUGUGGAAAUGAUUCUUUAGGGUGCUACUUGGGACAGGUGACUGAAAAGAGACCGGAGUGCAGACCUGGGAUUCAGUAGUCUACAUGUCUACAUUUGGGAUCCCAAAAAGCAGCAAAUGAGCAGCAUGAAGUAACACUGAAAAGAGCAUGUAAGAAUGAAUUGAUGUUGUUGAGUUGGCCCAUGUGAAUUUUAAAAAGCCCAUUUAAAAAAAAAAAAAAAAGGUUUGUGUGUGUGUGCAUGUGUAUGUGUAUGUGUGUAUGUGUCUCUUUGACAUAUGCUGCUGUUUCAUUCUCCUCCAGCGCAGCCAUUAGCAGAUUGAGUCGCACGUCUGUGUGCAGCAGAGAGAUGAAAGGCUCUUUGAUCUGAAUUAUUUUGAGGUUUCCUCAUUUGAUUGAAGAUAUUUUCAAAAUUUUAAUGUAGGCUAUUCUCUGAUCAAGGAUUAGUUUCUGACAAUGCCUGAGUGAGUUUUAAACAUUUGUCUUAUCUUUGAUCAAAUGAUCUCUGUUCCUCUGUGAGGGUAUUAUCCAUGAUUGUGUAAAAUAUUUAGAUAGGCCUUCAGAAAUGUUAAGGUUCAUCGUGGAAGUCCCACUUUGUGUUGCCUGUCUGCUACAACAAAAGUACAAAUCCUUUUGAAUGUUUUAAAUCCAAAUAUAAACCAGCAUAUUUGCAUGCAUGUUCUGGAUGAUUUUUCCUGUGAAGAAUCUAUACUUGCACGUGUCGAGUCAUGCUGCAUUUUAAAUGUAUGUGGCAAAAAUAAACACAAAGCACGUCAAGGUUUUUACAUUUUCCAUCUGGGUUAGAGUGGGCAGUGGGCACCAUCAUGCAUUUGGAAAAUCGAAACACUGACAUAGAAAUUUGCAUGUGAGUGAAAAGGUAUUUGACAGAAAUAAAUGACUCAUUGGAUUUGUGUUUCUCUAAAUAAGACUUCUCUUCUAAACAUAGAUGAGCCUUUACAUACAAGCAGCUGUGCUCAAACAAAUCUCCCUCUUUGUGAUUUUGUUGAUGAAUAUGCAGUGAUUGGAUCUUUCAAUGCCUCCUGUGAUCUGGUGUUGAUGAUUUGUGCUCUCGUGCUUUUCUUACUCAUCUUUCCAAAAUAAUUUCUCUUUGAAUCCCUUCCCAGCUGUGAAGGAAGCUGACUGUGCAGCUGAAUGUGUGAAAUAAGCAUCAAGAUUAAGUCCAGAUGUCAGUCCUGCUCACUUUAAGUGAUUUUGUCAAAGUGUAAUUACUGGUUUUACCCAGCAGAGGGCGAUAAUGUAGCAUAGCAUGCUCCCUGAUAAGACUGCGGUUCCUCAGUUCUAUUAGAGUCAGGGGCUUUGCUCUGUUCAGCAGUUUAUUUUGAAGUGAUGCACUUUCUCAGUUAUUGUUUUAAUAUAAACUAUUUUUGACUUUGUUGUGUGUUGAGUCUGGUAUUAAAGAUUAGUAUACAUUUGAAUGAUUGUAUUAGACCUACUUUAAAUCAGUCCAUCUUGGUGGUAAACUGAAAUAAUUGUUCAUAAAUUUGUGUUGAAGGAAUUCCCAGCAGUUAUGUUAAUUAUAAAAGUCAUUGUCUGCGAUUUGGAUUUAGUUUGGACUGUUUUUUCACCAUUUUGUGUAACUUCUGACUUUAGCCUUUGGAGGGCAGUGUUGAAUUUUGGCCUAAUAUCCAACAUCUCUGUGGGUACUAUAAUUAUUAUAAUAGGAAACUCUACUGUGAAGAAAUAUGUUUUCCUCUUAAGCGCGCGCAAAUUAAUUUAUGAAUGCCUGUGGGGCUUAAAGCGUCGAUAAAGAAGAGAGUUAGUUAGGCGUCCUUAUUUGUGCUACAUAUUCCUUAUUCUUCAUCUCCACUCCCACUCUGUGUGCCUGUUGCAUAAUCAAUCCAAGUAAGUGCCACUUAAGUGCAUGUUUUACUCAGAAAAUAAGGAAAGCCUUGCCUCUGUCAGGAGGAUGACGUGGGUGUAUUUCACCUUGAGGUGUUUACAGUUAAGUGUGGAGUCCGACAGGGAGCAUUUCCUCCUACUGUCUUUCUGUUUGCUGCUUCUUCUUACUCAGUUUGCUUCCUCUAUUUUUAAAGCUCAGUUGUUGAUGUGGCUUGUUCUUCGGAAAGUGUGCUGCAGUUUCAAUCUCUCUUAAAGGAAAGUGGACAGUAUGUAUGCUUUAGUUCAGACAGCGAGGUUGACCUAUUCACCCAAUUACUAUCUGUCUGUCUCUCCCACGUCUUUUCGAGUAAUUCCCUCCCUUCCUCUGAUUUAUAUGCUUGUCAGGAUGUUGAAGUAUUGCCUUUGUGACCCCAUAUAACUCUAUACCUUACACAUGCAGCUGUUGUCAGAGGGCUGUUACCACAAGAGAAACGCUGUGGUUUAAAAAAAAAAAAAAUCAUCAGACUUUUAUGGUGCUUAUUUUGAUGAAACAAUAUUGUCUCUCCAUCAUGAAUAAACUGGGCUUGCCUGCUUUGUUGUAGGUGUACUGAGCUGUGAAAGACCACGAUUUGAACCCCUGACAGAAGCAGCUUGUUGUUCUUUUCCCCUGAAGACUUGAGUAAUGCAGCUGCACCUACAAAUAACAUCAGUGGGUGACCAAAGUGGAGACACUCCCUGUUGAAGUGAUGAGAAAUCAGCCUCUCCCUCAGAUGUGUUAGUUUAACAGAGCAAAGAAAAUUAUGGAGAGAACUCAGAAAUGAUGUCCUCUAAAUUUAGAGCUCUACAAACUUUGUACAGUACAGUCAGGACGAGACUCUGUGGAUCUGAAUGAGGAAAGAGAGGACGACAAGAGGAGGCAUACAUGGAUGUGCCAAACUGGCACUGGGUUGAGUCACUGACUCAGUUCACUGCCCAGCUCUAAACACUGUCCUCAAUUUGUCGGCUUUCCCUGCACACGCCGAGUCUGUGUUGCAGAGUGGCAUUGAUCGCCCCCAUUUCCUCUAUGGAUUAACAGGGUGUUCUAUUAGAAUGCCAAAUCAGGAUGUGGGAAAGUUCACUGAGGAUAUAUCUGUGGUUAUGGUGAUUUCAUUCGUCAGAAAGACUCCCAUGUACAGCCUCCCCACCUAAUUCAUGUACAUGUACAAGAACAUACUGUCCACAUGCUCACAGCUUUGUUUACGAGGAGUCUGAUAAACGUCCCUCUGUAAGAGUGGAACAAUCACGUUCUAUGUGUUUGUGUGCUUUUCUAGUUUAUCGCUGCUUCUCUGUGUUCUUCUGUUGUUGGACUUGGAUUGGGCAUCCAGACUCAACUGUAGUAAGGUUGCAGUUUUUAAGCUGUAGCCAGUCAUUUUUCCCCAGCACUUCACUUUUUGAUUUAUGUCCACAGAAGUGUUUUUUAUUUUGUCUUUAAUACUGUAUCAGUUGUUUUACUUUUGCAGCACCAUUGUACUUUAAACAAUAGAUAUACUGCACCUCACAGAAAGGUAGGAGUCAGAUAAAAAGCUCAAGAGCUUAUAGGGUAACUUUAUCUUUUGUUUAUUAGGACUGUUCUUCACAUGACUGAGGCUGUAGGCAAGAAGUGGAAUUUGUGCUCCCCACAAUGUUUGUUUAGUCAUCUGCUGUUUGCCGUUCUGCAGCCUGGAGAUGAUAAUAUUUGACAAUAUGCAGCACAUGAUGAGUUGUUUUGUGCUCGCUGCAGAGAGCUCAUUUGGUUAGAAAGGAGAGGGCCUGAAUAAAAUAUGAUUGUAAUCAACAAAUGCAUAUGUAAUUGAAAGGAAGUAGCGAUGUUAAAAUAAAUAUUGUUUUGCCUGAUUACAGAUUUCAUGCAAUCCUCGAAAUCCUCCUCCUUAUAAUUCACAACAUCCAACAUUUGAGCUCACUUUCCUUUGCUCUCACUUUCUUCUUCCUCUCCCUCUCUGUCUCUCUGAGGAUCUGGUUCUGCCACUCUCAUUGCUGACCCACUUCUGAUGGUCAUCUUUCCUAUAAUCAGCUGGACUGAUGUCUCUAUGAGGAAGUGCUGCCCGCGUCUCUGCUCACGCUAGCAGCGAUCUUUGCCUGGGGACUGGAGGAACUAGAGCUUACCAGAUCUUCUUAUUGCAUUUCAUUCCAGUGUCAGUUAAUGGCUGCCAUUCUCUAAAUCUGUCCGUCAAUCUAAAGUUGAAAUCUUUUCCCUUCUGCUGCUCCUGUGGUUGUGGCUUUUCUUCCAACAUGCCUCUAUCCUUGCCCGUUAAAGUUCUGGAUGAUAGACAGAUCAAUACCACCCCUCACCAGGGGUGGUAUUAUUUGUUUGUGGCUGCAGCGGAUGAUAUUGGAUUUUGCUCCUAUAUUGAGGGCACACACACUCUCGUCAGUCACACACUCUCUGUCAGCUUGACACACACACACACACACUGCAGUUAAACUUUCCAUGACAUUAUUGGUUUUAUCAGAAGUAGGCCAAAGCAGAAGCCUGGCCCUCUGGCAGGCCUACUGAGCAUGCUCAAGAGUGCUGAGGGCGAGUUAGUGCAGCAGAACCUCAUUUUUUAACUACAACUACUUUUCUCUUGCUGUGUCUUUGUGGGUCUGUCACUGCUGCUGGAAAAGGACAGGGACCACACAGGCUCAAAGUUUGCCAUCAUUUUUAUCACAGGGUGAAAACUUGGAACUAUUUUUGAGUUGGCAGGCUGUGAGGAAAUAGUAGAAAAGGGAAUAACAAGGCUUGUCUCUUUCGCUGAAAAGUUUGCUUAAAAGUAGAAUUUGUAUUCCUGAUUGUUACUGAUGAAUCACCUCGCGGUUUGACACUUAAACUAUUCAGUAAAACCUGCUUAUAACAAGAGAGAUAAAAAGUCAUGCCCUCUACUUUCUGGUAUUUUGUGUUAAAAAAGACAAAAUAAGACAAAAGGUGAUGAAAGAAAGUAGGGAUGUCCCAAUAAAAAAAAACAAUAUCAGAUUAUAUUGGCCUGCAUUUAAAAUCUCUGAUAUCAGCACUCUGAUCCAAGCAGUCCAUUCCAGACUCCACUCCAGCACCUUUAUCUAGCAGUGCCAGGAUUCAGCAUGCAGAGCCCACAUGAUCAUAAGUUAACAACAGUGUGUACUAAGGUACUAACAAAGUCACAAGGAGUAGGAGUGAUGUUGGACGUGUGGCAGUAUUUCCAAGUUCCAAGUAUCAAGUCCAAAAAAGACGUUGCAGCUAAGGGCAAAGCUUGUCAAGUUUGUGCUAAUAUUGGAUCAGUAUCAGUAUUGGCCAAUACUGAAGGCUACAAUAUCGGUAUUGUAUCGGGACACCCCUAAAAGAAAGUUUUCACAUUAUUCAUUAUAAUUGAUCCUGUUAUUGAUGCUUUUGUAAUAUUGUUCAUUUGACAUUUAUGCCAAGGCAGCAUAAAGCUGGAAAAAACAAAAACGCAGAUGACAAAAAUUCAGGCACAACUUCACCAUCUUCCAAGGUGUUUGGAGAAAAAGGUUCUUAAAGAGGUCGAAAGAGCUUCAGCAACACUUGUAGUUCAGGAAAACAACUUUAUUCGACCAACGCUCUUCGGCUUGUGGCCUUCGUCAGGGUCAAAACAAAAACACAGACAACAAGUAGAAGAGUGAAGCCGACAGGGUGUCACAGUUUCUUUGUUGUUUCAUACUCAUGACUGAGGUGUUAUAAUCUGUAGGGUGUAGUAUUUGUCCUGUCAGUGUUUAGUGAUGAUGAACCAACAGUUAACCAGUUUGUCAUUGUACACUAACAGGAAACUUUAGUCAUAAGGAGCAAGUGUUCUCAUCUAAACGCCUAUCUGAAGCUUCACAACUUAUUCUCAAGCUCCGGGAGUUUUUUUCCGCUCCAAAUCCUUUAUGAUUUUGAUUUUUGCAUUUGUGAAUAACUCUUUUUAUUUCUGUUCUACACACAACAAAGUGGCACAAUGGAGCUCAUCAACAGCACACACAAAAUCAAGCAAUGACUUUGUCCCUUUUUGUCGCGUUUCUCGAGCAGAAAGAAAAAAAAAAGCAGCCUCCAAACCUACUUAGAAGAAGGAUCUGGAUCUGGAACUGGGGCACACUCCUUUUCAGUCAUUUUUCAUUCUAAGCUAUUUAACGAACUCUAGAUAUAUUGAUUUUGUUCCCAUAAAACCAAACGCUGACGUUAAAAACAGUACAGAAAUAUAAGAUACAUAAACAUGUUCUCAGUCCCUCAGUUGCUCCCUGAAGCAUCUAGCAUUUAUUGCAGACGUAGAUCACACUAUCUCUGGUUUCUUUCUUAAUCACAGACGCAGGUGCACUACUUUGGAGACUCUGGGUUGUGGUUUAUUCAAAAGAAACUGUUCACCCCUCUUGUGUUUUGUCUCUUUUCAUAUGUAUUGAGUCAGUCAGUUUGGCCUUAAAAUAAGAGUGUCGUAAACCUUAAGUCGUUUUAUGGCGGGACGAUGGUAUUGUUAUCCAGCUGUGUUGAAUAGACAGUUUUCUCCAGUUCAUCAAUAAUAAAGGAAGUAGCUGUGAGAGAGAGACAGAAGGUCUUGGUGGCCAGUAAAUAGUCCUCCUGGAUUCGAAGAAUGGAAAUCUGAUGCAGUCAUUCACAGAAAAAAUCAAGUAGUUUGUUUAAAGGGAAGCAGAUCUGUUUUAUUUCCUGAAUGGAUACAUAACUUAUCUUUUAUUGCAUGCAGUCACACAUCGCCUGCAGCCCGGUGAAGCAGAGUUGAUUAAUGUUGUAGCAUCAAGUUUGCCUCAGCUCUAUGCUGCUGCUGCACUGUACUCUGUGGUGUAGAUAUUUGUGCUGCAGAGGGUGAAACUGCAUCUCCUUAAUCAAUCUGAAACACAAACUCAGCCUUGGGAGGGGAAAGGAGGAUACUGCUAGCUGACGAUACACGCUGCGGUAUAGUGUUGUUGUGUACUCAUCAGUUUAAAGUUAGUGGUUGUGGAGACUCCCCGUGUUAUGUGGAUGGAGUGGGUUUUAUUGGCUCAAUCAAAUCAGCACCAUGGCCUACAUUACGUCCUCCCAGUGGGCUCAUUACACCUGCAGGCAUGAGUUGAUAUAUUCAUUAGGCUCAUGAAUGAACUGUGUGGAUCUUUUUAGCGUUUACCUGGAGGAGCUGUGCGUGGGUGUUAAAAGGAUCUGUACAGCUUGACUAUUGUUUUUCUAUCUAGCUUUUGGCUCAAGGAAAUUUUUAGUUUUAUGCGGAUGUACCAACAUUGACAACAAACAAAGUCAAGUGAAGCUAUAAAUAAUGAAUAAAUAAGAAAGCUGCAUCCUCCUGCUGGAGGAGCUGUGCUGGCAGUUCAUUCAUGUAACAGGAUGCGUUUUGGUACAGCAGACUCGACCUUGCUCUGCUGCUUUUCUUUGGCUGUGUGUUCAAGUUUGAAUAAAUAUGGCUGAAUGUUCAAGUUAGCCAACAGUGUAAAAACAGCCCGUAAUUCUUUCAGGGAGUUUUCGGAGGUGAAUUGAUGGGACUUCAGUCCAGAGGAGCAAGAGAUUUUGCAGCUGUUUCUGAGAGAACUGGAUGUGUUUUUACACUGCAGGUGUUUCUACACUCCCUAAAACUAACUGAUGACACAACUUUGGAUAAGAUGCCAUAGUUCCACUUUAAGUGGUUGUACUGUUUGCAUAUGUUAGUUGAAUCCUGAUAGUGCGUACAGAUGUGGUGAAUUUGAUAAGAUAUCGUCAAAGUGAUGCAUAAGUGCUAAACUAAUUCACUGAGUGUUUCCUCAAACAAUUUUUCAUCCAGUUACAUGAGACGACUUUCAUAAGCCAACUAGGGCUGGGCGAUAAGGGAAAAAGUUUAUUCAUACUGGUAAAUACCAAUAUAUAUCAUGAUACAAAAAAAUCACUUGUCAAUCUUAAAUGUUCCCAGUUACUCUUAAAUGAAAUUUAACAUGUAUGCUAUGGUUGUGUGUAGCUGCAGCCUGCUACCACGCAAUUGUUUGCUACUUGGUUCUAAUUCAGCACAUGAUUGGUUCAGUGCGAUGCGACCCAGAGCAACUCCCCUUUUCAUUGGCUGUACAUAAAGUCUACCAAAACAUGGCAGAAUGACGGCUAUUGAAAAGCAUAUCAACCAUGUUUCAUAUCAAUAUCGAGGGAAAUUAAUUUUUGAGAUAUAUCGUUAUCAUUUUAUCACCCAGCCCUAGGGCCAACUAAGUUAAGUGAAUUUACUGCAAACUGUUACUGCAAGGCAAGCCCUUCAAAAUACAUGUACACUACCAAAAAGAGAUGUAUCCGUACUGAGUCACACAUCGAUACAAGAGCUGCAAAAUUACCUAAAAUUUAAUUUUGAUCAGGACUUUGACACUACGAUGAUCAAAUAAUUGUAAUCAAAGUAUAAUAGAUAAAUAUUUUGUGGCUGAUGAUAUGUCUAGGUUUCCUAUUGGAGUAUAUCCCUCAGCCAUUUCCACUUUUCUUUUUAUCCAUAGAAGACUAACAGCUGGUGUGGAUAGUGGGCGAUCUUUAUCUCUACUCCUCAAGUAUUAUAUUGUAGGUGUCACAAGUUGUGUCCUCACACAUGCUCUGCAGGAAGACAGAGACAUGACAGGUGAUGAUACAACAGUGCAACAGCUUAUGUCUCCUCAGGGGGUUCUUAUUCAUCUUUUUUUGUACUGGUGCUCUGUCGUCAUUUACUCCAGCACCUACAUGGUCUGUAUGGGUUGUAGCUUUUGUUUUCCUUAAACGUGAGGUUCUUUUGGUGACUCCCCCAAGAAAACAGAAAAACUAAACUGAGACACAAGGCUCUAAAAAAGGCAAAAUAAAUCAUCGCAAAUAGCAGUUUUAUAAGGAAAUCUUUUCCCUUAAACUUUGACAUAAACUGGAUUUUUUACCGUCUUAAAAAAUGAUGUAUUGUGUUUUGUUGUGAACCCAGCAUUAUAAAUUGUAUCUCCUUGCAUGCUUGUUCCCCCUUGUUAAACGUGUCUUGCCGGUGUAAUAUUGCUCUGAUGUCCAUGACAAUUUUUCAUUUCAGAUAGAAGCUCUUGUUUAAUAAAGCCGAGCCGUUUCCAACUCUCAUUCAUCUCUUGUCAGGAGGUGUGGCCUCUGGUCAGGUGGAUUAUGAUUCACAUCUCUGACUCAGACUGUAUGGGUGUUGGAUAAAGUCUGCAUGUGGAAAACAGGGGAUUUUUAUGGAUGGUGUAUCAAAGGACUAGUUUACCUAGUAUGGAGUAGAGAACUAAGAAAACUUUCUGUAUGCACAAGAAAACUUCCUCGUGUUCUCAUGCAUUCCUUUUUUGGUCAAAACAGUAAAUUUUUAUGAGCCCCAGAGCUCACCACUUUGAUGACUUGAUCUGAUUCCAAUACCAUUUUGGAGUUUACCUGAAGAUUCAGAGUACCAUCCUUCUCCUGUCAUUCUGCAAACCUAAGGCACCACAGAGCAGCGCUUUGCUGACCCAGAGGUUUUGUGUUUAUGUUGAACAGAUUAACUAUGAAUUAUUCAUACCAAAAUAAUUACCUCUGCGUUUGGUUGCCAGUGUUGCUAACGCAGUUGACAGGCUGAUGCUUUCAGCUGUAUGAUCCAAGAUGUGAAGGAUCUAUAAAUAUUUUGAAGGGAAUUAGAGCCUCCUUUUUGCUGAUACUGAAAUAGAAAGAGGGAAAAAAGUCAGGCCCGUUAGAAAGCAGUCAGGAGUUGGCUGGGUUGUGCUUCGGGGGGUGGGGCUGGGCUAAUGCUAGAGUGCAUUGCUAUUUGUGUUUUGAAUGCAGACUUUGGAAUUUGCGACUGUCAGUGCUAGCAGGCCUCACAAAGCAGCCUGAGCUUUUGAGGCAAGUCAGUCAGACCCUUCUGUUCACUGCUGAUCUUCUUUGAGGUCACUAACCAGAAACGUUGUGCUUAUAAAACACUCUGGGUUCACUGAUCUGUAGGUUUAUUUUUCCUCCCACAUGUUUCGCUCCAUCAUCCUGGUAAUUCAAGCACCUAGGUUUAAUCCCAGGACUUCACAUUGGCUGAGUCUGCUCCGGCUAGCAGAAUCUGGUAUUCUACUUCUGUGAGCCUGAUCCUAGAAACAGCCUUUCGAUUUUCGAUGUGUCCAUAGUGCAGUGUUUUUUCGUUUUUAUUUCUGCCUGCUUGUGUAAUUGUUGUCAGUGGGGUUUGCAGUUCAUGAGAGGAUUCGGCUCUCCUAAACUUCCUGCCAGCCUGGGGGGACUUUGAGUUUGACUUCCCUAUUGAUCGGGCUGUUUUGUUGGCCUCUGCAAAAUUAACUUUGUACUUCUCGAUCUUUGUUUCAUUAGUUAUUUUUUAGUGUGCUUGUUUUUAACACAAUUUCUUUUUUUUCAAACAGCAAUGGAAAAUAGCCAUGGAUAAAUAUCUUUGUACUAUUGUUUUCAAUAGUUCGACAAUCAUAAAUCAAUAAAUCGUAAAAGGCUGGAGUCACAGUAAUACAGAGCCAUCCCAUCUGUUUUAGAGCAUUAUAUUCAGCUCGGUAUCAGGAGCUGUCAUCUCUUAAGUAAAGGCGCAUGAUAGUACCUGUCUGGUUGUGAGAUUUCUCAAUUUUCACCAAACAUUUCUCUACCACAGAGAUAGAAACAGCUCCAGACGUCUCUCUUUUUUUUUCUUCAAUUCUGUUUUUUUUAAUUCAUGUUAGAUACCAUCAAUCACAGCAUGGAGUCUUCCCUUGAGCGAGUCAAGACUUGCUUAAGACUAGCUUAGAAAACAAAGCAGUAGACAUCAUGAAGGCAAGCUAAAAGUUCUCUGUAAGUGAUGUAGUGUUAUUUAGUCUUUACCAGAAGCUAAUUGGAUACCCUGAGUAAACACUGUGAAUCUCAAACCCACAUAAUCUCUUGAGAAGAGGGGGUAAAAAGUUUUCAAUCCGCUGGUGCCACUAGAGUCUUGUUCCUCUGGAUUGCACUGCUCAUGCACCCAGCUGUCCAUUGUUGUUUUUCAGCUCCAUUUGACACACAAAGCUAAUUGCUGAAGCUAGAGACACCCCUCCCCCUACACUUGCACACACCAAUGCACCAAGAGGUUGACCAUUUAGCUCAUCUUCUCAGUGUGUCCCUGUAGAAAAGCUGCUAACAGAGUUGUUUAUGCGUGCACUAUUCUUCGACUAUCGCUCAGUUGGAAACGGAGACCCCCUGCAGAGAGCUGGCAAACGCUCUGAUUCAGGCUGUCUUCUUCAACAUCAACCCUCCACAUGCUGCUGAUAUCGAUGCUCAGAGCCACUGUACCUGCAGCUGGUCAGAACAGCAGCAGGUAACGACCUGCAAAUCUGUGACAAAGAGGGGAGCGUGGGCGUGUAGGUGGUAGAGGAAAGAGCCAGAGACGAGAACGAGUGGGCAGGUAGAAGAGGACCCUCUGGGAGUGGAUAAACAUGUGAACACUUAGCGAUUUCCCUCUCCCUUCCUGUCUCUCUCUCUGACUUUGAGUGGGCAGUUAAUGAGUCUGAAAGCUUCUCCCUGGCAUCUGUCAGCUGAGGACCAGAUGAAUCCUCUAGUGCAUGCUGAAAAGCUGAAAAGAAAUGCUCUAUUGCUCAUUGAUAAUUGGUACAAUGGAUAGCAGGAGGGUUUUAUUCUGUCACUUCUCAUAUCAUCAUAACCUUUCUUCAAGUCCAGUUGCACAUUAUUGUCAAGGACAUCAGUCCUUUAACACAUUUUACUCUAUCAGGAUAUGAAAACUUGUAGAAUGAAGGAUUUAUAACUUUACUGUACAUUUAGCUAUUCUAAGUUUGGGUGUAAGAAGUAUUUUAGAAGAUAUUUUAUUUCCUUCCUUUUAUGUACGAAAUUUCCUUUCAUGAGUAACAUGUUGCAGAAAUUCAUCUACUACUGGGUUGCGCUUAACAAAAUUGAAUGCUAUGAGCCUUUCAAAGGUAGUGCAUUUCAGAGAACUGUUCGGAUUGUGUGGCUCAGGUGAUUCUGUUGUUCACAGGCUCUAUCUGCUUCGUUACUUUACGAGGCCCUUCAGCUCUGACAGGGAGGCAGGAGCGCUGGAGCCAAACUGCUAUGAUAACAUCAACAGAUCUGAGCUUGCCCACUGUGUUAUCCUUACUCUGUCAUAAAGCCUAAUGGUGUGUAGCUGUAAAACGGAGUGGGGCUUAGGUUUAGGUUGAGAUAAAACAGAGUUUGUAUGACCUUGGCAUGGACACAACCCUGCUUAAACAGACUCCCUCUCCCACUCAGCGCCUAAUGAAGUUGGGACGGGGCUAUCUUGUAUUUUCCAUGACCUUGUUUCAUACAAAAAGAAACUCAAUACUAAUAGAAAAAGAUUUAAAAACAGAAAAAAACACUUCACUGCCAAAAUUGAUCUUAACUGAUGCCAAAAAAUUGUUUGAGCCAUCCAACCCACUUUUUGAUCUGAGAAAGAAAUUUAAAUCACCUUGAGCAACAUGAGCUGAAGUCUGUGACCCCAUCCUGAAGAUGUUUGUCCUGGGUAUGUUGGGUGUGAUGGUAGGGCUGGGAAAUAUGGCCUCAGAUCAAUCAAUAAAUGGACGAUAACUACUCCACAAGCUACUCACCCCCUCCCACAUUAACUUUGUCUACUUCAGCUGCCACUCCAGCAGCUACAACUUUUGAACCGGCACCUGUCUUUCCCUCUUUGUUACAGACUGGAUGGGGUGGAGUCACGUUUCCGAUGUAGGACAGCGUCUUAAAGAGACAUGAGACCAUAGUCUACCUACAAACAUCCAAAACCAGCUUUUAUUUAUUGAUUGUUUUGGCACCGAAUAUAUUGACAUGAGCAAAAUGAGGUCAGCUAUUGUUGUAAAUUUCGGUAACUGUAAAUUUUCGGUUUAUCGCCCAGCCCUAGUUUAUGGUCCCUGGGCUUGGGACUCUGGUAUGGGUAGGAUAAGAUAAGAUACUCUUUUAUUAGCCCCUCAAGGGGGAUUUCCCCUUGCACUGCAAGUAGUUACAAUUCUGUGCACGAGGAUAAUGGUGAGACACCGGACAACACUGCCAAACAUACACUCUGCAAUCAUAAACCAGUAGAGCAUCAUUACCCAAAAAGGAAAUAUUGACCUUGUUGACAAAUGUCAUGUAAGUGAAAAGAGAUGUACAGUGUCAAAAAGACACUGUGAGGGAAAAUCACUCAGUUUUCAGACACAACUUUGGAGAAGUGAGUAUCGUGUUGUGACAGUGCCAGAAUCUUACAUUUCAACACUUGAGACUUCAUUUGUAAAGAUCAGUCUCACAAGAACAUAACAAAAGCUCAACUCCCUCUUUUUAACCAUUUUAUAUUUUUGUGAACAGAUAUGGUUCAGAAAAAAAGCAUAGAAGAGACACCAACAUUUGACAUACUGAUAGAUGACAUUUCCUUUUCUUUCUUACUGCUUUGGUUCAGUCGAGGUGUGUGCUCUCUUUACUUUCUCUCAAUGAAACUCAACCACUUACUGUAGUUCUCUCUUUCACCCUGAGCAGCUUCGGGUAGGAAAUAUGACAGUGGAUCUGUCUUUUUGAUAAUCUUUGGUACUUUGGUACUGUCUAAUGCAAGAAUAAUGAAGAUUGUAUUAUUUUAAUGCAAAUGAUAUUGAAAAGCAGUGAGGUAUGAGAAAUUUUGACAACCUUUGCGCGGAUCAAUCCUGUAAAAAAUAUUUGGAUUGAGUUUUCCAGCCUGACUGUGAAAUAAAUCACCUAAAAAAAUAAUUGGACUGUUUGAUUAGAACACUGACAGCUUCAAUUCAGUCAUCCAGGAUUUAAAAAAAACCAUGCUCUCCGGCUGCAACACACAGCACAUACACAGAUGGCCAAACAGCUUGCUUUGACUUUCUCCUUUGACACUUUUUUUAAUGGGUGUUGAAGCACACGCUCCUUAUUUGCCUUGGAUCAAUCUUCCAUGGAUUUGCUCUCUAAAUAUCAUAUCAUAUAUCCCCCGGUUUCUCAUUAUUCCUUCACCGCUCUGGUUUCUUUGGGGUAUAGUGUCCAUUUGGUACCCCAGGUGUUGUCCAUAUCCCAUGGCUCCAGGCUUUAGAAUGGGGGGCUCUCCCUGGAGGACUAAAUACCCCCCUCCUUCCAUGCUUUGUAGCAGAGGCAUGGUGCAUUAUUUAUUACAGCUUGCCAAGGUAGUUCACAUAAUGCUGAUGGUACGAGUAUCUAAAAUGCAUCUUUAUUAUGUUUCAAUCCAUAACAAGUCCAUUCAGUUGUUUGUAGUUGUCAAAACUGGAGGAUUUUUAGAGCUACAUGUAGUCUGUAGAUUUGUGAGCAUCUCUCUAAAAGGAGGGAGCAGGGAGGAAAAAGGCAGCCAAGAACACUGUAUUGACUGCUCUGGGUGUCUUCCUUCACCAUUGACUGCACUCAGCAGGUUGAUGAGUGGAGGAGCUGUUUGGCAUCUUUAGGUCCGGGCCGUGGUCAUUGUCCGGGCUUUCAGAUCUUCAAUAGCUUCAGGGUCCCUGCUGAAACUACUUAAUAUUCAGUUCUUUCUUUCUCUUCGUCCUUCUGAAACUAACAAGAUUUCACCACAUAACAUGGUUCCAUUUGCCGGACAGGAAACCAACCCUGUGAUACAGCCUGUGUCAGUAUGACUACAUUAUUUCGUAACAAAUCACAGCUACGUCUGGAUGAUUCAAAAAUACUUUUAUGAUGAUCCUUUGAGGCCACGGUUUCUUUUUUGAACAUGCAUGCUUGUCAGGACUUGCCAAAGAAUGAGGGGAGGGAGGUGCAUCUUGGCAAAGCUGUGAACUGCUGCUAUAGAGAACACUUCCCAUUUAUUUAUGGGCAAAACUUUCACCCGCUACGUAAAGUUUUAAAUAAGUAAUAUAACAAUUUGUGCUUUUAUUAUGUGUCCCGUGUUUUUUCAUGUAGUUUGCCUUUCCUUGAACACAUUACAAACAAUCAACACAAAAAGGCUUAAAGUUAGCCUUAAUCUAGCCCUUUAAUUCCUGAAACCAUAAAUUAUGGCCUGAAAAUACACAUUUUUUGGAGCUGAAAUGUUUAUUUCACUUACUACUGAAAACCAAAAAAGAAAAAUCAAAAUUUCCUUAAAAUUUAACAAAUAUAUAUAUUUAUCUUGUUUGAUACAUUAAGUGUUUUUGGAAACUGAUAAACCACAGGAGGACAUUUUUAUCAUUUAUCAGACUGUAUUCAGGAGUUUUUUUUAGUAAUUUGUUGAUCAUAUCGAUUUGAUAGAAGUAUCAUAAAAAUGUGUAUCAAAUAUGAUACAAAAGACAUUAUAGGACUAGAGAUAUGCUCUGUAAGUAAUAAUAGCUAUGUGAUAAAAAAGAUUUACAGUAAUAAGAUAAAGUCAAAAUUAUGACAAGUAAUAAGAUCUUGUCAAAAAUGAAGAAAAAAGUUACUGCUUUGAAAUGAAAAGCUGGAGUCGCUCAAUAGGAAGUUAAAAUUUAAAGAGAAAAGGUUCACAAUUAGAAGUAUUCAGUGACAAGCAGGGAAAUAACUCCUUUUUUAGAUAACUAUCAUGAUAAAUAUACAGAAAUAAAACUUUUAGUCAUAACUAUGAGGUAGGGCUGCACGAUAUAUCGUUUGAGCAUCAUCAUCGUGAUGUAUGUGUGCGCAACAGUGACAUUGCAGAGCCUGCGAUGUAGGAGUCAAAUGAACUAUCUAACUUAAAGGGUAGCUGAUGAGAUACAAUCAAUGUGACUCUCUAUGUGCUGUGCAGGUAUCCACCAAUCACAUUCGUUCUUUACUUAGUUGCCAAGCAGACUACUCUGCCAGCCAUCAAUCAAAAUCAGAGAGGAGGAAACCGCACCCCUCCACAUGAAGUGAGUCACUGGCACUGCCAGUGUUGUGCUGACAAAUACAUUCCCGCCGAGAAUUACUUUGGGAACAUUACUCAUCACUGUUUAGCCCCACAAAUAAGAACUGUAUGGGUUUUCAAUUGUACAUUUCUGUCGACCACUCUACUAUAAGCAGUGCGCGUUUGGCGAGGUGCAGGCAAUUCUCAGCAGACAUGCGUUUCUUGGCACAACACCGAUAACAACAACGAUUGCAAAGUGAGCAACGAACAAGAGAAAAACCACCGAAAAUGUAGACUUUUUGCUCAAAAGAAAAGGAAAGUCAAUUAUCUGUAAUUAUUUCGGUUACAAGAAGGAUGAUGUUGACCAAAACACGUGUUCUGUGUCAGCAGUGCCUUUCACCCUUUGCCACAACGAGAGAUAACAAGUCCCAGCACAAUAAAAGCAAGUUAAAAGCCUUUCUAGUAACGUUCACAAAACGAGGUAAGAUCAGUGCAGGUUAACUGCCCACAAGGUUUCAGCAUAAAGUGAUAUUCAGGUCAUCUGGUGAAAAUUCCUGUAUUUUUUUAUAUCCCAAUAUAUAUCCCAGGGUUGAAAAAAUUGCAAUGUGAGUCUUUUCCAAUAUCGUGCAGCCCUACUAUUAGGGAAAAAGUAAAAUGUUGAAAGUUGUUAAACAAAACUCAAAAUUAUGAAAUUUUCAUUAUUACUAUUUGUUAGAAAGUCCAAGUAAUGAGAGGAUUCAUCAUAAGUACAGGAUAAAAAUUGAUAUAUUUGAGACAAAAGUCAAAAUUAGAAAUAAAGUAAACUAAACUAAAAGAAGAGAUAAAGUCUUCAUGUAUCCUAUCAUAGAAUAAACAUGGUAAGUUAUGGUCACCGUAGAGAAAUGAUGAACAGCAGACCUGUUCUGCCUCCAUGACACCCUCACUGUACUGUAGCUGCUCCUCUCUGCGUGUAUACAACCUGCUUUGGUUUGUAAUUAUGCAGGAGGGGGACAAUAAAAGCCCCCCUGGCCACCUUGCUUGCUUUACAUCCGGCCCGUGACAUCAUCGCUCCUCGGGUUUCAGUGUGUCUCUACUACAGGCGCACGCGGCACAGCAGUCAGCAGCGCGAGAGCCUCUGCCCUGUGAGCACAGCAGCAGCAGCAGUAGCAGUAGUAUACUGGACACACUUCACAACACACGCUUAUUCUUCAAAGUACCAGGAAACUCUUCACGUCUUCACAUCUCACGCUUGGAUAAAUCGGUUGCGGUUUUUUUUACGAGCCAUCCGACUUGACCGCGAUUAUUUUGUAACUGCGUGGACGCUUAUGGGAGCUUUUCAUUGUAAGUAAAAAGCUGCAGUGUUGUUUAUUUCUGCGAAAUGCAUUGAGUGGGGUGUGUUUAACCCACGAUAAUUGAGGUGUGUGUUGUGUUGAAAUGUGCUCUUGCUGAUGCUUAAUGCUGCCAUAAGGCUUUUUACACGCAGCUCCUGUGAUUAGCCUCUGUGUUGCAGUUCCACCGAGCUCUUGCCAGGCUCUCAGUCAGCGAUUUUUCUCCCAUUACUUCAUAAGAAAGCAGCUUCUCUAUCAUUGGACCACUACCAAAGAGCCCCAUAACGUUUCGAGUCAAUGAUAAACUAUACUUACUAAGAACUUUUGUCCACUUUUUUGUUGAAUUGUCCACAUUACAUCUGAACCAGAAUGAUGUUUAUCUUUAUUUUCACAAAUCCAGUUCUUGUCAUGUAAAAAUUAAAAAUUCUGGUUGUUUGGGAUGGCAUACAACUCUAAACUUCUCUUAUGCGACCAAGGAAAUUGCUAUUUUCGAUUUCUGUUUUUCUCAGCAUGAAAACUCAUAAUCUGUUGGUCAGUAAAACCGAGCCCCAGGAGUUUCCAGCAACUGUACACAACUCUGAAAGCAAACCCCUGCAGGGAAAAUACUUUCAGCCUUCCUCCUCAGUUUCUAUUUUGUCUGGGAACUCUUUUUUUAACAGCAGUGGAGUUAAAUUUCAAAAUAAAACUAACUCUUAUGUUUUUCUCUUUUGUUAGACUUAAUUUUGAUUUCAGUUUCUCUCAAGUCUCAGCUGUUUCUUGACACCUAACUCUAAGCAGAGAGCUGCUUUUUUCUCUCUCAGAACUGCAACCUAUUUCUGUGUUUUAGUUGAUAUUUUCUAUUCCUGGAAUUACUUUAGUGCACAGUAGUUAGAUGAUUCAGAAAAACCACAGUUAGUUGAGGCAUAAAUUCAAAGGACUGACCACUUUCUUUGCAAGUAUCAUCUGUCUUCUCUCUAAUUAUUAAAGUAGACCACAUCACAUAUACUUUAGAAAAUCAUUCACCAUUUUUUUGUUUCUUUUUUUAAUCUUGUGGUUUAUGGCAGAGUAUCUUGAAAUACAAGGAGCUGUUGAACCUGUCUCUCAUGUUUCCUAUGUACCUCUUCUUGUUAAAUCGUAGCUUAAGGCCAUGAAUAAACAUCAUCUGUUUGUCUGUCAAAUUAAGGCAAGUCAAUAUCUUUAUGAGUUUCUUUUUGUUUCAGUGAAGUAUUUCUGUUCGGGCUUGUUGGAAAGAAGAUGAAACACAUUUUGUGUGGUUAAGCAUGUGUGCAGUGGAGCUAUCACUUUGAAAAGCCAGUGAUCAGGGUGAAACUUGUCAAACCCACUGGCUGUGCUGUCCUAAGUCCUUCCUAACUUUGUCUUUUAGCUCACUCAAUGACUAUUCUUGUGUCAAUCUUCCACCUGGAAUAAUCUGUGUAUCAGCAGGGUUUCCUACAGGCAGACUUUUCAAGCAGUCCAGUUUGAUAGACUAUAAAGGAAAUGGUCAAAAGCUGUUCUUGGAUGGACUGAGUCUUAUUUUAGGGGCGAAUGAGGAGGAGAGAUUAACCAAAUGAGUCAUGGUGAAGGAGACACAGAUUUCAUAAGAGAUCCUGACAGCUGUAAUAUAGAUGUGCAGAUGCCCUGUAAUAGGCUCAUAGCCCCACACCAGGAUUCACUGAGCAGAAGCCAUCAAGGGAGACAGGAGGGCGGGGCUGCGUUUGAUUUCAGGCUGUGAAUCAUGAGAGAUACACCAGGAAAAUGCUGAAAUCUGCAGAGGAGUGUGCUAUCCCAUUAUCAGCCAGUGUACAGGAUGUGAUGCAUGGAGCUACCAUCUUCGGUGUCCAGUAUCUGCCCUUUAAGCUCAGUUAAUUAAGUGAGUACAUGAUGUUUAUUUUGUUAUCAUGGCUGCAGCUAUCUAUGUUUAUACACUUACAGAGUACAUUCCAGUUCUGGCAUGAUACUAGUGUAUGUGUGUGAGGCAUCUUAUCCAAACGCUGUCUUUUAGUUUCCCUUCUUAUUCAUUAUGUGUUAAAGGAGGAGCAGUUGUUACCACUGAACACUACGAGUGUGGGCUCAAGUGAUAAACAAACCUGAGAAUGCCAAAGUCUUUUUUAACUUACAUUUAAAGCAAAUUAUCGUUAAUAUUCAGAUUCCAAUUUAUCUGUCUGCAUUUUUUAAUAUCUUAAAUGUCUCUAUCUACAACCAUGUGACCUUGAUUAUGAUUGUUGAUGUACUUUUUGAGGUGCUUCGCCUCUCUUUCCUACAUAGUUGCAAAUUAAGGAUGUAAUUUUCAUAUUUUCUUUUGGAAAUUACAGCUGAAACAUCAUGAGAGUGCUUGAUUUAUAUAACACUUCUCUGUGAGUCUUCCCUACUCUAGGCUUGCCUCCUGCUGGCUUUAAUGUAGCCUUAAAUUAAACAUUGAAUGCUUAACAUACAGGGGUUCUUGCAGAUACUAAAGGGAGAGAUCGCAACUUUUGACAAGUGGAAAAUGUUGUAUGGAAUUUCUCCUCUUGAAAGGACCUUAGAGGAAGAGUUUCUGUUUUAGGAAUGACAGUUCGAACAUGUUGGCCUGCAGUCAUUAGGUCACAACCAGGCUUGACAAAAAUCCAUGGCAUUUUCCCCUCAAGUAUCCUCCCGCAUUUUCUUCACAGAUGCAAACUUUCACUUUUAGUCAGUGUCUUUUUAUCCUCCAGUAGGCAGCUUGUUUCCAUGGCUCUGAAAUCUUCCUGAAUCGCCCGUUCAGCUGUGUCACCUUGACACACUUUGAAGACAGUCCCAGCUGCUUCGAGGGGCUGCUAAUUGAAUUGUUUGUGAAAAAAAGAUCUGAUUUGGGGCCCGAAUGAGCAGCUGUUUCUGUGGUUAAGCACAAAGGUCUUAGGUGAAAGUCAAAGCUUCACACCACACAGCUGAAGCUCUCAGUUUCUUCAGUGUUCUCUGCAGUGAUUGUGGUGCAGGUUUUCCCACAACAUUUCUUUAGAUAUGAACCCACAUCAGAUCCGGAUACAACAACAGAUCCAGGUAUUUCACGUCUGUGAUUGGGAAUUGCUUCAUGUUGUUACACUGAGUUUCAUGUGGCCCCCCGGGUGCUGCAAAGCUACUGUUUUGUCUUUUUUGUCUUCUCUGCCUCUGCCCUCCACAUGCCUACUCAAAAACUGCUUAGUCUGCUUAUUCUGCUCGGCUUUUGUGAGGAAGGCUAUUCAUACUUUCAGUCAAUGUCCAUGCAGCAUAGAGGACUCCUGCUGCAGCCAAACUUUGUCCCCCUCUAGUCAGGAGUGCACACCUGAUAAUGUGGGAGCAUUAAUUAGAGCCCACUGGCUGGCCUUGUGCAAAGUUGUGCCUAACUCACUACCUGUGUAAUGGGAUUAGAGUUCUGGCAUUCACAAGAGAAUGAACUGUAAGUGAAUGGCUUGUUUUGAUGAUGUUUACUUCUAUCUGUGUAAAGAGCUACAGAGUUUUCCUCUUGCAGACUUGGCUUGUUGCUUUUCUGUGGUGAGCAGCCGUUUAGAAAGUCUUUAAAAAUGUGUGAUUUCGAUUUUAUUUUGAACACGAAGCCAUCAUUUACGUGUUUAUAAGACCCUGCAUGGCCCUUUCACCAGACUACAUCUCAGAGUUGUUUGUAGUUUAUGAAACAGGACGUCCUCUAAGAUCCUCGGGCUCCUCUCUUUUAACUGCUCCUCAAACAUUCAGAGAUGCUGCUUUCAAUCAUUACGCUCCAAGACUGGAACAGUUUGUCAGGAUCAGAGAGGAGCUAGACUUUAAAAUGUUAACUUAAGACCUUUCUGUUCAGUCUGGCUUUUAUAUAGAGAUUUUAUUAGUUUCGUUAUUUGCUCUUUUAUAUCGGUUUUUAAUGCUAUUUUGUUGGUUUAUUCUAAUUUGUAAUUUUAUUUGAUUACUCAUUACAUCAGCGCGUCGUGCCCCAUUAAAAGUAGUCUGAACAUAAUGUCAUGCUUUGAGCUUGAAAAAUUAAAUUACUCCAUGAGGCGGAGGAAAUUCCUCUAUCAAUUUUUGUAAUCAAGGUACUCAAAUGAUUUCAUCCCUAACCUUGUCCAAAUAUUUAACUGAGCCGUUACUUACUUAAAAAAGUAAAACAAAGGCAUCACAAAGAUACAAGAAACAACAUGACACAGAUGAAGCUACUGCAUAGGCAGCUGCUCGCAUCAGGCACCGGAGGAUAUAGCAUCACAUCCUCCAGCAUCACAUCUGUGUGUUCAGAUACAUUAUAUGAAUAUAGGUCAAGAGGGCGAGAGCUGAAGUAUUUGCCUUUAUAUCAGGGUUCAAAAAGUUCAUAUUAUUUCACUGGUGCACCAUUAAUAAUAGAUUUGUGAUCCCUCUGGAAUAUAUGCUGAGAUAUUUCUUACAUAUGUAACUGUUCAGGCUGUAAUUGAAGCUUUCCUCUAUGGAAUUUGUCAUUACAUUUUAUCCUUUGGGACAAAUCGAGAUUCUUGAUUGCUGUGCCCUGGAUUGCUUAUUUCCUCACAGCAAACUGCCCACUCAGUAGAGGACCUAUGGCAGCUUGAGAGGCAUUCAAUUACAAAUAAUUAGGGAAAAUUUGCUGUCGUCAGGCUGUGUGUAUUUAUAGAAGCUGUCAGGAUGGAGUGAGAGGCAGGACUUUCAUAGCAAAAGGUUUCCUCUAGAGAAAACUUGAAUCUAUCAGCAGCAUGACUGUUGUGAGGUAGAUGAUGAUUAUUGGGUCACCCUUAAUUCAUGAUUAGGAUUGGACGACAUUUUAUGUCUCAAAACUUCACAGUGUCACACAAAAAAACAAAUUACUCUGACUCGGAUUUUUCCCACUAUUCAGCUUAGUUUCUUCUUCAUCAGUCUCAGCCGAAAUUGCAGAACUUGUCUCAAAGGACUUUUUUCUUUAAAUGUUCCCUUUUUUAAAUGAGCUGCAGCAGUUCAGGCCCUGAGAGGUGCUUUUUUUUGUGUUUUGACAAAGUACUAAGAAACCCCCUCUGCUUUCACCGUUAGGCAACACUGAACAUUUGACAAAACAAAUGACCACAAGGCCUGCGAGAAGUUAAGCUGUAAGGAUGCAAGUUAACCCAAUAUUGGCUCCCAAAGGAUUAACAAAAGGCACACAUAUAUUUUUAAGUUAUUUAACAAUUUUUACUGCACUGCCUUUUCAAAAGGAGUCUGUCAAUUGAAAGAACUUUAAACAUUAGAAGCUAUUUAAAAGUAAAACUUUAAAAAGCUUUUUUGACUUGAACUUAAAAAGAUUAAAAAUAAAUUCCAGGUCUGGUUUGGUUUUCAAGUAAAAUAGUUACACAAAGUAAUCCUGCGCAGGUGGCAAACUUAGGUUUUUACAUCCAACAGUAUAUUGUCAAAACUCAGGAAGACCUUCCCCCUCCUCUUUAACAUGAAGAUCCUUAUGGAGCCCUUCACUUGUUUGUGGUUGAACUGUAAAAGAGGAGCAGGGGAUCAAAGACCCACCCAGCAUAAUAAAAGCUAAGCCCACGAAGUGUUGACCCCCAGACCUUAAGCUCUUCAUUACUGCGGCUCACUGCUAAUUAAUGUGGACAGGACAGUCUGAAAACCAGAAAAUUACCCAACCCUCCUCUCUACAGGGUGGUCAGCUCUAACAGCCACUCCUGGCUCCCAACUUGUAAACAUCUGAGGGUCAGGAGGCAAAGAAACCUGCUGGGGCCCUUCACCUGUACCCACCCAAUAAACCAACACUCUCACUCAAGAAAAGGCAGAAACCCUAAACCUUAAAUGAAGAGAAUACAAUGUUUUUACCUUCUCCGUUGAAGCAGAAAUGUUACCAUAUGCUCCUGUUUUUGUACAGCCCCUGAUUUGGUGCCAACUUAAUCUUGACUGUAGUGACCACAGACCACAUCCUCAAGGCCAUGUGGGCCCAUAAGUUGGCAGAGAUAUUUGAAAAAACUUUUUUUCCUCAAAAUAGAUGAAACUUUGAGAUGUUAGCCAUGUAGCACCUGAUUAUCUGGAAUCACCAGCAGCUUGUGUCUAGAACAGAGAAGAAAUCCUUCCCACAUAUUCUGAUAAUAAAUGUUUGUACAGCAGAAACCAUUCACAUUUCCCAUCAACUGGAUGUAGAACUAAUUAUAAAUAUAGUAUAGCAGUGUGGGUGGGAUACUGUCAUGCUCUUAAUCAGCAUUUCCAGUCUGUCACCAUGAUACACUAAACGUCACUUCUGUGUAAUUUGAAUAAGAUGACAAAAUAGCCCAGACAGUAGUUAAAAAAGAGGAAAACACAGAGAGUUUUUUUCUCUUUCCUCAAAAAAAGGGAAAUGUGAGUUAUCCUGUCUAUUUUUGCCUCCACACAGCCACACCCAUCGUGUUCCCUCAGAGCCCCCAUGUUUUCCACCGGGGUUUGAAAACUCGUGUCCUGCCAUACCGCAUGGGUCAUGUGGGGAAUGUUUAGGACCUUCUCAAAUAGCUUCCAUCUAUAUAGGUGUGGAAACUCUUUGAUGUCACACAGACCCCCCCCCUUAAAAACUCUGACCCUGCACACGUGUCGGGCAGUCCAUCUGCUAAAACUUAACAAACAUCAGAUGGGCUUUUUUAAUUUUAUAGAUGGAAGCUUCAGAAUCUAUAUCAGCUUCAUUUUCAAGGUCAUGUUUGAAAAGUUAUAUUCAGUCGCUUUGAUUGACAUCUGGCUCCUGCCAGGAUCACCUGCUAAUAGCUUUUAAAGAAGGAAAAGUGAAUAUUUAUUUCAUUUAGGUACUUAAAAGAUGUCAAUGUUGCACCAUAUCUCGAAGGUCAGAGUGCAUGGUAAGCCUAAGUAGUCUAAUGUAGUUUAAUUAAAUAGUUAAUCAGGUUAAUUUAUAUGAUGAUGAGUGUUUUGAUUUCUAAAAGGAUAUACAGCAGACAUGUCCAAAAAUGAUAACUACCUUUAUUUGUCAAGGUCUGCAAGUUAGAGGGAGUCAGAUAAUAUGGAACUGUAUGAGAUGAUUUCCUGUGUCUCACUUAGCAACUUAAGAUUUCAAACUAGCAGUCGAGAAAUGACGCAAAUCCUCACCAACACAUUUUCAAGUUCAUUUAGACAAAUGAGGGUUUAAUUUGGAAAUUACAAAAAGGCCUGAAAAAAAAAGACAAUGACCUCUUUGAACAGAACAAGUAGGGGCCAUCUCUCUCUCUCUCAAGAUCUGUUGUUAACUCACAGUCCUACUAAGUCGAGAUAAGAUCCUUUAGUCUGUCUUCAAAUGAAAAUGACCUGAGUACAUCAGAUAUUUUGUGAUUCAAUUUGGUACAAAAAUUGUAUGUUGCAUCUCUGUCUCUCAUUUUUAUAUGUCCAGAUGUAACGCUAAUGAAUAGAUCAACAGCAUCCAUCAAUAUGUUUUAACUUAUGCUUUUUUUUAGCCCUGAUUGAAGUACCACAUGAGAGAAAAUUCGCAAUGCAUGCAUGAGGUCACUAAUUGCAGAAGAGUUAUUGGAGUUAAUCUAAGCUAAGCAUCUCAUCUUAUUAAUCACAUCCAGUGAUCAUCAAGGCAUCAGUCUGUUAUCCUACUUUUGUGUCCGUAUAUAUACCCAUCCAGAGUGAUUUCUCUUUAAGUCCAUAACCAGCCGAAGUUCAGAACCGUAUAGGCAUGUGUGAAGAAAAAAUGGUGCCGCUGGUCUGCCCCAAGACCGCACAGAGUACUCUGCUGCCAACAGUGCCUCCAGUAAUUACAGACCAGAGCUGUGGAGACUGUUGCUCUCCAGGCUAAACUGAAACUAAACCUCCUAUUUCAUGCUUGGUAUUUGCUCUUUGCAGUACACGAGUACCCCAUGUUUAAAACUGUUAUUUUUGGGCUGUAGCUUGACUCUCUUCUGUUUAUAGAGCAGCCUGACUGAGUCGGAAUAUAGAAGAGCUGCCCGGCAUUUGAAGCCAGUGAUAGCUCGAGGAUUGUUGUUGACAUUCUCUCUACUCUCGUUAUCUAAUGUCGAGCUUAAUGUCAAUAUAUUUGAUGUAUAUAUUGAACCGUACUUUCCCUUUAGCUACUGAACUUCCCAUCGCUAACUCACUGACAGAAAAAUCAAAUAACACUAGAGUUUUUUUCAUCUCCAACUGGUGUAUUAUGAGAUAGGGAGAAUUAGCCGGAAACAGAGAGGCUGAUAAUUUUUACAACAUGAUUUCCAGCUGCCCCCUGGCCAUUCAGAUCACACACAACACUGACCGUGCUCCACAUUCCUGGAAAGCUGCUGUUAUUGGAAACACUCCAGUUAUACCGUGAGGUUGUCUGUGUCCUGAUGCACUGUUAGAACAGAUGUGACUGUGGGCAACUGUAUUCGAUAAAGACUGCUGGGUUGAAUCGUCAGUUCCUCUUUCAUGAUAAGUAAUGUUUUGGUCAUUUGCAGAAGUGUGUAGAUUGUAGUUGUUUGUAUGAUUCAUCUAAGUUUUUUCCUGUGGUGCUUUCUUUUUCUAUAGCCUGACUUUAUGUUUUGGUUAGAGACAAUAAUUACAUACUUGCGUUUUCUUUGGGUGUUUUAAAAGCCAGCGUUUUUCACCAAAAGCUCCAUAUUUUUGUUUUGUCUGUGUUUUUGUGCACCAUGAGUGGAAUCAUUUAAUUUCACAGUUUCUAUGGACAAAGAGCUCAGAAGUGGAUUUUCUUAAAAUGUUUGACUUUUAGGCUAACCAUCAGUGUAACCUUUACUACUUCAAGUAUAGCUUAUUGAUAAUGAUAGUGUUCUUUAACAUUGAUCAUUCUUGAUGUCUCCCUCUCUUUUUUCAUCAGCCACAAUGAGCGGAAGGUGACCUGUAAGCAUCCUGUCUCCAACUUACCCUCCCAAGACAACUGCAUCUUUGUCGUCAACGAACAGUAAGUCUCUUGUUUUUACUUUCAGAAUGCCACUGAGUCGCAUUUUUGAGCUCUACAGCAAGCUGUUGCAACUCCCGAUGUGAAGGCAACGUUGCGCAAGUCUGCGCCUGCCACUUUCUGUUUGAGGUUCUUCCCUUUCAGUUCAAAACUUCUUCAGCGCAGUGCCUUCUCCAACCCACAUAAACAAAUCCUCACAAAUAAGACCGAAGCUUUCAUAUGGAAAAGUCACUUGGAAGGAUGUUAUUUUUUUUUUGCACUGUACUUCUACAACUAGUGUCAAGGUAAAGUUUAUAUUGUUGUACAACACUCUGACAAUGAAAAGACAUCAACUUUUGGGAGUGAAUUGAUUCACACCUCUCCUCAUUUUAACCUGCACAAGAGUUCAUGACCUUUUUAGUUGUCAGAAGUUCAAGAGUUUGUCCCCUUCUGUCCAUGUGAUCUCCCACGCUGCUUCUCAGCACAACAGUCGUCACAUGUCCCCCCCAUAUGACUGGAUCAGAGGCCACUCAUCUUGAACUUUCACUUCAAGGAGAACUUCACUGUAAAUCUGUCAAACUAGAAUUAGUGUCUCACUCUCUAACGGAGGAAACAAAGUGCAAAUACUGAUGUUAAACUCUGGCCUUCUUUUCAUUCCCACUCAAAUUUACUUCCAGUCUGUGAGUGUACUAAAUAUACUUGCACAUGUACUAGACUUUAUGCAUCACAGCCCACACCCUGACUCUAGCCUCAGCUUUUAUCCUCCACCCUAGACAUCCAGGCUUAAUGUUAUGCAACAUAUAUCAGCUCCGUGCAGUAACUCAUUCCCCUCAGAAACUCUUUCUAAGCAGAUUCUUCUCACAGUUCUGUUAUGACACUGAAGUCACACCAUCACAACUGGUGUCAAUUAUAGUGUUGUUGAGCCAUGAAUGCUAAUUGAAAUGUGUUCAACUUCAAGACAUGAGAUUUCACUCCCAUGUGGAAAAUCGUUGCCAAGUCCAAAAGCUUAGUGGAAGAUGAAUCCCUGACGGCGCCUGUUUAAUCUUUUAUCAGUUUGUGUCUAAAAAAUUAAAAGCGUGUUAUUACCAGAAAAUGACAGAUUACAUCUUUUUUUUUUGUCUGACCAAAUUAAACUGAGCAGCUUUUGUUCAGCGUAGAUGAAAAAAUCAGAGGAGGGAUGUGAAGGAGCAUUUUGUGCCGAAGAUGUCAUGCUGCACUCUCUCGACACAUUCCUCCCCUUCUCGUGUUAUUCUCACAUCUCUGCUGUUUUUCAUGCUGGACAGCACAACAUGCUGCUGCACAAUGAUAUUUCAUUUUUAAGCAUUUAAAGAUAAAUAAAGAGAAGGAAAAGCCCAGAUCUUUUAGGGGUCAAUUAUGAAAAAGUAGUAUCAAAGUGAUUCAAAACUCCUUUUAUGAUUCAUUGUCAUUUUUGAGUUUAUUACAGUGCUGUUUUUUUUCUCUCCAACAGUUGACUCUGUUUUUGCUAAGUGAUAAGCAGAAAAUUCUUCAACACAGUCUAGUAAUAAAAGGCAAAGACGGAUUUAAGCUGGUGCGGGGAUCAAGAGGCCAGGCUGAAAAUCACUACAUAAUCUGUUCUGUACUUAAAGUAAAUCCUAAACACAAAAUGUAGUUUACAUCCUGUACUAUGAGUUUAAGAAACUGUCAAGUGGUAUAAAAAGAUCAUUAAACAUAUCAGCUAAAAGGAAGAAUAAGUUAUUCGUAUGAUUAAGAUCUAGAAGCCUUUGUACUUUGAGAUGUAUUUAUAUCCUUUUUUAGGAAAACAACACAGCCAUGACUUGGGAAACUCAUUUACACACACAUGAUGAAUGCGGUAGCCUCAGCUGAGCAUGUUUCAAGCCUAUUAAAGUGUCUGUCAUACUUGGACAUUGAGCUAUGCUGUGAUAUAAGUCACGACUCGAACCCCUGCUCAGCCCCUUCUUUGACAUGUGGCUUUACUGACCUCAGAGAGUAUCAACCUCUGGAUUCUUCUUUCAUUAGCACUCAGCUCUGUACCUUUUUUAGCCCAUUGGUCAUCUGUAAGCUGACAGGGACAUUUGAAUAACACACAUACCAGACAUGUUGAUGAAACAUGAACUGGCCAAAACUUAGUGUAAGACUGUGGUGUUGUUAAUACAGAGCAGGAAGGACACAAUAUGGCACAUCAUGCACAUCACUAUAGCUGUUUCUUAAAGAAUAACCUGCUGCAGACAGACGAUUGAACCACACUCCAAAAAGGCACAAAUUGGUCAUUUUCAUUAGGGGUGUCCAGAUCCAAUAUUGAUAUCGGAUAUCGGGCUGAUAUUGGCAAAAACAACAAAUAUCGGAUUUUAUCAACCUGCAUCUAAAAUCUCUGUUAUCAGCACUCCGAUACUAGGCCAGUCGAUUCCAGAUUUACUGAAGGCUACAAUAUCGGUAUCAUAUCAGAAGUGAAAAAGUUAUAUUUGGACACCCCUAAUUUUCAUUCAUUAAAGUUUAAUCAGUCCAGGAUGACAGAAGCUAAGAACACAUCAAAGCAAGAUUCUCAAGAUUUUCAACACAUGUCACAUUUUUGGAGGUUGGAAUCAAACACUAGCUGCCCUUUUGUGGGUUAUAGUCUCUGUAUAUGGAACAUUUAACUCGCCCAAACCAGCACCCCUUGACUUGUGAUAAGAGCUGUAUCCAUGGAGAUGCUGCGCUAUAAAGAAAUAACCGACCAUUGCUAUGGAGGUACUGACCAAUCAGAAUGAAGUAUACGACACAGCAGUGUAAUAAAGCAGCAUUAGAGGAAGUCUAAUCACUGGCUUAUCACUGUGACCCUUCAUGUUCAGAGUCUUUUAGGGACGUUCAGAUCAGCCACAGGCCUCUAAUCCACUUUUUUUGAUACUGAGUGUCUGUUUUACUAAGAGUGAGACAAUCAAAAAAGCUAAAAAAAAAAAGCUUUGUAAUUGAUGUAAGACUGCAUAAAACUAAUUUUGAAAUGUGAAAAGUGUGGUCAUCUUCAUACAAGUUCAUAACAAAAAACAAAAAUUAUUACAUGUGCUGCCAGUUUUCAAACAUUUAAUUCUUUAAAUCUGACUUUUAAACUCAACAGACUUAUCUUUCCUCUAUUUCAUAGUGUGAAUUGUGGGAAAUUGUGUCACCCAGCAUUUAGCAGGUAAAACAUCAUGGUGUAAAGAUGAAUGACUCUGUGUACUCCUGUUUUUUGUUUUUUUUUACUGUGAAACACUUGGACAUGUAUGUCUGUCGGUAACCCUUGUUGUGUCACACUAACCACAGACUGUCGGUUGUUGGAAUGACCUGUUAUGCAUUUGCAUUCCUAAGUCCUGUAAGGUGCAUUUAUCUGUCUGGACCGUUUGUUGUGUUCCCCUCUAACUCUCAGCACAGGAGGGUCUUUACUUACAUCCACUCUGCUGUAAAUCAAAUAUUCAAUGAGCUGAUUAUCUCAAAGCCUAAAAAGUACAUUUAGGAGUCACUGUUUUUUGAUGGUUCAGAAACUAAACGUAUAAAAAGCCUUUCAUGUUCCACCCCUGAUGAAUGCAUGGGCCAGAAUCAGGUAGCAAUCCCAAAUAAUGCCUUGUUUGUGUCUGUAAAUCAUUUGCCUGUUACCCAGAUUUGUGAUUAUCUGCAUCUCUGAACCUGUGCCAAAUGUACACACAGUUUUCUUGAAGCGUGUGUGCUUGCUGUUUCUCCUAGUCUUUUGUUCAGUAAAAAGAAAAGAUCAGGUUCAGCAGCAAACAAAAGUGUUUGAAAGCACCCUUAUUUCUUUAGAAAUGCUGUGUGGUCAUUUUAAAAAUGCACCCUCAGCCGCUCAGUUCAGUGUUUCCCCCCAGUGUGCUGAGAGCACCAAGCCUCAGUGGCAGUGUUAUCCCUCCUCACACAGAUCCACACGCUCACACAGACGCUGCACAAAAUCCAUGCAGGGCAAGGCAGGGAUGUGUUACUGGUUAGUCUGUCAGUGUGGAAUCGAUCAGUUGAUAAACAGUUAAUGUUUAUGUCUCUGUGAGGAGAUUUGAUUUUGUUGUCGACACUAAAUACAUACCGCACAGUCAUCAGCUGUUAGUGUGUCUGUUAUGUAAGGGAUAAUAUGUGGUGAGCCGCUUGUGACAGUGGGUUAUGACCUUGAAAAGUGAGCAGGAUCCCAGCAUGAAGUGGAUAAUUCUUGUCUCACCUUCAAGGGUUUUCUCUGUUAUAAUGAGUUGUACAAUAUCAUGAUUAUUACUCAGCUCCUUAGUUAUCGAAUCAUUGACUUUAAACUUAAUAUUGAUUCAGAAAUAAUUCAUAUUUCAUAGUGGUCAUGUUUCUUUUGUUGAAAACAGUUUGUUACUCUCAGUUUCAGCAGUAUCCAUAGCUACGGCUAACUCUGCAGCCUCCUCAAAAUGAGCUAACUUUGCAGUUAUUACUUGGCUUUCAGCUAAGCUCUUGACACUGAGGUAAAACAAGGUGAACUGGACUGUAUGAGUCAGAGCAGCACCUGGUUGAAUUUCUCUUCCUUUGUCACAUUUAGAGGCUGUGAUAUUUCCUGUCCUAUUUAUCAGUCUGUAAACUGCAAACCGUGUAAUGGGAAGUGUUAACUUUAUUAAGUUUUGUGGAUUUAGCCUUGGUAGCCCAGAACUUGUGUCUCCAACCUCUCCUUUGUUGAUGUUCACUUCUGUAAACAACCUGACGCCAUAUCAAACAAACACCUUCUGGUGGAUUGCUAUGAUUACAGCAGGCUGUAUCAUAUAACUUCAUUCACAGACGACAGGACAGUAAACCUGGGAGAGAGAGUGUGGAUAUGGUCAGUUGCUGCAGAUUGAAAUCAAACUCUAGCUGCCCACUUGUGGGUUAUAGUCUCUGUAUAUGGAACAUUUAACUUAACCACCCACCCAAACCAGCACCCCUUAACUUGUGAUUAGAGCUGUAUCCAUGACGAUGCUGUGCUUUAAAGAAAUAACUGACCAUUGCUAUGGAGGUACUGACCAAUCAGAAUCAAGUAUACGACACAGCAGUGUAAUAAAGCAGCAUUAGAGGAAGUCUAAUCACUGGCUUAUCACUGUGACCCUUCAUGUUCAGAGUCAGAGUGGCACUUAAUCCACUUUUUUUGAUACUGAGUAUCUGUCCUUUCUGAUACAACGUUGUAGUCUGAAAUAUUUCCACACUGCUGACAUUCUAGCCAGGGGCUUCUUAAAGCAACAUGUUCAUACUUCAGCCUGAACCACGUGUCCCUGGAGGGUUACCUCAGACUGCUGUUGUAAUCUGGCUUUCUGGGAACAUCCUAUCUGAUGGUUGAGAUAAGGAUUGGAACAAAAUGAGUGGAAUAUCCUGAACAAUAUUGAAUAAUUGCAGUAUUUUAAGAAUGAAUUUAGUUCAGAAUUACUGAUUUAGCACCUAUACAGCUCCAGGUUUGCAUUUUCAUCUUGUGGUGGUAGGCCCCUGAGUAAAUCCAUGAAUCUCAGUGAAUCAAGUAUGCCUGCUCCUGAGUCCACCGAUGUUCCUCUAGGUUUACCACCAAACCAAAGGCAUGUAGAGUAUGUGGGAUCAAAUGAACACCAUAAAUUACCUCUCGGUGUCAGAAUGAAUGCAUUUGCCUGCCUGUGGACCUCCAACCUGCUCAUGGUAUUUCUUUGCAGGUGGAUGCUCAUGUAGCUGCAAUAGAUUUUCAAAAUAUGCAUGCUCUGCAAACCUAAGCUGUAUCACCUGCACAUAAACUAACAGAUGUUACUUAUUCAAAAGUAAACUCCUUUUUUGUAGGUUGAUUAUCUCAUGAGCCUUUCAGGUUACGGUUUGAGAUACAGUAUGUUGAGCUGCUGAUGUGGAGCUGUGGUAAAACAAGGUAUUUCCCUGCAGCUUUUACUGUGUCAGUACAUCACAGACAUACCCACUGUAAGAUGCUGCUCCUAAGAGAGUGGCACAAAACCUAAAUAAGAAACUAGACUUGAAAUUCUAGCGGCAUGUUGUGGAAAUAAACAGUGCAGCAGGUCAUGUGAAGUGCCAUGAUGACAUUUUAACGAAUUCCAGUUUGUGCAAAGUCUCACACCCGCCCAUACAAAUAAAGCUUUUGUUUGCUUUGACUGUGUGUGCAGUCCAUGCACUGCCAGCUAAUUUUUUCUUAGGACCUGGGGAUGAGGGAAGCCCGCUCAAAAAGGGAAAAUUAGUGCCAAAAGUGUCAGUCAGUUGAUCUGAAACCAUUCAGAAGUUUAUUUUUAAUCUUUAUAUAAGCCCAAUUAAAAAAAAGAACUAAAAUCACAAUUUAAUUUUGCUGUUUCAAAGUUUAUCUUUAAAUGUACUUGUUUGUCUGACAAAGAUCAAUUUGAGGAUAUCAGUCUGAGCUUACUCUCCUCGGUUUGCGGAUCGAUCAAUCUGCACAGUCACUAAUUUCUGCCCUUAUCGCCAUCCUUGUCUUAGAGUCAAGUUUGUCUCAUUUUUUCACUGAAUAAAUCACCAUGGUUUAAGUUACAUGUUUGUUCAAAGAUGUUGCUUUCAGUUAAAUUCUUAGAUAUUUUGUGUAGAAACAGAUGUUGAACUUAAGGCUUUAGUGACUAAAACACAUUGAGCUGUGCAGAAAAGCUGUAAUGCAGCAUUAUUCCUUUGGUUUCCAUCCUCCUGCAGUCAUAGACCACCUCUGUCUCCUGAGCAGCUUAUUUGAUAACAUUUUUUAAUGGCGCUGCAUGCAGAUCAAUUGUUGUUACUGACUAAUUACCAGCACAGCUCCGACACACAAACAAACAGUUCAGAGCCUGGAAAUGGUCUGUCAGCCAAAUUAAGCAUUUGAUAGAGCAACACCACGCUUAACCACAAAGUCAAUCCACUUCGACCGCCAGAAGAUUAAUUGAAGUGUGCUAAGGAUCUCUGCUGCCUCUGAAGAUGCUAAAAAUCUUUGCAGUUCAAUUUCUAAAGAAAGUUUUCAGAUGCAGAAAAGGAAAGAAAGCCUUCGUCACUCUCGAACACUGUGCAUAGGCAGCUAUUUCUGAACAGCAAGUUGAAAACUGUGUGCUUUUAACUUGUGGAAAUGUAAGUCGCCCACACGUCCAGCCGAUGACGUCCUUGAUGGUGUUUCCAGAGAUGUGUCGCCUUUAUGCAGAACCCCCUUAUAGGUUCAGGCAGUGAACAGUAAUGUUGAGAAGAACUCUCUUUCCUGGAGAGAAAUAGGAUGAAUAGAAUAAGAUGUUAGCCAUAGCUUGUAACAAACCAAUAACAGGUAAGACGUUUUUAUUUUUCUGAAGGGUCUGCAGGUGAUAUCAGACCUGCCACUCUGCUGCACGGGUAUGAACAUCCUGUGUUUGUUGCCUGCUGUUGUGAGAUUAACUGAUGUUAUCCCUCGUGAUCCCUUUCUGUGUUUGUGCACUUUGACUAUAACAGCAUGGAGUCUGGAUUGUUGAAUCCUUUUCAAAUUUACUUUUAGUUUCCUUAUUCCUAAGUGUAAGUAGUCUUGUCUUUGUGUACAACAUGUUCAUCCAGGUGGUAUCUAUGAAGAGUUAUAUUCGAUUAAGUUAAUGUCAUAAUUAUGGUGACUGGAAUCAGAUAAUCUGAAAUCUCCGAAAAUUAGAUAAUCUUUUAAAUCGACAGGUUAGAUGGGGGGGAAGUAUGCAGUGCAGGGUUGGCAGCUUCUGUCCUUAUUCAGUGACCUGAAACCAAUACAUCAGAGAGAUAACACUUUUUUUUUUUUUUUCCUGCUGCAGUAUUUUUGCUCUACUCUGGUUUUCCUGCCGUGUUCCCAGUAGACUACAGCUUUGUUCCCCAUCUAAAGAAUGUAGGACAUCUCCAUAGGCUAGAGACAACUUAUUUAACAAUGCGCUCGGUCCUAUGGCCAAUGCAUUGAAUUUCUUAUGCUUGCAAAUUUUUGCUGUAAAAGCUCGAACCUUUUGUAGUCCUUCUUGCCUGAUUCACAGCUGCAUCUCAGUAUGUCAGGCAGGCUUGCAGACCAUUUAAAGCUGUUAGAGAGUAGGGAAUGUAUCUGCAGUGACAGGGUGGGAGUAAUUGGCUUGAUUCAUAGGCCCAUGUUGAGAUCUCAUUAUAUAAGGGAUUGAACUUCAGAGGAAUGAAGGCAGAACAGACAAUAAAGUGCUUCCUUCUUUUCUCGUUCUUUCAUUGAGGUCAUAGGACACAGAUCCGGUCUUUAUUUCUGCUCCGUGAUUUUUUUUUUUUUGUCUUAUAUUUUUUUUUCUUGCUUUGUGUCUUUUUUUUCCUCCAGAUCUGCCCCCAAAGCGUCGAAUGAGAAAAAGGAACGGCCGCUGAGCACCAUGAGUGAGGCCUCCAACUACACAGGCGGCUCGGACCAAGCCGCAAACCCCAGCAGCCCAGCAGGAAGAGUGAGUGACUCACAUGGAGAUGAGAUUAUCGGGCAUGUCAGAAGAGUUCGGAUAAUAAAAAUGGAAAAGCAAAGGGGUCAUAUUUUGAUGCCUUGAAAAGUUUUUUGGUGAGGGGAGUGAUGAAGCUAAGUUGCCGUUUUGUCUCUCAUACUGUACCUGUAGCCCUCAAGACCUUCAAAAAAAGUCCACAACUUUGGGAAGAGAUCCAACUCCAUUAGGAGGAAUCCCAGCGCUCCGGUAAUCAAGAGAAACUGGCUUUAUAAACAGGUGAGCAAGAUUAUGCAGUAUGUCUGAAGUGAAAUUAAAUCCUUUAGAGGCAGUAAAGGAACAUUGGGUUCAUUUUUUUUGCAAAGCAAGCAGUUUAGCACUUUAAUUGCAGUUUAACUGUUUGUCAGGAAGAUAAGGCUAAAAGGCCGCUGUCUAGUUUGAAACGUAUAAAUACCCAUCAGCUAGAACAUUUGACCAUUUGUCUUAUCGACUGCAAUCCAGUACAGUUUACAGGUUACUGUAUCAGAUGCCUGACAGAACAUUUAAAUGUAAAUGGAAUUGGCCUCACACCAGAGAUGCUUGACCUUCAUGAACAGGACACUGAGCUGCUUUGACCGUGGGGGGCACCAGACCGACAUAAACCGCAAAAUUAUUCGUAAAAGCUUAAAAGUUCACAUUUUAUAGUAACAAAACUUAUUCAUAUUCAUAAAUGUUAUACUUUCCUGUUGACAUUUGUUUGAUUCAUGAAUAAUCUGUGUGUAAAGCUGAUUGAUAGUAAGAAAAAAACUAUACUUGUAGAGUGUUUACAUGUUCGCACAGAGCUGGAGGUUUUCUCAAACUGUUUCCUACUUUUUACUCUUGAACAAGGUUAGUGCCUCCCUCUUCUUUCAAGAUUAGCCACAGCCGUCCUAAGAUAAGCACAGAGGAAGCUUUUUGAUGUGUGUAAAGAUCUGAGCAUUUCUUUGUCCAGUGUUUCUGCUCAGCCGGUCAUCCACAGCGGCCAGUGUUUGAAUACCAAUCCUUCACCACAGCUCCCUGGUUACUUACAGGAGGGUGAAAAGGGGGUGCUUGAGGGUGCUCUUGGUCAGACAGGACUCUCUCAUGCUUUUUAAGUGGGAGACUCAUUUAGUUUUGAUUGCAGCCUCCUGGUGAAGCUUUGUGAACACAUGAUGGCUUCCUUUGGUUCAGCUGCCAGCUGCUUCUUCUUUUGGGACCUCAAUCAGGGUGACGUAGAUCAAGGAAAAGACUCACAAAUCUGCUACCGUGAAUAAAAGCUGGAUUUGCACUUUUAUUUUCCUGCCUCAUAGAAACCUGGAAGCUAUUGAGGGCCUUGGCUGGGGAAAAGCUGCAGCCCUCCAGUUGAUCCAUUGGGAGAACAAAGUGUCACAGUGAUUGAUGUGAUGGUGAAAGCCCCAUUUUUCCUUUCCUGGCUGAGCAGAGCAACAUCUGACAGAACUUUUGAUAAAGUUUAUUCAUGGCCACUUUGUUAAAUUAGAGGAUAAAACCUUGAUUAAAUUGUGGAAAGGUGUUAAGUACAAUAGAAGCAGGAAGUUUAAUUCUUUCUGUUACAUUUCUGAUGCGCCUCCCUCGUGAACACACCGACCGAGCAGCAUCUGGUAUUGUGACUUUUUGAUACUGAUGUGUCGAACACCCUAGCUCAUGGAAUUGAAUUUCCAUUUAAAGUAAACUGCUGCCCACAUGCUGUUUCACCAUAAUGACACAGUUGCUUAGGCUCCUCCUCCUACUUUUGUCUCCUGGUCCAAUCCUCGAUUAAGGACUCUGCUCAAGUUUUCCAAUAAAGCAACCGGGGGAGUUAAUACCCUUUUCCUCACCCUUCAUCCUUCACAAGCAGCAGCCUGAAACCCCCUUUGAUCACAGCAAUGCAGCACUAAAGCACAACUUUAAGCCAAGAGGGUUUAUUUUUUUAUUCACCGUUGAAUAACAAUCUUCCUCUAAAGGUAAAAGCUCAAAUGAUAAAACAGAGAUGCACUCCACUGGGUUUAUUUCUGUCCACAAAUCAAAUGUGUCUUUUUAACUGACUAAACCACCACCGAUUUUGACUAUUGAGAGACAAAAAUGGUGUGAUAUAAAGUAGAUUUAAAGAGUGAUGUACAUAAUUCAAAGAGGCAAUAAAGUGGCAGGUAACAUAGAAGCUAUUCAUCUCUUAGGUUCUAAUGUCUUUGGGGCAUGAUGAAAGCUAAUAUCAUAACUAGCUUUCUUACAAGCAUUGCAAUCCGCCAACACACUGGCUUGUUCCGUGAUUGUUUUCUUUAUUUCUCCAAGCCUGGAGAAAUAUGCUCCGCCCCCGGACUUGAUUUGCUACGUAGGAAUUCUCACUGUAUCUGAACCAUAGACUGUAUAUAGAAUGGACAGAGUCUGCCUCCUUGCUGGGUGAAGCCACUCUGAGAACAGCACCCUCUGUUGGCGGGCUGCAGUAUAGGUCAUAGAUCCCACCUCCGCCAGCAAAACUUAUGGAGCUGUGGACAAACUUUAGAAAUUUAUUACACAGAACACAAAUUGUGUAGUUACUGUAAGACUGGUUUGUGCUCAAGUGCUCUUUUUUCUGUGAAGCUCCGUUUUUAAAAGUUAUGUGGGGGUUCAUAUUUUCUUUGAUUGACACCUGAUACAGCCUAUGAGCGUUCAGGGAUUGCGUUGCUCACCCGGGGGAUACGCUGUUUGAGCCGAGCCUCAUCACAGCGACUCUCUGUGCAGCGCUGGUUUCAGGAAAUAAAGAAAAAUCCUGGAAAUACCGAGAGCUUUUUGGCUUCAAAUCCAUAUACAGGCGGGAGGCGGAACCAAGUUGUCCAUCGUAUAUACAGUCUAUGAUCUGAACCUGCUGUUUGGGUCUGCCAGAGAUUAAUAGCGAUUUGAAUGUGGAAAUACUCACUUAUUUUUCUUAUGAUUUCUCCUGUAGUAUCAGAAAAAUGCCAUAUGUACAUAUAAAAAACAAGAAAAACAUGAUCUUCAUCAGAGCGGGUCUUUAACAGAUUUUAAACCAAAAUUUAAAGUUCAAAUUGGAAACUAUUUUUUUCUGGUAGUAAAGGUAAGGUAAGUAACAGAGCUCUGUUCCUCUCUUGUCUUUUCAGGACAGUACAGGGAUGAAGCUGUGGAAAAAGAGGUGGUUCGUGCUGUCUGACCUGUGCCUCUUUUACUACAGAGGUGAGUCCUGACCUUGCAGCCUGCGCACUAACACGUUUCAUUAGCUCUACAUUGCUCACCACAUUGAUGGCUUUCGAUUAGCAGUUCAAAGUAGUGACCUCCAAAACCACAAGCCAAUCCGGCCCCUGUGGUGAGCAGCCCUUCAGGUCCAACUAAAGUGACAUUUUAAUUGAAAUGGCUCCCCUGAUCUCUGAUUUGUGAUUUAAGAGAUCGUUUAUUCCACAAGAGAAGCCACAGCUUUGAACAUGACUCAGAUGAAGUCAUAGUGUUAAAACACUUUCCAGAGAUGAUGCUGUUUUUAUGCAGCGGUUGCAUACGAGUGCAAUACUUGGAUUCAGUUGCAUUAGGCGAAAUUGAUGGAGCCAAUAUUUGAAAUCCACAUUAGAGGAAGCUCUUUGAUAAUAUGGCUUUGAUCAUCCUCUUGAAAACGUGUGGUAUUAUGGUCCUGCAAUUUAAAGAAGAGAACCUAUAAUUCCAUGACCAACUAAUAAAAGAUUAUAUUUGGACGAAAGCAGAAAUAUGAAUCAGUUUAUUUCAGAGCUUCGGUUUUAAUAAACCUGAGCACCUUCAUCAUUGUCUUUUUCAUCAUAGUCUCAUAACAAGAGUCCCAGUCUGAUUUUAAAAUUUGCACACGUUCAUCAAAACCAGGUGGUCUUAAACCUCAUUAAGUGUCUGCUUCCGUUCCUCAGUAGACGAAUGUUUGCAAGUGUUACAGGUGAUCCCUUAUGUUAGCUGCUAUUUACUUAGCUGCUAUUGACUGGGUAUCUCAGCUUUCCAGAACUAAUGUUCAGGUCAAAUAUUGACACAGCUGUGUCCAGAGAAGACAAAGAGCUGUCCUAUAAAAAAAAGAUCUAUUUACAGUGUAAGGUAACUGUUGUGUGUGCCCACUACUAAACAGGAAAAAGAAGACUUACUGGAUAUAAUCCUGAUGUCCCUUGCUCAUUCAAUACGGAUACAGUCAUCAUUUCUGCUGAUCAGGAUGACAUCUCGUCUGUGUUAUUUCUGGUGUCUGCCAGUACUGUCGCCCUCUUUCCGCCCACUGACUGACAAAAGCCACAGCCAGCAGCAGAACCAAAGGCCUUAUCCAGACAGACUUGUAGAGAAAUCCAUCCAUCAGCAGAGAGUGGGCAGAGAGGUCAUGAACUCUGCUGCCCCUCCUCUAAACUGAACUGAUUUCUGCAGCUGUUAUCAGGCUGUUAUUGUGUGCUGAGAUUUUACCCACAAUGUUAGCUUGUGCACAGACUGCUCUGUAAUAUCCUCAGUGGUUGUGUGCAUGUUAGAGAGCGAAGUAGAGAGACUUAGUGAUUAAAUAAAUACAUGUGGGGCUGCUGAUGCAGGUGAAUAGAUAAACACUCCAAUCCUUCAGAGUUUAGAAAUGCUACCAGGGCUUGAAGCUAGCUCCAAGGUAAACUGUUUUCACUUCUUCACUACCAGAGGCUGACCAGAGUUCAGCUACAGAGUCUUCCUUCAAAUGUUAAUUCACAUUAUAAACCUAAUUCAUCUCAGUCUGAAUCAAUGAGUCACUCAGACCCAACAUAACAUCCUCAGUAAACACACAAACAAGAACAUAUGCCAGUCAGACAGAGCAAAUGCUCAUACAGAACAGCAGCAGUCAUUUCCCUGAUGUAUUCGGUUUUCCUGUACUGUUUUGAGUGAGCAGUGCAGAUUGCUUAUAUCAAAUUAGGGGGUUUAAGCAAUUCUCCUGCCUAAAACUCGGGACUCAAUCUAAUCCCCCCUGUGGAGAGAGCUGCAUUGUCAGUGUGGAGUCCUGUCUGCUAACUUAAUGAGGAUUAGAGAAGCCUAGUUGCAUGGGACAUUGAAUCAAUGCUUUUUCCGCUGAUUGGACACUGCUCAGCUGACUAGCACACUCCUCUUUUAGUUUUUUUUUUUAUGUUGGACUCUCCUUGGUUUGUCCCAGGCCUUAUUUUUAAAUCUACAAUUGAAUGUUCUCCCGAAGAGUUGAGUUGAAGUUUACAGACGAAAACAAACCCCUCCUCCGACAGUGUGUGAAAUUGCUUGACUUUGUUUUUUUUUUUCCUCUGCAGAUGAAAAAGAGGAGGGGAUACUCGGCAGCAUCCUCCUACCAAGCUUUCAUGUAUCCAUGCUAUCUGUGGAUGAUCACAUUAACAGAAAAUAUGCCUUCAAGGUCAGUGCAUGUUUUCAUUCCUGUCAAACUUUGUUAGACUGCACAUGUUAAAGAAGAGUCAGUAAUUAGUAUAAUUUAAAGCUCUAAUAAAAUGAAAUAAGAGCUGAGGGUACAAAGCUUCCCUUAAGUCACUGGUAUACAGUUUGAAGAUCUGUGUUUUAUUACUGCAGUGUUUUGUAUAAAUCAUCCUCCAAGUUUACUUUGCUUUGAACAUUCACCAAAGACAUAAUUUCCAGGUGAUUGGGAGUAAAGUAAUACAAGUCAUUUCUUCAAAACUUGAUCUUUUCACUGCUGAUGUUAAGAAAGCUCCAGCCAACAGUGAUACGUCUGUGCUCGUGGCGCAGUACUAGAGCGUGGCGAUAGAUGACUCGGAAACCCCAAGUUACAGGGCAACAGGAAUAUUUUAUGGUGUAUACAGCAAUUGACUGUGGUUUGCUUCGUAAAACCUAAGAGACAAAAAAGUUGACCCGCCAAGUACAGCCAAACACAGACGCCCAGGAGUCUGCCCAACGUCUCUGCAACCGCACAGCCCACUCCUUUUUCCAACUUAGACCGAGAGAGAGAGACAGAGAAAGAGAAAGGAGAGAGGAAGUGAGGGAGAAACAUGAGAGCAGGGUAUGACCUCUUCAGUUUACAGGGAUUCACUCAGGAAUGGGAUGCCUUUUUGACUUCAUAGUUUUUAUUCUGAACUUUUUCUGCCCCCUGUUGUUGUGGCCAAAAAAGUCCAUGUCAUUAAAAGUUCUUCAUUUCUCUGUAUUAUUCUCAGGAAGUUGAAGUGAAGGCAGCUUUUUUUUUUUUGCUGUUGUUGUUUUUAGACGUCGGUAAACAGGAUAUUGAGGUUCUUGACUUUACAUUUUGUUUUUCUCUUUCUGUGUCUGGCUUCAACAAUAAACCGGUUUGUUCACUGCAAGCAAACAAAACAACUACAGAACAACGAGUCACCUUCAUGAUACAUUUUGUGGUAAGUGCCACACUACUGUGACUAGUUUGGUGCCCUGAUCCAAUGUAACGCAUGCAACAAAAGGUCAACCAUGGUAGCAUUUUUUACCACUGUAGACCAAGUGCCCAGUAUUGAAUAUUAGGGCACAUUUUAUUUGACACCUAUCUCUAUAACGCAUUAUAAAUAUAUGUAUAAUGCAUUAGAAUCACAUUAUAGCACUGUGAAACUAUAGUUAUAAACACUCAUAAAUGAUCAUAAUGCUUUACAGCAAUAAUCAUUAUAAAGAAUUUUAUCAUGACUUACAAGGUCAGGUAUUAUAAUGUGUUAUAACUGUUAACAACUCACUGACAAUACCUACAUAGAUAAUGUAAUGCAACUGUUGAUAGCACAUUAUAAUACCUGACCUUGUAAGUCAUUAUAAAAUGCUUUAGAUUGUGUUAUGGUUAUUGCUAUAAAGCAUUAUGAUAAUUUAUGAGUAUUUAUAACUGUAGUCAUACGGUGCUAUAACAUGAUUAUAACGCAUUAUAAAUAUAUUGAUAAUGCAUAACAGAGAGAGGCGUCAAAUAAAGUGUUACCGAAUAUUUUAUGUCUUACAUUUGGUGAUAAACCUUAAUUAAAGCAACCAAAACAUAAUCCAAAAGAUAUGAUUGAAGCAUGAAGCCUCCCCUCUGACUCAGAUCCUCUCUUCUCUCUCACAGGUAACUUUGUCUGCCUGUCCAAUGUCACAACAGGCCACCCAUCCCAACAUGAGGACAUACUAUUUUUGCAGCGACACAGCCAAAGAGAUGGAGUCAUGGAUGAAAGUAAUGACAGACGCUGCCCUUGUGCAUUCAGAGCCCGUCAAAAGGUUUGUAGGAGCAUCACUAAUGCAGCCAUUUUCCCAGAGAGGCUUCAUUUGAUCUGAGAUACAGUGGAUUUUUUCACUUGAGUGGAGAGGAAGACAUUUGAAAAGGCACACGAGGACAUUUCUUAGCACAAGAUUGUUAACUUUGUUUUCCUCCCUGCAUUCUGAUUUUCCUUCCUAACAUUUUAUGGAGCGAAAGUAUUUUUCAGUCCUUCUUUAAACCUUUUUAAUUUUUAAGCAGCAGUUUAGUUUAGCACACGCAUCUGACAUUUCUGUUUUGUGGGUUUUAAGAAACGGCGACAGUCUUUUAAUGUUACGUAACUGUUUUUUAACGAACUUUACAUGCAAGAAUGCCAUGUGCAUGUGGGCAUAAAGGGACUGUAAUUGCAUGGUGCAGGUUGUUUUGCACAGCUGUGCUGGCUGAUCAGGAUCACUGACUCAUCAGGACAAGUUUUUUUCCUUCCUUUUUUUUAAAAACUGUGUUAAAUGUCGGUGAUUUGGCAGCUCGCCUGUCUAAUGCCCUCUUUCUACAUGGGCGAGCAGAGGCGUAUUAGUGAAGUGUUUUGUAAUUACACAGCCUAGUAGUGCCUGAAAUCUGCUGAACAGUACUGAUAAAUUGGACAGAGUGAUGUUGAUUAAAGGUUAUCUGUGUAACAGAAUUCUCUUAUUUAUCAGGACUGCAGGGUUUUUACAUUUCAAAGUAUCUACUGCUUUGUAUUCUUUAGACAGUGUUAAGUUUAAUCACAACCUUUUGUAUCUAAAGCAGGUGGGAUUUUAAAAAGAACAAGAUUCUGUAGCCAACAAAAGGACUUUUUUCUUUUUGGUGUGUCUACGUCCUUUUUUUUUUUUAGCAAUAAUGAGUAAAUGCAUGCAGACCUCUAAAAAGGCUUAUAAUAAACCCUUCUUGGCUGCUGGAGCCACAGAAGGCUGGAGAAGACAUUACGUGACUGUUUAAAAGGAGACAAAUGGAAACUGUGAAGGGGUGUCUUUCCUUUCGCCCCCUAUUGCUUACCCAGUGAGCCGUGCUGCUAAAGGGAAUUUGCAAAAACUUUGAAGCUGUGACCUUGACUCUGUUCAGGCCAAGGAGCAGUGGUGUCUAUUACCUCCGCAGACCUCCCUAAGGACCAAAGAGCUGUAGAUAAGGCUUCUAGGGAAGAGGCAAGGGGGAGUUGCAAAUGCACAGACUGUGUUUUACUGAAGAUAUCUGAUUCCCUUUUUACACGCCUGGCCUCCCCUGGCAACUGGAAGAAACACUGUGCACCUCCACCCAUCUUUUAUGCACUUUGUUUUUUUCAGAGCAAAGUAGAUAGAGCAUUUAGACAUCAAGUAUCUAUACUUAAUGCUCUUUUUAAAGUACUUUUUUUCCUGGUGGUCUGUGACAAAGGGUCUAAUCUAAGCUGAACAGUUAAUCUUUUGCAGUCAUCAUCCUCUCUAAUGUCUGCUCAGGUGUGUCUUUAUUGCCAAUAACUUAUACAGGUUUAGAAAGUUCAUAUCACCCAAACUGACAAAAUGUGUUUUUCUUUUUUAGGCUGGACAAGCUAAAAGUGGAGCAGUGUGGACCACAAGAAAUAAAUCAUGUGUCCAACAACAGGCCACCGCUCACACAGCCUGAAAUACAAAACAACGAAAGGAACCGUGAGGUGGGACAUGAACACACUGUAGCAGUCACAACUACCACCGCAGAAGACGAGAGGAAGCAACGAGACGCAGAGCGCUACGGCUUCCAGAAGGACGGGGCAGAGCGGGAACAUCCACUCACCAAGAUUAACAGCAUCAAACUGCAGCCAGCUCAGGCAGCGGCCGUCAAAGCCAACAUCGCCUCGCCGCAGACCCCCACAGAGAUGGACGGGCUACACCGCAGCCCCAGGGUCAAUGGAUCUGGUGAGCAGUGUCCAGCUAACGGGACCGGAGCUCCUCUUCAGAGGAGUCCCACACAUGAGCCAGACCGCACCCUAAGUAGGACGAACUCCAUGCAGCAACUGGAGCAGUGGGUCCGCACACAAAGAGGACGAAACCAGGAUGAUGACACAAGAAGGUUGGUUUGAUCGUGUGACUGUUUGCAGAUUUAUGGAAUCUGAAUCUUAAAUUAACUUGGAUACCAAAAAGCAAAUAUAUAAUAAAAAAAAAAAAAACUAGAAAAGUUAAAUUUUUUUCUAUCUUUGACAGCAAGGAGUCGAAACUUUGUAUAAUCCAUUAAUGCUGAUUCACUCGUAGAGUACCCAUACACAGUACAAACACAGAUUUUCCAAAGCUCCUUAGACCUGUAUUUUUCUGUAAAGCUGGGUUAAAGUCAAAGAAUUCACCUGCUCCUUUCUGACUCCGUGUUUUAGACACUUUGAUAUUACAGUAUUGAGUGUUUACUAAGUAGAAGUGGGGAUACACAAUAGCCGAGACGAGCUGUUAGCAGGAGCUGCUGCCUGAUUCACUCACCCUGCUGUGAAGGUCUCAUUUGUAAUUGGUGGAGAUUAAACUUCCUCUCUCACCACGUCUGCCUGUCUGCCUGCCUGGCCGUCUGUCAGUGUGUCUGUCUCUCCAUCUGUUUGUGGUUGCUUGGCUUGUGUUCAGUCUCCCAUAUUUUCUCCCAUACUCUCAUUUUAUAAGUUGAUCAAAAAAGUCCUCACUCAUCACUUUGAUAAGUGCCUGAGUUUGAAAGUUAAACAUGGAUAUGACCAUAACUAGGCUUUAGACCUUCAGUUCCACUUUGGUCCUCUGUGAUAAGCGUGUGCGCUCACUCUUUCAUCAGUCUCUCGUCGUCGUUACAUGCAUAUUCUCCAGAAGGAUCUUUGGUUUCCAUGUAAUCACUUUUUUUAAUGCUUCUGGGCUUAAAAGACUGGUGAGCAACAAUCUGUCAGGGAGCCUUAAUGGGAAGCUCUCUCGAUGCCAGCUGCACUGACUUUGAACCCACUGUGGAAGUGGAGCUUUUCACAGGCAUGAAUGUGUCCUUUAGAGAGAGCAGAGUCCAAACUGUAUCUGUAAAAACACAAGAGGAGGAUUUUGGGAUCUACCAGUUUUUUUCGAAGGCAAAUCAUCAUUUUCACUGGUUUGCUUAAAAUGUAUCAUUACUUGGAGUUCGUAAACAACACAAACAUUUUUUUAAUAUCCCAGUAUUAUUUUUUCUGAUUUUAAGUUAAUUAAAAAUUAUUUAAGUAUACAUCAAAAGAAUAAUGUUUGUUCCCUCAUGUUGGUAUUUGUUUUUCCUGUCUCUGCAGCAUUACAUCAUACCAGACACUGCCUCGAAACUUGCCAAGCCAUCGAGUACCCUACAUGCCUCAUUAUGGUGACGGCUACUGCAGUAUGCCCAGGAAUAGCAUGGCACAACGGGACAGCAUCUGCAGCAUAUCCCCAUCCCUCUAUGACCAAUCCCUGGGUCCCUCAGCAGCUGACAAACGCCGCUCAAUGCGCGACGACACCAUGUGGCAGUUGUUUGAGUGGCAACAAAGGCAGGCCUACACCAGACAUCAAGGACUCUACAGCAACAUGGCCAGCCCCAAAACCAUGAUCAACCUGUCGGAGCACGCUGCACCCAGCCACUCCAUCCCCCCAUCGCCCUCUCACGGCUCGCUGUCCAUGUACGGUGGCUAUUCUCCAAUGAGAUCCUACAACAUGAGCAGCGCGCGGUCAGAGCUGUCUUCACCCAUCUACAGAAGAGACAUGAGCAUCGACAGGCGGCACAGGCAGCAGCCUAACAAGGUCUGUUCAGGCCCAAAUGCAUGCUCAAGUGGAGGGUUUAAUCAGUGGUAUCUAUUCAUCAGUCAGUGGUAUCAUGCAGAUGUUUAAAGCUUUUAUUGAUUCGUGGGUAUUUAUCUCUAAGAUAAAAUGGAGGGGAGUUGAGUUUUCUUGAUGUAUAAAGGCUAAAAACAUCUCUUCCAACACUCAGCGCCAAGACAUGCUGUCAACAGAACCUCAUUUCAUUGUUGAGAUAAAAACUGUUGGCAGCGUUUGCUUCGGAUUCUCUGGAGCAAAAGGCACUCUUCGAGUUUAAUAGCUUUUAAAAGCUUAAUACCCUUUUUGGUCGUUACAGUUUCCAUCCAUCAGUCAAGUAAUUUUCAUGGUUUCGAGCAUCCCAGACUAAUUACAAGUCAUUUGUAUUACCUUUAUGUAGACUUUAACCCAAGCUUGAUCGUUUGAUAUUAAAGUUCAUCAAACAAAAAUACCUCAAAACAUUUUCUGGAUGCACUAAGUGUUGACUUGGUUUUGAUGAUCUGAUAGGCUGUGCUGUAAAAUCCUCAUUUGUUCUUGGUUGUGUCCUUCAGUACGCCUACCCACCUGACAGGAGGUCUAUGCCUGCAGGGAUCCCAGUGCAGACUAUCACUGCUCAGUCUCUUCAAGGCAAAACAGUAAGUCUUAAUCAGUGUUGUCCCCAUCAGUGUCCGUCCGAUUUGUGUUGUACAACCACUGCUUAAUUUCCCACCUGUGCUCGACACACUUAUUCAUCAGGGUCUAAUUGAACUUCAGUGAGUGACAAGGCUAUUUCCAAAACACCACCUACCCUCCCUUUCUCCCUCUCCUUUCCGUCCUUAAUGUCUUUCCAGGAUGACAUUAUGAAAGAAUCUUUGGAGUCAGAUUUAGGCAGAACCCGGUCGUAUGUUUCAAACGGUCGGAUUUUGGGUGUUUCUCACUAAGGAGCUCCUUUGGCUCACUUCACAUCAGUGGAGACUUAAAAACCCUGUCACUCAGAGCUCUCUAAGCCUGAUCAGGAAUUUAUGUCAGACUGGUGCACAGUACCGUGUCCUCAUGGAGCUGGGAAAGUGUGAACUGAAUCAUGUAUCAAAUGCAAAACUGUUCUUCUGUCUUGAGUGGAUGUGUGGAAUUUGCAUGCUGCUAUAACACCUUGGAUAUUCUCAUGUCCCUGAGCUGCAUGAAAAUUAAAUACCAAGAUAUAACAACUUUUCACCUUUCGGGGCCUCGAUACCUCCUAAUCUCCUGUCAUGGUGUGAUCUCUCCUUCCUCUCCCACUCCCCCUGUGGUAUGUCCUUGCUUCCUUGUGGCUACAUCCCCCUCCCUUUCUACCUCCCUGGCAGCCUGAGGAACUGACUCUGCUGCUGAUAAAGCUGCGGCGGCAGCAGGCAGAGCUAAACAGUAUCCGGGAGCACACUGUAGCACAGCUUAUGCAACUUAACGUGGAUGGCAACAACCCAAAGGUCAGGCCCCCAGAGAUUCUCCUGCAGGGGUUUUGGGGGUGUGUUAGCGUGUGUGUAUGCCAUCUUUACCCACUACCAUCAUUCAUCUGGAUCUGGAGAAUUCUCUUGUUCUCUACACAUGGAUGAUAAAUGGAAAAGAGAGGCACUGCAGAAGACAUACUCUCCAUAAAGAACUAAACUUUGGCAUAUUCAGAGAUCAGCCAUCUUUCUUUCUUUCUUUCUACUUUUUUUUUCCAUGACUAAUGAAGCAUGCUGGGAAAAAAAGAGUCUUAUUUUUGAGCAGAGGUUUGAUAAUCCACUCCAGUAGAGCAUGCAGUAAUUGAGCCAUUUCACUUCCCCUAUUUGUAGAACCGACAGAUUUCAGCCAGAUAUCAAACUCAAAGCCAUUAGUCAGCUUAAGAAGUGAGUGAACGUAAGAGUUUAAUACCACUGAUAUACAUAAAUGUUAUUUUAUUACAAAUUUGACCAUUCCUGGUGCAGGUUACUGAAGCUGGAGGGAAUAUUCAGGAGAAUUUGUUUUAUAAACACCUUCUUGCACAUUUUUUAAUCUACUAUUUAAUAAUUCAGGUCUUAUUUGAUGCCUUGCUGCACUAAGUUUAGUGUGUGAGAACCAUGAAACGCACACACUUUCGAGCGGUGAAGCUGAGGUUCUUUUCAGCCUCAGCACUCUGCUUUUCAUGGUUUUUAGGUCAAGUCGUAGACGUGUAUAGCUGUUUGGUAAUUACGGAGCUGUAGUCUCACCCAUCCCACAGUACCUUGUUUUUUUUUGUUCCCUUUUUUAGCACAUCCACCAUCUGACCUUAUUUCCCACCUUGACUGCUCUUGUGUUCUUCUCUGUCCUGUUAUAUUUGGGUAACUGGACAUGAGAAAUCUGUGUGUGUGUGUGUGUGUGACUGUGUGUGUGUGUCUUGAAAGAGAGAGAGAGAGAGAGAGCAUCCAAGGAUGAAUGUGACCUUUUCUUUUGUCUCACCGUCCUGUUGCCUUUUCUCUGCUCUCCUCUUCGCUGCUGACGUUAGAACAACAUUCUCUCCCACCACCUCCAAAGGAACCUCAUGUAUUUGGACAAUCAGGUGGGGUAAUGCAUGAAUGCAUGGCCCUGUCUCAUGAACUAAACUCAGUUUAUGCUUUGCUUUAAUAAUACAGAGCAGUGCUGUCAUCUUUGACUUUCUCUUCAAUGCUCAGCUACUUACUUCUCAUAAUAGAAUAUCAAAUUUUAAGCAUGGACUGAUGUUAUAGACCACAUUUGAACAUUUAUUGCUCAGACUAGUUUGUUGUAGUUUUACUAAAAUGCUGGACAUAUUCAUUCAUUCAUUAGCCUCUAAUUUCACUGUCAGCUAAACUAACUUGAAAUCACUUGAUUCUUUGGUAAGAAAGAAAAAUGAAAUAACGUGGAGCCUAAAGAAGCAUGUUUAAUGUAAACAUACAGUGAGGAAAAGAAGAAAAAAAACUUUGUGGCUGCAAAUGUCUGAAUUAAAAACAGUUGCUGAAUAUGGCCUAAAAAGCAAACCCUGUCAACAGAAAGGUUGAUAAUUUCUUCAUAGUUGCUUUUUAUGCUGUCAACUCCUGCAGUAAGUUAGGGCUUCCAUAUCCUUGUACACACUUGACCAGCACUUAGCAACAAGCUGCAGAAACUGUCUGUUUUUUGUUCUUUCUACACCAGAGACUCAUUGUGAUUUACUUGUUAGACAUUUAAAAGGCAGCAUGAACAUUUUUUGGCAGAAAUCCGAACUGACACGUGCAAAGUGUAAAGGGAUUCAUUUUCCUGCUUUGCCCAGAGGGGGCGCCAAAUUCAGCAUAAUCUUGGAGUUCCUCCGGGGCUUUCAAAAGAAGUAAUUGAAGAUGGUUUUAUAUUUAAGUAAUCUUGCCUCACUUUGUGCAGCUGUUACCUGUGAAUUAUUGACAUGUAAAAUAUUUACUGUCUACAGAAAGAUAUGAAUGUUAACGUUUUGAUCUUAUAAUGUGUACAAGGACAGAGCUUUCACCAACAAUUCAUUCGAUUUGAGAGCAUCACACUUCAGUUUCUUCUUGAUUCUGUUUGUAAGCAUCUCUUAUCACUCCUUGUAUCCAUCCCUGUCCAGUUUGUGUUUAUGUUUGAGUCCGCUUGAUGAAAGCUAACAAGAUGUGAAGAUAUUAUCAGUGUUGUCUCUGAAAUGAAGCACUGCCUUAAACUGACAAAUGACCUAUCGCUCCUCUCCACACCGGACUAGAUGAAGGAAAAUGACCCUUUAAUCGUCAUGACUCACACUAUGAUUGAGAACUCUGCCCACAGGCCUCAACUUUACCAGCAAGUAAGGCCAACCGUAGGCUUUGCUCCGCCUCAUCCUCACCAGUCGCUGUUGUUCUUUUGGUCUGUCGUGCUGCAAUGCUCCCUCUUUGGUGUUCAAGCCCUCAUGCCAUCUUGAACUGGUCUGUUUGUUAACGUUCGUUUCGCCCGCACCUCUUCAUUCACUGCUUUUGACUGUUCUCCUUGUAUUCAAGAAGUCAUGCUAGAACAGGCAUGACUUGUGAGAGAGUAGUUUGACGUGUCUGCUUUUCUGUUCAGUUAAAACCCCUCUUCUCUCUCAGGCUCGUUUGUUGGUCUACUUAAGGGAUGUACUGUGUAGAGAUGGUCUAGUUGUGGGAUUGUCUUAAAGAGCUUCAGUCACAUUCAGAUUAUUUAUGUUGAAAAUCCAGUUCUUUCCCUGUUUUGUUAUUGUCCCAACAAGUAGUUAAAUUAAUAUUCCAAUUUGUUAAACAAAAUGUAGAAGGAGUAUGUCAUUCAGAGUAAACUUGGAGUCAACUAGUACAACUUAAUAAAUUGAAUGUGAUGGGUUAGGGUAAAAUAUGUAACACCCUUGAGCAUCAGCUGUGAAUUCUACUCUCCAUCUAAUCUAACCAGAGGGACUCAUUGAUGUUGAGCGUUAAGACAGAUGUCUUCUAGAGUCCAAUCCCUGUCUCCACACUCCUAAAUAUAAAGGCGUGGUAAGUGUGUGAGUGCUAAGUCAAGUCACAGGGCUCUGAUGCAAUCCUUAAAUGCCAAAUUAUGUUGUAUUUUACCCAGAGUUCACUGAGUUUUUGGUGAUGUUUAAAAAGAUUAUAGUCCAGCUCAGCACUAAACGUAAAAGGCCAGGCAGUAUUUAGUCAGUUAUGGACGAAAUAUCUAAAUCCAAACAAAGAAAACGUGGGUUAAUCCUGAAAUGACCCAUGUUAGGAAUCACCUUUGUGGUUAAAUAAAGCCUGUUUGUUAAAUUUCUUGUUUUUCAGAUAAAUAUUAUUGUCUUUAAUACCAUUGUUUUUUAAUCAUUAUUUUUGAUUUUUGAUUGUUUGCCCAAAUAAAUUAAUACAAAAAAAUAAGACAUAGAAUUAUUUUUUUAAGAUAAAUUAAUGGUUUUUUAAGCACUAAACAAUGUCAUAGUGUCCCUUUCCUCCUUUUACUCCAUCUUGAGCACACAAGGGCUCACACACUGUACGCCUAAUGUCAUUUUUUAGGUCUGUGAUUGGCAGAUUGGGAUUGAUCCUAGCUAAACUUCUCAGUGUUUCAGCCUCUCUAGUCGUUGUGCUGCUUGAAAGGAUAAAAUGAGCCCACUUGCGUGGGAAGACGGCCAUGAAAUCACUCUGCCACUUUUGUGAUCGCCUCAUGGGGUGUAAAAGUGCCGCCAAAAAACUGCCCCUUGCCCUCGCCACUCUCCCCCCUCCUACCAUCCAUCGGUGUUCCAGCCAGGCAACAGCUGCAUAUCCACCUGUUCAGCUGCCAGAAGUCUGUCUUUCCCCCUCCGCCCUUUCUUCUUCUUCCUCUUCCCCUUCGUCCAUGCUACAUGUAAUCCACACCACACAACCCAACAGUGAAUCUCUCCGAGCUGUGGGAGAGUUUGCAUGUUCUGUGUGGAAUGCCAUGUGGUUCUCGGGUCCCUCCUGCUUUAUCUGUGUUGUGUGGAUCAGCUGAGGAAGAAGUUGUUUAGAAAAGCGUGUGAAAGAGUGCAGGUGUGUGGAGUGUUGAUUUACACCGUAGUCUAAAGGUAUUUGGACAGUGUGUCAGUUUUUGUUGUUUUGACUCUGAAAGUAUUGGGUUUAAAAUCAGGUAAUAUCUUUGAAGUUUGAAGUGUUCACUUAGCUCUAGUGCAAUGGAGGGACAUGAAAAUGACUGCUGUACAACUAGAGCAGCUACUAAACAAAACAAAACUUCUGUAUGUUUCACAAGCUGAAGACCAGCAAAAGUUCCAAGCUAAGCAAGAAGACAAGAUCACAUGUGCAAGCUGAUGUUAGCCAGUCACAGGCUGGAAAUGGUUAUAUUGAAGACCAUCAAAAGUCUGUGAAUUGAAAAAAUCUGGCUCUUGUAAGUGAGUCCAGUCAGAAUGUGAAUUAAACUGAACUGUUUGCACUUUGGUGAGAGAGACAUUAUUUUUAUGUGAACUUAAUAUUAUUAGAAACGCCAAACAAAACAGGCAUAACUCACUGUCCUCAUACUUUUGGACUUCUUGCUUUUAGAUUAUAAAGAGUGGAUGAAUGAUGAAGUCAUUUCUGGAAACAUGGGAUCCAAUGCAGUUACAUUGAGUCUCCCUGCACAUGCAGUAUUUUUCUUUUUUGAAUGAAGAUCGGUUGUAUAAAUCCAAAUGGUUUAUACCACAGUUCAGGUAACUGUGGUAUAGUUUUGAUCAUAUUUUAGCCUUUAUUAUUGUACCACCUUUAUGACUCUUGCCCUUUGACUUCAUUCAGCUUCUACACAGUCUUAGGAGAAAUCGCCCUCAGAGCAUUUGUGGAGAACACACAGUUGGAUGAUAAAGCUUAUUCAUUUAUUUUAUAGUUUAGUGUCGUUUUUUAUGCACUAUUGUUCCCCAAUAAAACUCUUGUGUCGUGCAUAUAUAGACAGACGCCUGUAGAUGAUGAACCACAAAGACCAGAACCUCUAUUUAGACUUGCUGCACUGUCACUCUUGGUUUCUCGUUCAGAUGAUUCAGGGAAAUAUGAGUCUUAACUCUUGGAAAAACCCCGUGGCUCAGUGAAAAAGUCCUGCCAUGACACUGCAUUAGAUCUCCAGAGUGCUGUGUGUAUGUGCAUAUCCAGAGUCUCUGUGUAAUCUUCGGUCUUUCUUCACAGCUGAGUCCAGAAGACUACAGCCAACACGCCUACACAUGUAUGCCAGAGGAGGCUGACAUUGAUGUAAGUCCAGAGUGUUAUAUUCUUAGAUAACAUGAUACUUCAUUUAACUUUAUAAUGGGUUACAACUCACUGCUGUGUUUGUCUUCUCAGACCAAACUCAGCCGGUUGUGUGAGCAGGAUAAACUGGUGAGGACACAGGAGGAAAAACUUCAGCAGCUGUACAGAGAGAAGGUGAAACUCCAGCUCCUUUGAUAUCAUUACUUAGUAGUUAGGAUCUGAAUUUUUUUUUCUUCUCUAUUGUUUAACUUUAUUAGAGAUUUUGAAGUACAGUUUUGGAUGUGAUUGUUUGAGAUGGAAACAUUGAGUGCUGUAUGUGAACAUGUGAAAUGACUGAUGGUGUGUAAUACCUAACAUGAGACCACACAUAGCAUGUAGCACAGCCAUCUUUGAGUACAUGACCAUAUUCAUGUACAAAACAGUGUACAAAUGAAUGAAUAUCAGUUCCAGACAGAAACUCCGAAGAUAAACAAUAAAAAAAACACAUUGAGCAACAUUCAGUGCUGCUCACUGUGAAUUUAUUGUUGCCAAGCACUGUUUUUUAAAGCAGCCAUAGUGGGAUUUAGCACCCCUGGUAUGCAGUCAGAAUAGCUUAUGCUGCUGGCAAUUUAGAUAUGAAGACAACUCUCAUUUUUAUAUGAAACAUAAGGUUGAUUUAUCACAAAAGCCAAGGUUUUACAAAAAAAGGGGAACUGCAUCCUUGUUCUGAUACCUUUUCCAGAUGUAGCUGCAAGUAUAAAAACAUAAGCCAAAAAGUUCACGAGGCUGAAUAACCCUCUAUGACUUUGCUAAAGUUGACUGUUCUGUAAGAGAUACAGUGACAAAUUACAGUGGCGUGCUGUAUGUGUAUGUGAUAUGUGGUAUGUUCCUCCAGCACACCCUGGAGACAGCACUCCUGUCAGCCAGCCAGGAGAUCGAGAUGGGCUGUGAUAACCCUGCUGCCAUGCAGAGCGUGAUACAGCAGAGAGAUCUACUGCAGAGCGGUCUGCUCAGCACCUGUAGAGAGCUUUCCAGAGUCACAGCCGUGAGUCACGCACCUCAUGCACCCACAUAACAUGUCCCAGUACUUGUGUAAAAUUAAUUGUCUAGUCAUUCCCUAAGUUUAUCUUUCCCUUCACCAGGAGCUAGAGCGUUCCUGGAGAGAGUAUGACAAGCUGGAAGGAGACGUGACUCUGGCUAAGAACAACCUCCUGGAGCAGCUUGAAGCACUGGGGAGCCCUCAGGUAGGAUCCUCCUUUUAAUCUGAGUCUGUGCUGCUUUCUUUCUCUAGUUCUGCUUUCUAUCACUGGCAUUGUUAAACAGUCUCACUGCGGUUGGGGUAUGUUUUCUGUGGAGCGUUAAAAAAAGUUUAAUAUGUGCUAGAUUACCUCAAACAUGCAGUCAUCCUUUUUGGAGAGAGUUUAUUUUUACCAAGGGGAAAAGUAAAGACUGCGCUCUGGUGCCCUCGGCUGCAGCGUUGAGGGAAGUAGCUGAGAUCAAAGGAACAGCAUGAGUGAUUGAUGAUAGAGCAGUUCUUAAUUAAACCUGUCUUUUAUCUUGUCCUCCAUCGUGGGAGAGGUGUAGAGGCAGAGGGAGUUCUUCUAACACUUACUCCUGGUUGAGUCUAAGUCAGAGCCAAUAAUCAUUCAGUAUAGAGAAGUCAGCAGGGAGUCUGGACAUUGUCUUCUUAAACGCCCUUCACUCACAGGCAAACCUGUCAUCAGUAAGGAGAUAAUUACAAUCUGACUCUCUAGCGCUCUCUCCACUGUGUCCUGAGAUAAGGUUGGCUUUUGAACAUGCGUGCGUUUUCUCACACAGACGGAGCCCCCCAGCCAGCAGCACGUACGCAUCCAGAAGGAACUUUGGGGGAUUCAAGAUGUAAUGGAGGCGCUCAAUAAACACAAAGCUCAGAGAAAUGCCAUCGAUGGUAUGAACUGCUACGGGUCGAAAAACAACUUCAGCAAGCACAAAAACGAGGUGAGGAAGCACAAACAUUACGAUGUGAAACCACUGGAAUAAUACGCCGUUGAAUGAAUUUAGAUUGUGCUAAUCCUGUCAUUUAACUGUGUAGGUCAACGCCAAACACUUGCUGGAACUCAGUGAGAUGAUUUGCUCCUUUAUUUGUUAGUUUAAGGGAUAUUUUGGUAUUUUUGAAGUGGGGUUUCCUGUGUUCUGUGUCAUCAGUAAGUAUACUUGCCACAAUAGAUGCUAAUCAGCUCAGCUCCUAUAAUCAGAAACUGGAGGGAGAACUGGCACGCAAGCUAGGCUACAGUUUUCUGCAGAUGUAGCCUAGUCCGCCAAGAAAAUUAGCUAACUCUAACAGAGUGCAGCACAAACAUUCACCUUGGUUUACAAGUACACUCCACUAAAUUGCGAUAGCAAAUACUGUGUAAGGAUGACAUAAAAAGACAAUGGAUGUCAGAGAAAGCUGCAAAAAAACAGCUUCUGGUGUUUGUUCAGAGAUUUUGGAUUACCAACUUUUCUGAUCCAGGCCAACAACAACAGCAGGCACAUCACACUCAUACAUGAUAAUCAGUAUACCAGUGUUGAAUAAUUAUUAAACAAUCUUUAGAUAAUAAAAUUGAAAAUUAGUACCAGAAAAUCUCGAUUGAAUAUUAUCUGUGGUUGUGGCGCUACAGUAUUCUGUGACUAGUUUUCCGUUAGAUGAUGGCCAACUUAAUGGGAGUCCUCAAACUGCCAGCUCCACUCACGGUCAGUCUGAGUGGUAGUUUCAGAGAGCCAUGUGGAGUGCGCUCUCUCUGGCUCAUCAGUCCGUUUGGCUGGCCUGUGGGUCACAGCUCCUCUGCACCAGAUGGCUGUUGCCUCUAGCGUGCAUGGUGGUGGCACCAUGUGUCACCUUGCUUCCUGUCCUGUCAUGCCCUGUAUAAUCCCCAGGAGGAGGACUUGGUACCCCCACGGCCGCCCUUACCCCAGUCCUACGAGCCCAACCCUCCUGUGGUGCCCCCCCUGCCUUCUCAUGCUGGUGUGCGCACUUCAUCCCUCCACAGGCCAGAGGACAGAAGGUCUAAUCAUAGGAACGGCACGCACAGCGUAAGCCUGCUGACCUGUUGACCUCAUGGCUGACCCCGCCCUCAGCUGUGUCAUCACAUGUCAUUGCUUGUUGUGGUGGUUUUUAGUUUCAUUUUGACGGAUGUCCCGUGUCUUCUGGACUGUUCCUCUUUUGAUUUUAUCCCUUCAUUUACGUGAUGCCAUUUUUUCAUCAUAUCUCUUUUUUUCUAACGGUUGACGCCAUAUUGCAUUUUAAUUCCCUCCUUUUAGUUGAACUGCCAUGUCCUUCUUUUCUCUUCUGUGCUGAAAUAAAGUCAUUUUGUUUGUGUUGUGUUCAGUUCUUGGUUUUCAAUCGGGGCCAUGUCUGAGUUUGAAUGUGUUUGCCUGCUGCCUAUUUUUUAUUUGGCUGUAAACAGUCUGUUGACCUCAAACCACUUGGAUGUUUUUUCCUUAGACUGUAUAUACUUAUAUUUUCACAUGGCUCAGUACAAAAUAAAUCUAUUUUGCACUCUGAAGUCAUCCUGGUAGAAAAACGAAACAUUUUCAUCUCAUUUCAUGAUUAAGUUUGGAAGUAAAUGCUCCAUAACGUCAACGUAGAACUAUUCUUUUCAUGAGUUUAACUUUCUUUUCUUACCAUCAGGGUCCAGACUACAGACUCUACAAGAGUGAGCCAGAGCUCACCACAGUAACUGAGGUGGAUGAGAGCAAUGGAGAGGACAGAUCUGAACACCCGUCUGACAGGGAACAUCCUGGAAACAAAGGUACAUAAGAGAAGGACAACAGCCAGUAAAAUGCAGAUUCAGUGCAGUUCCCUAUUAAACUGCUAAUUUGGAUUACACCAAUAAAAACAUGGUAAACUGUUUGAACUGACGCUAUGAUAAGCUGUUUCUGGUACUGCUAGCAGCUGGGGUUACAGUAGCGUUCAUUCAGCCAUCAGAGAAACCGGGUUAGGUUUUUCUCCAAAGGCAAAAGCCAAGUCAGUGUGCUCAGAAGUGAAGACAACUCUUAAGACAACUACGGUUGGCAGAAAAAAGGUGCAUCGCUUCAGCAGCAUCUUCUUCAUGACUUUAUUUAAGCCUCAUGUGGCAAAACUUUUCCUGUUUUCUGUAAAACUUUGUCCAUAAUUUCCCAGAGUGUCAAAAUUUGCCUAGAUUUGAUCAAACAGCUGACGCAUCAUAAUCCAGGUGUCCUGAAGAUGAAUGAUUACACUGUAUCCCUGCACUGGUUCUGUGCAGCUUUACAAUCAAUAACAGCAACCUGACCCUGCUACAUGCGGAAAAAUGCUGCAAGAAAAAUACAGUUUACUUGGUGAAACUUAAAGGUUUGAAAAUAAUACUUUUUUUACAUUUACUAUUUUCAUUGAAAUAAAGGCUUUAAAUGAAGUUUAUAACUGGUAUUUCUAUAAUCUGGGUCGUUACACUAUAAUCAAUUUUCAUGACACAUACACAUAAUGCAUUUUAAUGUUGAGAUCAUUCAUUCAGCUUAUAUUACAGUAGCUUUCUAUGACUAUAUCAUAGUUCUAUCAAGUUGAUAUUGUAACUGAUAUUGUAAAAAAAGCUCUCAAACUGAAUCAGAUGGCUGACUGACCCUUUGUCUUUGUUUACUGCAGGGGUGUCUUAUCCAGUUGGCAUUGUCCCACCCAGAACCAAAUCCCCAGUGCCUGAUUCAUCCUCCAUAGCUUCAUAUGUCACCUUAAGGAAGGGCAAGAAGCCAGAUCCAAGGACGGUGAGUCUUUUGACUUGUAACUGUGGGCUCAAAUGACUUCUCAAAGAAACUUCAAAUUACUUUUAGAUUUUUUUGGACUAAAGACUACUGCAAGAAAUUGAAAUUGCUCGCUCUCAAUCACCCACUCAAAGUCUUUUAGUUGUAGGAACAGGCUCCUGUUUUAUUUUCCUGAAUUGUAUUAACUUAUCUUUUAACUAGUUCUUUUGAUAAUUAAGCUCUUGUUUGAUUGUGAACGUUGUAGAAGAGGUCCCUCAUCACACGGACAGGCGUGUGACUCAUGCCCCUAAAACCAGCCUCUCCUGAAAUUGCUGCUGUGUUUGGUUUAUGCAGUUUCUAGCCUUGAACACAUCAACUUAAAUAUACUUAACAUGUCAUUAGUGCACCACACCGUAGGGCGGGUCCUAUUUUUGUUUGUAUUUGUGUCUGUGGACAUGUAUACUAAGUGACCUUUAUUAUGUCGGUUCACUGACAUUCCAUCGUACAGCACUCCUCCCUUCAGCUCAUUUAGUCUGUGGUUGUAGGAGAGUGUGUCACAGGCCUGCAGAGUUCAGCUAAGUUCUUUUAUACCAGCCUCUUGAACAAUCUGGACAGUGAGUGGAGUCUCCCUCCUCCGGGCUUUGGACUGAAUCCAGAUCUGCCAUCCCCUCCAGCAUGACACCGCUGAAUGUGAACAACUUCCCCUCAAUUCAUGUCACAUCAUCUGCCUCUCCUGCUGAGGCAUCAUUAAGCCCCCAGUCUCUCUGAAUGCACCCAUGCGUGCCAGGAGGAGCGAGUGUGCGUGCACAGCAGCCAGUCAAGUUGUUUCCAUAUGUGUUUGGCCGCUACUUAUUUUUCCCUCAGAGUGAACAUUAAAAAGUCUUCACUUUCCUUGUUGUCAUUUUUAAGAGACUCAUGACCACAAAGUCAGUUAAAAACACAGGAAGUCGUUCCAGUAACAACAUAGUAUUUCCAAAGAAGAUGACAUUUCUCUGCUUGGUCAGGUUUAAUCUUUUUUUUUUUUAUUGCCUCAUACUACAAAAGCUCCAAAUUCUGACUUUACCACAUCAUAAUGCUAUUUGGCUGCUACAUCCAAACUAUGUGUAGUAAAGUUUGCUAUAUUGGCAUUUGUCUCGUAGCGUGACAUCAUUAUCAACUGUUUUUCUGUGUAUUUGUUUUGUACUCUGGUUUGAUGUCUGCUGUUUUCAUCACUGGCUUACAGGAGCGUCCUCGCAGUGCGGUGGAGCAGCAAAUGGGUUCUGCAGAAAGUGGUCGGCCCAGGAUGAGCGUGGAGGAGCAGCUGGAGAGGAUCAGGCGCCACCAGCAGGGCGCCCUCAGGGAAAAAAAGAAAGGCCUCAACAUCCGAGGUGGCAGCCAGGAAAACACACCGUCUCGCAGUCAGUCAUUUAAUAAAGAAAACCACUUAAGAAGUGUGCAGGUAUGGUGUGACAGCUGCAAAUACUGAGAUGUCAUUGAAGGGAAAAGUGGGCUGGAAUUAUAGUUUGUUUUUUCUCCUUUCUCGUCUCAGAUAAGGCGCAGAGAUGAGGUGGUCUGUAGCGACAUUCAGGAGCUGGAGGCCUCACUGAGGCAACAGGAGGUGGUGAGGGAGCAGGAGACACCUGCGGAGGAGAUCGCUCGUCUGAAGGAGGCGUCACAGACUGAUAUCUUAAAUGUGGAUCGAGAGGUGAGCCUCAUUUGGGUGUUUUAGUUGUUUUACCGCAGAACGUAAGCACUAAUUUGUAAAAUAUUUAGUAUUAGCUCAAUUGUCUUUUAGAAAGUCUCACUCUUUGUUGUUUUUUCAGCUUGCAGUGCCUGACAAAGUGCUGAUUCCUGAGCGCUAUGUGGAGUCAGACCCAGAGGAGGCUCUGAGUCCUGAGCAGGAAGCUGACAAGCAGAGAAAGGUUGACCGCAUCAAAGCUCUCAUCGCCAAAAACAGGUAAACAAACCAUCGUGGUCUGUCUGUGCUAGGAAUCUUUAACAACCAUUGAUGUUUGGUAUUGAUCUUUUGGCUUUCAACUCAAACGAGAGCUCAAAGUUUUCCACAGUUGUUUCAAAGUAAUUCUUCAUAGAGUUAGGCAAGGAUUUAAAGAGAAAUACUGUUCAGAGCAUCAGUUUUUACUUAUAGUACAUAUAAUACAUCAUUCUUGAUACAUAUGCGAUGGGUUUUUCAUUUUUAUGAUAGCUGAAAAGGUGAAAUGUCACUUUUAAGGUGACACAAAAGACACAAAAACUGUUUUUCAAUCCUUUUUGAUUGGUACUGAUUCAUCGGGGUAUUUGGUGUAGAAAAGAAAUCCCCAGCUAUGGUAUUUUCAAUGUUUGAAACAAUUGGCUUCUGAAGAGUUAAGAUAAAGUUACAUAUGCACCAUGUCUUAUAGAGAGCACUUGUAUAUGUGUAUUCCCAGCAUGCAGAAUGUGCUACCUAGUUUGGCUCUAAGCCCAGAGGAGGAGAAUGUGGAGGAGGUCACCGUACAGGAGAAAGAGAAAAUGAUUAAUAUCUCCUACGAGUUGGCAGCAGAGGCCUCCAAACGCAGCAAGCUGGUAGCAGGUACGUCUCUUGAGAGAGUAAAGUUGGGAUGAGCAGGAGAACGCAUGUUAUAAAACAAUAGUUUGUGUGCCUUGUUCUUAGAGGUCAUAACUUUUUUUUAUGUGAACUGCAGCUGCUUCCAUUUGUGCAUGUGUUUGGUCAUUUGUCAUUGUAGCAGAUUCAUGAAUGUCAUUGAUUUCAGUUAUUUUCAGUGUUGUUUAGCUGUUCAGUCAUUAUUUCUGUGUUGGGUUUUUUUAUGUGGUCCGGUUUGUUUGCUCAACAUGUUGCUCUGUUUCAUUGCAGUGAAAAGCCUGUCGCCCUCUCCCCCACCCCUUCCACAGUCUCCUAACACACCCCCUCAACUCACUGACGGGUCUCACUUCAUGUGUGUGUAGUAGCACCAGUAAGGGCCUUCAUCAAUACGUUUUGUCCAUACUCACAAUUGUUUAAGUGUUUGAUGUUGUCUCUGUGGAGGGAAAAGCAUGUCAGCAUUAAGAGGUUAAGCGAUGUUGACAGAUGGCUUUAACUAAAGUUCUCUUGUCCCUUUAUUUUUCCAUUUUUAAGUAGUUUUAGACUCAAAUGGUAAAAGCAAUUCAAAACAACAGCUUUACCAUAACAUCUACCUUUAAUUAAUGCAUUAUACUCUGUUGACAUUGUUUAAAAUGAGCACACUGAACUGCAUUUGUUACUAAUAAAAUGUUACUCAAUUCAGGUUCUCAUGACACUAAUUGGCUUGUUUACAAUUCAUGAUAAAUCUUAAUCCAGUCAUGUUACAGUGGACUCCAUUCUUGGUCAAUGCAGUAUGACAAAGUUACAGUUGGAUGGCUGAAAUUUGUUAAGUUAUGUCAAGCUAUAAAUGAUAAAAUGAUGAUCAGAAAUGAUGUAGUUAAUGGUCUAAAUGAAUGUUUUUUAAAACUGAUGUAAAUCCAUCACAUUUUUCUCUUGUGUCUUUUUUUUGGGCCAACUUUGGUUGCUCAUGUCAUCACCAGUAUCAUGAAAAACAACUGCCUUGAAAAUCACACAAAGUAUCUUUAAUCAUCAACUGAGUGUGAUAGGUUUCCUGUAUGGGUCUGUCUAAGAAAUGUGGUCCCAAUACACCUGAGAUUCUUCAAGAAUUUUCAGGUUUCGAUUGUUUUCGAUUGUUUUGGUUGAUUUGUUUGUGUAUUUCCUUUCUUUUAAUUUGAAAACAUUGCUUUUUUUCUAACUACAGCACAAGCGCUGGCCUCAGUGAAAACCUACACAUGAAGGACUCGGCAUCGGACGCUUUAAGAUGCCUCAGAAGACCUUUUCAAGAACAUCAGCACAUGGCAACGGCCUACGGAGAAAGAAACUGCCAGCUCUGAACUCUGGGGUGUUUACCUCAACUUCUGUAUUUUCACUGUGACGUCUUAAGCUCCUAUGCCACCAAAAAAACACUUUAUCUGUUUGACAUUUCUCUGUUAUUGGUCCUCUUUGGGCUACCACACUCUCCUCAACCUGAUGAGGCAAUAUGCCCCUGUUACUGUUAUUGUAACAAUUCCAUGUUUGGUUUUUACACUAUUUUUAAGGUUAUUUUAUUAUUUAUAUGGUUUUAUUUGGUCCUUGUUUGAACAUGGGUCAGCUGUACAUAUGAGGCCAAAAGACUGAACUCUGGAGUUAGAUUAAGGGCCCAUCCUUAAUCUAACUUUUGUUUCGCUGUGUGCCUCAGAAAGUAUCAGAGCAUAUUAUUUUCACAUAAUUUUAUCUCAGUCAAAACUUUCAGUAAGCCACAUUAAUUGUUUUUCACACAACUGUCAUUAACCAACCAGUCGUACUUAACAAUUGUAAAGAACAUUUGUCUAUGCUGAAGAUAGUAUAUAUAAAGACAUACAGUAGAUCCCUCUAUUAUAAUGAGAGGAUGGGGCCAUUUUAUUUCUGCAGAAGGAUUAUGAAGAAGAUUAUUUGUCCCAGGGUUGUAAUAAUUUAACAAUAGGAUCUUCUGUAGGCCUUGACACAUUGUUGGCUACAAAUAUGUAAAUGUUAAGGCUUUGGUCACUCAAUACUAUGUUUUCUAUUACUAAGAGAUAUAUUUAAACCAAGAGAAGGAAAAUAAUUCAGAUUUUUUGGUUCUAUUUUAUGACAAGUUGGUUAAAAGUCUUGGAACUAAAACAAUAAAGAUUAGCACAUGUAAAAGGCAAUACAGUUAGAAUGUUUGUGGAUCCAGGAUUAAUAUUUUUUCCUUUGUGUAAAAAGUGUAAUUAUCAGAGGUUUACUGUGUAUAUAAUGUACAUGAUAUAGCAGGAUGGAAAUAUGUGCCCAGCCUAUGGUUACAUACAAGAUUUGAUUUGAAAGUGUUCAUAUUCCAUCUGAUUUAUAUCAUGUUAAAUAAAUGUUGCCGUUCUUAU